ACAGUCGGCGCUGAGGCUGGCAGAGGAACCGCUACACUCUGGAUGAUCAGCAGUUGAUGUUGAGCAGCAGAGUGUCAGAGUCAGAGGACAGAGUGAAGGAGUCCGGAUCGACCACAGGUGAGAGGACUCUCCUUGACCUUUAACUCUCUCUCUCUCUCUCUUUCUCUGUGUUAGUAAAGAGGUUUGUUUCUGUCUAAGUGGACCACCAAGAGGAGGAAGGAGAACUUGAGUCAUGUCUGGUGCCAGUCUGAGGCGCGUGUGUUUAGAUUUCUCUGACUCAAACUCUGUGACUUUUUUUCCCUCUGGCUCUUAUCAGAGACGUGCUCGCUGAGUUUAUCACUGGAUCCCCUCUACACAUUCUUUCCAUUCCCCAUUUAGCCUCAGCCAAGGCUACCUACACACACACACACACACACACACACACUGAUGGGAAAGUGCGUCACCUUCACUGUCACACUGUUAUUUCUCCACUCGUUCACCUUUUCAUUAUGUGAUUAGAGUGAGGAUUUCUGGACUUAAUACAAGUUUAAAGAGCAGCUCUCAGUUCCCGGCCUCAGACUGUGUUUGUAACUCUUCUCACACAGAGGUGAGAAAUAGAGAGGGGUGGUCUUCACUGUGUGUGUUAAUGUCUUUAACAUCCACUGAGACUUUAACAGACUCUCAGCAGAGUUUCAUUCGACCCCAGGUGUGGCUUCCUGAGUUUGUUGUUUGUCAGAUGUGGCUGACAUGAGACCAUUUCUCACUUUGUGUCAGCGUACAGACGGCGACCAAACCGUUGCCUGUUCAGUCUGAGGUUCUCUCUCUGUGCAGCUGCAGAGUUUCCGCUUUUGUCUUUUUUUUUUUUGAAGACCAGUGAGGCAGAAAAGAGACACACACCAGCAGGAAGUACGACCCCCAUUUCCUCAAGAGUCAGGACACCGUGUCAGUGUUGAAUUUGAUGGUUUGAACUGCAAUGACGCGUCAAAUACUGACAUGAACAACAUGUUCAACGAGUUUGGGAAAAGCUGUGCCAAAAAACACCUGAAGGAUUAUCUCCAACCAAUGAGGUGGAUCUCCAACAUUCAUGGAGUCACCGCAUGGGAUUAAUAUCACUUGUCCAUGAACUGUCCCGAGGUCUCUUUUGGAAAGGACAACUGGACUUACUCGGGACGUUUCGCCAACAGAGAACUAGAAAUCAUAGAUGCUGCAUCCUCAGUUUUAAACUAGAUCUCCAGGUUUAGGAGGAACAUCUGCUGACAUCCAGACGAAGACUUUUUCAGGGAAGACAUUUAUAUGAUCCAAAACAACAUUCUGACAACAGCAUGGCUCUGUAGGAGAAGAGUCCUGGACUGAUGUGGUCCUGACUUGUCCCCCGUUAAAAACAUCGAGCAGCUGAAAUCCUCUAUCGGACAAGAAUGGGACAGGUGCAACUUUACAACAACCAUCUAAGUAAUGUUUAUAGAUGAUUUAAAAACCAAAUAUUAACCAUUUACAAAGAUCCACUGACACACAUUUUAAUCUAGAUGUUUUACAACCAAUGUUUAAACCCAUUAUAAACCUUUAAUAAAUAGUACAUUAAUUAUUAAGGAAAAUUAUCGAUCAUGAUUUCAUUGCUUGUUAGUGGAAAACUAUCUAUUUACCAUUUAUAGAUCAUGGUUCUCGUAAACGGUUACCUAACAUUUCACCUCCAGACUCCAGAAACUGGUCUGUUGGGUUCCCUAAGGUCCAAAAAGGGUUGGGUUGAGGACUCACACAGCAGUAAAGAUGUCCUGAAUCAACUUUUACAUUUACCACUGCAUCCCAGCUCUUGGACUCUUGGGCUGAGAGGACACUGACAGGAUCAGGGUGUAAAAGGGAAUGCAGAUGGUGACCCUGUGCUUUGUGUUGAGGGGCACCAGGACACGGUUUCAUUAAAAAGGGAUUAUUCAGAAGUGUGUUGACACUGAAAGAUAAAGUUUCCCCUCUCUUUGUUUGUAGCUGUGCUGACUGAAGAAACCCGGAGCAGGACAGGGCCCUCGCCUCCUCAUGCGCCCUCAGGCGAAGCAGAGUACAGGACAAGCGCAUACAGCCUACCAUCAGGGGGCGUACACACUCUGACAGAGGGAUGGCACUCCAGAAGAAACUGGUGCUGUUCUUGAUGACCGCCUUCUCCGUGCUGUUUGUCUACAUCCUGUCAAUCAACCUGGACAGUCCUAGACUCAAACAGUUCCAGUUCUUCACUCUGGGAGAAAGCAGGUGAGCCGAGAAACCAAACCUCAUAACCGGAGAAAGCUUUUUUACUCGUUAUUUUCACGCAGUAAGGAUCUGUCCUGAGAGGUCGCUGCCCUGUCAAAGCCUGUGGACACUCCCACUUCCUUAAAAGGGAUAGUCCGGCGUAAAAUUAACUUAGAGUCAAACGCCGUAACACCGAGUUAAACACUCCCCCCCGAGAGAUGAAUGUUGCCGACCGCUUGCUUCUCUAGUUACACCAACUUUAGUAACGACCGCAGGAUAGCAAUACACACGCAAACCUCAAUCAAAAAGCCACGUUUACCAAAUUCUACGUUUACAGGACAAACUCAGAGAAGAAAUCAGAGGUAUCACACUGUCCACAAGGGGGAGCCACAGUCAACACAAACUGCAGGACUUAAGAAGCCUCAAAGUCCCGCUCCGAUUGUUUUUUUUUAGCGUUGCAAUCUGCUAACGCACACUUGUUCCGCGAUCGUGCUCUCUACUUCUCUGAGUCUGGCCUCUGUGGGCGGAGCUUGCAGUUGUGAUGUACAGUACGUAACCCCACUGUGUCUGAGAGAGAUUCACAGAGAUUUGAACGGAAAAAUUUAGUUUUCUUAAGAUCUGUCAUCUAGUGUCAGAAAAGUUUCAUAUGAACAUGAAGACAACAAGAAAAACACUAGGGCCCCGUUGGGGCACUGGCGGGCCCGAGCCGCGUUGCGCCGCCCCCAGUGCGACCGCCUCCCCCUCCCGAUCGCGUCACACUCAAGGUCCAAAGAUGGUGUGCGCACUUGUCUGUGGUCAUUUCCCAUUAUAAUGAAUGGGAGGCGCAGUUUCUACCAAAACACUCGCUGCAGACAAACUACAUGUCCUAUUUGAAAAAAGUCUUGACCAUGAGUGAGGGCACAAACACAGCUAGGAUAUAUCCAAACGGCAAGUUGCUCCUCGUUACGGUGUUGCCGGGAGAGCGAUGCGAUUGAGCCAUUGAGUGAUGGGCAGGAAAAACUUGACUGUUUCUCCUGCCAUGGGGGAUGGGGGAUGGGGGAUGGGGGGGGGGGGGGAUGUGGAUUCUUUUAAGAAUGUGGAUAUUUGGGUCAUCUUUGGCGCCCCCUAGAACGUAAACCGUGGGGUGCAGCGUCAUGAUUUUUAAAACUUUGAAUGGCCAUGGGGUGUAGAUUGGCCUGAGCAAAUUUGGUGUCAGUGGGACGAAAGCCUUAGGAGGAGUUAGCCACAUUCCAAUGUGUGCUAAUCGGCAAAAAAUGCAAAAUAGCCCUUUAACCGUACAUUUUACAGAUACGCGCGCAUUGACUUUUUCGUAGAUCUUAUUGAGAUACAUGUGUGUGUCAAAUUUUGUGUCAAUAUGACAAAGCAUACAGGUAUGACAGUCAACAAUGUGUAUUUUCACCUUAUGGGACAAGAAAAAAUGGACUUUUUUCUCCUGCCAUGGGGGGGCGCUCUUUUGGGGAGUAAAAAUUCCUUCACAAAUGUGUUGAUGGCUGGACAUUGCAUCAUCCUAGAAAACUUGGAGGCCAGAGAGGACAAAAAUAAAAAGUUAUAAGACUUUUAAAUAUGUGGAUUUUAGGGUUAUCUUUGGCGCCCCCUAGAACCUAAACCGUGGGGUGCAGCGUCAUGAUUUGAAUAACUUUUAAUGGCCAUGGGGUGUAGAUUGGCCUGAGCAAAUGUGGUGCCGGUGGAACGAAAGCCUUCGGAGGAGUUAGCGAAAUUCCAAUGUGUGCGGAUCGGCAAAAAAUGCGCAAUACCCCUUUAACUGUACAUUUGACAGAUACGCCAGCACUGACUUUUUUGUAGAUCUUAUUGAGAUACAUGUGUGUGUCAAUUUUUGUGUAAUUUUGACAAAGCGUACAGGCGUGACAGUCAAUAGUGUGAAUUUUCACCUUAUGGGACAAGAAAAAAUGGACUUUUUUCUCCUGCCAUGGGGGGGCGCUCUUUUGGGGAGUAAAAAUUCCUUCACAAAUGUGUUGAUGGCUGGACAUUGCAUCAUCCUAGAAAACUUGGAGGCCAGUGAGGGCAAAAAUAAAAAGUUAUAAGACUUUGAAAUAUGUGGAUUUUAGGGUUAUCUUUGGCGCCCCCUAGAACCUAAACCGUGGGGUGCAGCGUCAUGAUUUGAAUAACUUUUAAUGGCCAUGGGGUGUAGAUUGGCCUGAGCAAAUGUGGUGCCGGUAGAACGAAAGCCUUCGGAGGAGUUAGCGAAAUUCCAAUGUGUGCGGAUCGGCAAAAAAUGCGCAAUAACCCUUUAACCGUACAUUUGACAGAUACGCCCGCACUGACUUUUUUGUAGAUCUUAUUGAGAUACAUGUGUGUGUCAAUUUUUGUGUCAUUUUGACAAAGCGUACAGGCGUCAGGUGAAUUUUUCACCUUAGGGGGCGCUAUGGAGCCAUUUUGCAUUGUAUUGUUUGGGCGACUUCAGAAUAUCAAAUUUUUCACCAGGCCCGGUCGUCCUGCCAAAUUUCAUGAGUUUUCGCCAGUGGGAAGUGGGCCAUUUUCCAGUUCAAAGGGGAGGAAAAAGAACUAGGACCCCGUUGGGGCACUGUCGGGCCCGAGCCGUGUCGCGCCGCCCCCAGUGCGACCGCCUCCCCCUCCCGAUCGCGUCACACUCAAGAUCCAAAGAUGGUGUGCGCACUUGUCUGUGGUCAUUUCCUAUUAUAAUGAAUGGGAGGCGCAGUUUCUACCAAAACACUCGCUGCAGACAAACUUCAUGUCCUAUUUGAAAAAAGUCUGGACCAUGAGUGAGGGCACAAACACAGCUAUGAUAUAUCGAAAUGGCAGGUUGCUCCUCCUUACGGUGUUGCCUGGAGAGCGAUGCGAUUGAGCCAUUGAGCGAUGGGCAGGAAAAACUUAACUUUUUCUCCUGCCAUAUGGGGGGGGGGGGGGGAUGUGGAUUCUUUGAAGAAUGUGGAUUUUUGGGUCAUCUUUGGCGCCCCCUAGAACGUAAACCGUGGGGUGCAGCGUCAUGAUUUUUACAACUUUGAAUGGCCAUGGGGUGUAGAUUGGCCUGAGCAAAUUUGGUGUCAGUGGGACGAAAGCCUUAGGAGGAGUUAGCCACAUUCCAAUGUGUGCGAAUCGGCAAAAAAUGCAAAAUAGCCCUUUAACCGUACAUUUGACAGAUACGCGCGAAUCGACUCUUUUGUAGAUCUUAUUGAGAUACAUAUGUGUGUCAAUUUUUGUGUCAAUAUGAUAAAGCGUACAGGCGUGACAGUCAAUAGUGUGAAUUUCCACCUUAGGGGACAAGAAAAAAUUGGCUUUUUUUUCCUGCCAUGGGGGGGCGCUCUUUUGGGCAGUAAAAAUUCCUUCACAAAUGUGUUGAUGGCUGGACAUUGCAUCAUCCUAGAAAACUUGGAGGCCAGUGAGGACAAAAAUAAAAAGUUAUAAGACUUUUAAAUAUGUGGAUUUUAGGGUUAUCUUUGGCGCCCCCUAGAACCUAAACCGUGGGAUGCAGCGUCAUGAUUUGAAUAACUUUUAAUGGCCAUGGGGUGUAGAUUGGCCUGAGCAAAUGUGGUACCGGUGGAAUGAAAGCCUUCGGAGGAGUUAGCGAAAUUCCAAUGUGUGCGGAUCGGCAAAAAAUGCGGAAUAACCCUUUAACCGUACAUUUGACAGAUACGCGCGCAUUGACUUUUUCGUAGAUCUUAUUGAGAUACAUGUGUGUGUCAAUUUUUGUGUCAUUUUGCCAAAGCGUACAGGUGUUACACUCAACAAUGUGUAUUUUCACCUUAGGGGACAAGAAAAAAUGGACUUUUUUCUCCUGCCAUGGGGGGCGCUCUUUUGGGGAGUAAAAAUUCCUUCACAAAUGUGUUGAUGGCUGGACAUUGCAUCAUCCUAGAAAACUUGGAGGCCAGUGAGGGCAAAAAUAAAAAGUUAUAAGACUUUUAAAUAUGUGGAUCUUAGGGUUAUCUUUGGCGCCCCCUAGAACCUAAACCGUGGGGUGCAGCGUCAUGAUUUGAAUAACUUUUAAUGGCCAUGGGGUGUAGAUUGGCCUGAGCAAAUGUGGUGCCGGUGGAACGAAAGCCUUCGGAGGAGUUAGCGAAAUUCCAAUGUGUGCGGAUCGGCAAAAAAUGCGAAAUAACCCUUUAACCGUACAUUUGACAGGUACGCCCGCACUGACUUUUUUGUAGAUCUUAUUGAGAUACAUGUGUGUGUCAAUUUUUGUGUCAUUUUGACAAAGCGUACAGGCGUGACAGUCAAUAGUGUGAAUUUUCACCUUAGGGGGCGCUAUGGAGCCAUUUUGCAUUUUCUUGUUUGGGCGACUUCGGAAUAUCAAAUUUUUCACCAGGCCCGGUCGUCCUGCCAAAUUUCAUGAGUUUUCGCCAGUGGGAAGUGGGCCAUUUUCCAGUUCAAAGGGGAGGAAAAAUAAUAACUAGGGCCCCGUUGGGGCACUGGCGGGCCCGAGCCGUGUCGCGCCCCCUCCCCAACGCGAUCGCCUCCCCGUCCCAUUCUCUUCCUCUGGCCAUCGCCCUCUCUGGUAACGCCCAUCACUACAAAGACCCUUAUCCUUCAUCGGCGUUUGUGGUUCUUCCCGCCAGUGUGUGUCCAACGCUUUUGCGCGUUGAAAGGUUAGGGUCUCCACUAAAGGUCAGAGGUCAAAUAACAUUUGUAUCUCAAACUGUGACGUCAGAAGUCAGGGUCCAAAGAUGGUGUGCGCAACUGUCUUUGGUCAUUUCCCAUUAUAAUGAAUGGGAGGCACAGUCUCUACCAAAACGCUCGCUGCAGAAAAACUACGUGUCCUUUUUGAAAAAAGUCUGGACCAUGAGUGAGGGCACAAACACAGCUAGUAUAUAUCCAAAUGGCAAGUUGCUCCUCCUUUCGGUUUUGCCGAGAGAGCGAUGCGUUUGAGCCAUUGAGCGAUGGGCAGGAAAAACUUGACUGUUUCUCCUGCCAUGGGGGGGCGCUCUUUCGGGGAGAAAAAAUUCCUUCACAAAUGUGUUGAUGGCUGGACAUUGCAUCAUCCUAGAAAACUUGGAGGCCAGUGAGGACAAAAAUAAAAAGUUAUAAGACUUUGAAAUAUGUGGAUUUUAGGGUUAUUUUUGGUGCCCCCUAGAACGUAAACCGUGGGGUGCAGCGUCAUGAUUUGAAUAACUUUUAAUGGCCAUGGGGUGUAGAUUGGCCUGAGCAAAUGUGGUGCCGGUGGAACGAAAGCCUUCGGAGGAGUUAGCCACAUUCCAAUGUGUGCGUAUCGGCAAAAAAUGCGGAAUAACCCUUUAACCGUACAUUUGACAGAUACACGCUCAUUGACUUUUUUGUAGAUCUUAUUGAGAUACAUGUGUGUGUCAAUUUUUGUGUCAUUUUGCCAAAGCGUAAAGGCGUGACACUCAACAAUGUGUAUUUUCACCUUAGGGGACAAGAAAAAAUGGACUUUUUUCUCCUGCCAUGGGGGGGCGCUCUUUUGGGGAGUAAAAAUUCCUUCACAAAUGUGUUGAUGGCUGGACAUUGCAUCAUCCUAGAGAACUUGGAGGCCAGUGAGGACAAAAAUAAAAAGUUAUAAGACUUUUAAGACUGUGGAUUUUAGGGUUAUUUUUGGCGCCCCCUAGAACCUAAACCGUGGGGUGCAGCGUCAUGAUUUGUACAACUUUUAAUGGCCAUGGGGUGUAGAUUGGCCUGAGCAAAUGUGGUGCCGGUGGAACGAAAGCCUUUGGAGGAGUUAGCGAAAUUCCAAUGUGUGCGGAUCGGCAAAAAAUGCGAAAUAACCCUUUAACCGUACAUUUGACAGAUACGCCCGCACUGACUUUUUUGUAGAUCUUAUUGAGAUACAUGUGUGUGUCAAUUUUUGUGUCAAUAUGACAAAGCGUAAAGGCGUGACAGUCAAUAGUGUGAAUUUUCACCUUAGGGGGCGCUAUGGAGCCAUUUUGCAUUUUAUUGUUUGGGCGACUUCAGAAUAUCGAAUUUUUCACCAGGCCCAUUCGUCCUGCCAAAUUUCAUGAGUUUUCGCCAGUGGGAAGUGGGCCAUUUUCCCCUUCAAAGGGGAGGAAAAAUAAGAAGAAAGAAAGAAAGAAAGAAAGAAAGAAAGAAGAAAGAAAAACCUAUACAGGAAUAAUAGGGCUCUACGCCCGGCUGCUCUGCAGCUGGCUCGGGCCCUAAUAACAAAAGAAGGAAACUACAGGAACAAGAGGGCUCUCGCAGCUGCUUAGCAGCUACGCUCGGGCCCUAAAAAAGAAACAAAGAAAAACCACUUGGGGAAUAAUAGGGCUCUCGCAGCUGCUUAGCAGCUACGCUCGGGCCCUAAUAAUAACACUAGGACCCCGUUGGGGCACUGGCGGGCCCGAGCCGUGUCGCGUCCCCCCCCCAACGUGCUGCCUCCCCGUCCCAUUUGUGUCCUAUGGCCAUCGCCCUCUCUGGUAACGCCCAUCACUGCAAAGACCCUUUUCCUUCAUCGGCGUUUGCUGUUCUUCCUGCCAGUGCGUGUUGCUUUCACUUACACUUGCCACAGCCAGCCUCGUGAGUGCCUAGCCUAUUGGAUAUCACUGUCACCUACACAGGACAGUCAUUACCUUUCUAUUAAUACUUUGUGUUUUAAUUUCACAUUAAUUUCCAUAUUGUAUAAACGACUGGAAAAAACUUGAGCCCCUGCCCCUGUAUAAUCAUGUGCAUGUCUCUGUUCUAGCUCCAAGGUGAAUCUUCACAGCUCAUGUUCUCCUCAGAAGCACUCACCUCACUCCCCUCAGGUUACUGUACACAUGCACCAACUGCCUGCUUCAGGUUUGGAUGGAGCUUCAUGGUUGUCUUUUGGAGAAAUGACCAGUCAAGUUGUGUUUGAAAUUUGAUUUUUUUCAGGGGCAAAAGGAGCCUCUGCAUUCUUGUCAAAUAUGUAAAUAGCAUGUUUUUGCAGGUGCUAAAAACCAGACUCUGAGUGUGUGUGUGUGUGUGUGUGUGUGUGUGUGUGUGUGUGUGUGUGCGUGUGUGUGUGUCUGUGUGUGCGUUCAAGUCACAUGACAUAUUUAACCGGAUGUAGCUGCAAGACGGAGCCUCGUUGACUCUCCGUUUCAACUUAUCUCAAAAGUGAGGACCUCAACCUAUAUACCAGUUUUUAAAUUGUGUUGAUAGGCCAAAUAAAACCAGAGUUAUGAUAAAUUAUGUCCGCGGCCAUUUUUUUCUGCUUAUUUUGAUCACGGUCGGCGCUCGAUCGCGCUGUAUGAGACAGGAAAACAUAGCAUGCAGACAUUAGCGACAGGUCUUACAGGCGGAAAAGGCUUACCAAAAGAAAAAAAAAACACACCACAACAUCUCUCCUAUUGGUGGAAAACUUCACCACAACAACCAAUCCAAAAUUAUAUGGUGACUGAUUGACAAGGGGCGGGCGCUUACGUUCUUCCUGCAACAUGAGAAGCGAGGGAGGGACUCUCAGCAGGGAUGCAGUCUGGGACACGUAGUUGCAAACCUAGCGACUUUGUUGUUAGAUUCAAUGACUUUUCAGACCCCCUAACGACUUUUUUUUAGAAAGAAAGGGACUUUUAUGGACUUCUUCUGGAGUUUAGAGACUCUGACAUGAAGCAGGCUUUCCUUACUGAGGAGUUAGCAACGCUGCUAAGGGUGCAGAGCCACACAUGCCCUCAGAGCUCUGCAUGGGAGACUGAAGCUGACAGAGCUGCAGCAGUUAGCAGGUUUCACCCUCAGAGACCACCAGGGGUUCAUGUUGAGGCAUUUUAAUUUUUUUUUUUUUUGUGCCAUAGACACUGUCAGCACAAUCUGCAGUUACACUAACAAAAAUGCUGCAAAAAACAAAGAAUUAUGGAAAAAUUACACAUGGACUGACAUAGAGGAGGAUCUACACAAGUUUUUUACAUCAUGUUUUACAUCAUGCAUCAUUUACAUCAUGUUUUUUUGUAGUGGCAUAAAUAAAAAGUGACAUUUGUGAGACUAUACAGUGUUUUGUAAAUAAUUUUACAAAGAACGCCUGGGCCAUUGCCUGCAUUUUGAUGUAAAUAGAGGUAAAUCACUAUGUUGUUUGUUAAAAAUUUGCAUAUGUUUUGAAGUUUACAAUUUUUAUUUGAAGUUUAAGUUUUAAAAACAGUUCAUCACACAUAUUUGUGGUUUUCACAGUAAAAAUGUUACUUUUUUCCACUCGGAUUUUAUGUUUUGUGUGUGAAUUUGGGUCCAUUGUGUAAAUUCAGUAUGUCAACAUGAUAAAAUAACUGUAAAUUCGCACAGGUGAGGUUGUGCUGAAAAAAAUGAUACCAGGCAAGGCACGUGAUUGUCAAAUUUUGUGUCAAUAUGACAAAUCGAUAGGCGUGAAUCUCAACAAUAUGUAUUUUCACCUUAAGGGAAAAAAAAAAUGGACUUUUUUCUCCUGCCAUGGGGGGGCGCUCUUUUGGGGAGUAAAAAUUCCUUCACAAAUGUGUUGAUGGCUGGACAUUGCAUCAUCCUUGAAAACUUGGAGGCCAGUGAGGGCAAAAAUAAAAAGUUAUAAGACUUUUAAAUAUGUGGAUUUUAGUGUUAUCUUUGGCGCCCCCUAGAACCUAAACCUUGGGGUGCAGCGUCAUGAUUUUGAUAACUUUUAAUGGCCACGGGGUGUAGAUUGGCCUGAGCAAAUGUGGUGCCGGUGGAACGAAAGCCUUCGGAGGAGUUAGCGAAAUUCCAAUGUGUGCGGAUCGGCAAAAAAUGCGAAAUAACCCUUUAAUUGUAAUUUUGACAGAUACGCGCGCAUUGACUUUUUCGUAGAUCUUAUUGAGUUACAUGUGUGUGUCAAUUUUUGUGUCAUUUUGACAAAGCGUAUAGGCGUGACACUCAACAAUGUGUAUUUUCACCUUAGGGGACAAGAAAAAAUGGACUUUUUUCUCCUGCCAUGGGGGGGCGCUCUUUUGGGGAGUAAAAAUUCCUUCACAAAUGUGUUGAUGGCUGGACAUUGCAUCAUCCUAGAAAACUUGGAGGCCAGUGAGGACAAAAAUAAAAAGUUAUAAGACUUUUAAAUAUGUGGAUUUUAGUGUUAUCUUUGGCGCCCCCUAGAACCUAAACCUUGGGGUGCAGCGUCAUGAUUUUGAUAACUUUUAAUGGCCACGGGGUGUAGAUUGGCUUGAGCAAAUGUGGUGCCGGUGGAACGAAAGCCUUCGGAGGAGUUAGCGAAAUUCCAAUGUGUGCGGAUCGGCAAAAAAUGCGAAAUAACCCUUUAACCGUAAUUUUGACAGAUACGCCCGCACUGACUUUUUUGUAGAUCUUAUUGAGAUACAUAUGUGUGUCAAUUUUUGUGUCAAUAUGACAAAGCGUACAGGCGUGACAGUCAAUAGUGUGAAUUUCCACCUUAGGGGGCGCUAUGGAGCCAUUUUGCAUUUUAUUGUUUGGGCGACUUCAGAAUAUCGAAUUUUUCACCAGGCCCGGUCGUCCUGCCAAAUUUCAUGAGUUUUCGCCAGUGGGAAGUGGGCCAUUUUCCAGUUCAAAGGGGAGGAAAAAGAAAAACAAGAGGGCUCUCGCAGCUGCUUAGCAGCUACGCUCGGGCCCUAAAGAAAGAAAGAAACAAAGAAAAACCACUUGGGGAAUAAUAGGGCCUACGCCCGGCUGCUCUGCAGCUGGCUCGGGCCCUAACUAGGACCCCGUUGGGGCACUGGCGGGCCCGAGCCGUGUCGCGUCCCCCCCCCCAACGUGCUGCCUCCCCGUCCCAUUUGUGUCCUCUGGCCAUCGCCCUCUCUGGUAACGCCCAUCACUGCAAAGACCCUUUUCCUUCAUCGGCGUUUGCUGUUCUUCCUGCCAGUGCGUGUUGCUUUCACUUACACUUGCCACAGCCAGCCUCGUGAGUGCCUAGCCUAUUGGAUAUCACUGUCACCUACACAGGACAGUCAUUACCUUUCUAUUAAUACUUUGUGUUUUAAUUUCACAUUAAUUUCCAUAUUGUAUAAACGACUGGAAAAAACUUGAGCCCCUGCCCCUGUAUAAUCAUGUGCAUGUCUCUGUUCUAGCUCCAAGGUGAAUCUUCACUGCUCAUGUUCUCCUCAGAAAUAGUCACCUCACUCCCCUCAGGUUACUGUACACAUGCACCAACUAUCUGCUUCAGGUUUGAAAUGGAGCUUCAUGGUUGUCUUUUGGAGAAAUGACCAGUCAAGUUGUGUUUGAAAUUUGAUUUUUUUCAGGGGCAAAAGGAAGCCUCUGCAUUCUUGUCAAAUAUGUAAACAGCAUGUUUUUGCAGGUGCUAAAAAACAGACUCUGAGUGUGUGUGUGUGUCUGUGUGUGUGUGUGUGUGUGUGUGUGUGUGUGUGUAUGUUGGCGUGUGUGUAUAUGUGUGUGUAUCCUGCAGUACUCUGUACUCCUGCAGUGGCCAAAAAGACUUUUAAGAAUGUGGAUUUUUGGGUCAUCUUUGGCGCCCCCUAGAACUGCAGUACUCUGUACUCCUGCAGUGGCCAAAAUGACUUUUAAGAAUGUGGAUUUUUGGGUCAUCUUUGGCGCCCCCUAGAACGUAAACCGUGGGGUGCAGCGUCAUGAUUUUUACAACUUUGAAUGGGCAUGGGGUGUAGAUUGCCCUGAGCAAAUUUGGUAUCGGUGGGACGAAAGCCUUAGGAGGAGAUAGCCACAUUCCAAUGUGUGCGAAUCGGCAAAAAAUGCAAAAUAGCCCUUUAACCGUACAUUAUACAGAUACGCGCUCUUUGACUUUUUCGUAGAUCUUAUUGAGAUACACAUGAUUGUCAAAUUUUGUGUCAAUAUGACAAAGCGUAUAGGCGUGAAUCUCAACAAUAUGUAUUUUCACCUUAGGGGACAAGAAAAAAUGGACUUUUUUCUCCUGCCAUGGGGGGGCGCUCUUUUGGGGAGUAAAAAUUCCUUCACAAAUGUGUUGAUGGCUGGACAUUGCAUCAUCCUAGAAAACUUGGAGGCCAGUGAGGACAAAAAUAAAAAGUUAUAAGACUUUUAAAUAUGUGGAUUUUAGGGUUGUCUUUGGCGCCCCCUAGAACCUAAACCGUGGGGUGCAGCGUCAUGAUUUGAAUAACUUUUAAUGGCCAUGGGGUGUAGAUUGGCCUGAGCAAAUGUGGUGCCGGUGGACAGAAAGCCUUCGGAGGAGUUAGCGAAAUUCCAAUGUGUGCGGAUCGGCAAAAAAUGCGAAAUAACCCUUUAACCGUACAUUUGACAGAUACGCCCGCACUGACUUUUUUGUAGAUCUUAUUGAGAUACAUGUGUGUGUCAAUUUUUGUGUCAUUUUGACAAAACGUACCGGCGUGACAGUGAAUAGUGUGAAUUUUCACCUUAGGGGGCGCUAUGGAGCCAUUUUGCAUUUUCUUGUUUGGGCGACUUCGGAAUAUCAAAUUUUUCACCAGGCCCGGUCGUCCUGCCAAAUUUCAUGAGUUUUCGCCAGUGGGAAGUGGGCCAUUUUCCAGUUCAAAGGGGAGGAAAAAUAAUAAUAACAAAAGAAGGAAACUACAGGAACAAGAGGGCUCUCGCAGCUGCUUAGCAGCUACGCUCGGGCCCUAAAAAGAAGGAAACAUGCAGGAACAAGAGGGCUCUCGCAGCUGCUUAGCAGCUACGCUCGGGCCCUAAAUAACAAACUAGGACCCCGUUGGGGCACUGGCGGGCCCGAGCUGUGUCGCGUCCCCCCCCCCAACGCGCUGCCUCCCCGUCCCAUUUGUGUCCUCUGGCCAUCGCCCUCUCUGGUAACGCCCAUCACUGCAAAGACCCUUAUCCUUCAUCGGCGUUUGCUGUUCUUCCUGCCAGUGCGUGUUGCUUUCACUUACACUUGCCACAGCCAGCCUCGUGAGUGCCUAGCCUAUUCGAUAUCACUGUCACCUACACAGGACAGUCAUUACCUUUCUAUUAAUACUUUGUGUUUUAAUUUCACAUUAAUUUCCAUAUUGUAUAAACAACUGGAAAAAACUUGAGCCCCUGCCCCUGUAUAAUCAUGUGCACGUCUCUGUUCUAGCUCUAAGGUGAAUCUUCACUGCUCAUGUUCUCCUCAGAAGCAGUCACCUCACUCCCCUCAGGUUACUGUACACAUGCACCAACUGCCUGCUUCAGGUUUGGAUGGAGCUUCAUGGUUGUCUUUUGGAGAAAUGACCAGUCAAGUUGUGUUUGAAAUUUGAUUUUUUUCAGGGGCAAAAGGAGCCUCUGCAUUGUUGUCAAAUAUGUAAAUAGCAUGUUUUUGCAGGUGCUAAAAACCAGACUCUGAGUGUGUGUGUGUGCGUGUGUGUGUGUGUCUGUGUGUGUGUGUGUGUGUGUGCGUUCAAGUCACAUGACAUAUUUAACCGGAUGUAGCUGCAAGACGGAGCCUCGUUGACUCUCCGUUUCAACUUAUCUCAAAAGUGAGGACCUCAACCUAUAUACCAGUUUUUAAAUUGUGUUGAUAGGCCAAAUAAAACCAGAGUUAUGAUAAAUUAUGUCCGCGAUACUUGUUUUCUGCUUAUUUUGAUCACGUUCGGCGCUCGAUCGCGCUGUAUGAGACAGGAAAACAUAGCAUGCAGACAUUAGCGACAGGUCUUACAGGCGGAAAAGGCUUGCCAAAGGAAAAAAAAAACACACCACAACAUCUCUCCUAUUGGUGGAAAACUUCACCACAACAACCAAUCCAAAACUAUAUGGUGACUGAUUGACAAGGGGCGGGCGCUUACGUUCUUCCUGCAAUAUGAGAAGGGAGGGAGGGACUCUCAGCAGGGAUGCAGUCUGGGACACGUAGUUGCAAACCUAGCGACUUUGUUGUUAGAUUCAAUGACUUUUCAGACCCCCUAACGACUUUUUUUUAGAAAGUGACUUUUAUCGACUUCUUCUGGAGUUUAGAGACUCUGACAUGAAGCAGGCUUUCCUUACUGAGGAGUUAGCAACGCUGCUAAGGGUGCAGAGCCACACAUGUGCUCCGAGCUCUGCAUGGGAGACUGAAGCUGACAGAGCUGCAGCAGUUAGCAGGUUUCACCCUCAGAGACCACCAGGGGUUCAUGUUGAGGCAUUUUAAUUUUUUUUUUUUUUUUGCCAUAGACACUGUCAGCACAAUCUGCAGUUACACUAACAAAAAUGCUGCAAAAAACAAAGAAUUAUGGAAAAAUUACACAUGGACUAACAUAGAGGAGGAUCUACACAAGUUUUUUACAUCAUGUUUUACAUCAUGCAUCAUUUAUGUAGUGAUUUGAAAUGAGCCUCAUACGGUCGCACCAAAAUAUAUGUAGCGAUUUGAAAUGAGCCUCACAAGGUCGCACCAAAAUAUACUUGGCGAUUGGAAUUUAUAAUAAAUGUCUGAAGAUUAAUAAUCUCAAAUUAUGACAUUUAUGCACUCGUUGAAAGGGGCACCACCCACCCUUAAUGGUGGGAAAAUAAAGAAAACAAAAGUUUAAUUCAGAAAUCAAACAUCAAGUCAGUUUUAAUUAAUCAGUCUUAAUUAAUCAGUCUUAAUUAAUCAGUCUCAUAUCUUAAGUCGAAAUUCUAAUUUCAGGGACUCCACUUCUGGAAGAACACUAACAGACCAGAACUUAGAAAAAUAAUUAUCUGUUUAUUACAGGAUAAAUGAUGGUACAACACACAUGCAAUAAAUGAUGAUAAGAUAAUGAAGAUAAAUAAUACUAGGUGAAUAAAUCAAGAUUCUGAGUCAGGCUAGGAGCACUAAAGUUAAUGAUAGUGAGUGAAUAUGCGCUAACAUAUUAACCUACACUAACUUUAGUGUCGAGAUAAACUCGGAUGUGGAUUUGGAGGAAUCUAAGAUUACCAGAAUAAGAGGAUAUCUGAGUUGAACGCAGGAGACAGCACCAGCCCUCUUUAGAGCUCUGGAGGUUUGCAUACUUAAGUGAGACUGGUCCUUGGAGAAGAUGGAGCAGGUUCCGAAGGUCCGGGCUACUGGCGGUUCGAGCGGUUCAGCUCAGAAGACGACUGAAGUCAGCCGAAGGAUGAGCCAGGAGUUGCAGCACUCAGGCCCGAAGCAAAAACCAGCGCCUGUGGAUCCUGCGGAUGCUCGUUUGGGUACUUCUUUAGUCUCACUCAAAAACUCUGGCACAGAGGAUGACCUGGGCCUGUUGGAUUGCGUUCGGAGGUGACUUUGAAAUCACGCAGAAAACUCAGAAAAACGAGGCUCGAAGAGCAGAGAAAACUUUCAAAAAUGGCUUCGCGAAAUUAAAGAAAAUCAAUCAAAGGCUUAAUCUUGAAUUGCUAUGUGCACAAAAAGUUGAAGUUUCAAAACUUGAACUAAGACGAUGUUAAAGAAAAAUCAACGUGAAUCAACACGUGGCGUAAAACUUAGAAGACUAAGAAAAAGUUCUAAGAGAAAACAAAGAAACGCACCACAGAAGGGUGUGGACAGAAGAGAAGGGGCAUAAGAGCCGGGGACAAGAGAGUCAGAAGAAGAGCAGAAGCAUAAGAGAGAAAUAAGAGCAUAAGAGGCAAGAGAGAGUGAGCAACCCCACUUCACUGGUUUUAUCUUCUCACACUGGGAGUGGCUCCGGCGUGUGUGUGUGAGACAGAGGAGGGUCGUGUGGUCUUUGAUUAUUUUAUCUAACUUAUUCUUUUGGCUGGUAAAAGAGUCAGAUCUGAUACUCACUCACUAUGAUUAAUAUCAUUGAAUGCUUGGUUUCAUGACAAAUAAUUUGACACUAAACACAUAUGAAUGAAGUGUAGGAUCACAUCAAACAUUCUCAUUAUGUUUAAAGUAUCACAUUGAACAUGCUAAAUUACUCUGAAAUGAAACAGAUAGUAACACAUGGAAACUGUGAACAACAAAAGAGUAAAUACAUGUGAAUGAACGUCAUCAUGAUUAAUAAUGGAUUCUAAAUACUCACAUUCAGGUUAUUCAAUGACAUUAUAACCACCUAAUGGUUAAAAAUACUAAAUAAACGAUUAAAAUAUAGAACAAACAUUUCUAAACCAUUUCUGUUAAUUAGAGCUAAGUUAUGAGUCACAAUCAAUAAAUUUAACUCUUAAAAGUUCAUGAAACAGUCUGAAAAGCUGUUGGUCUAAAGAACUAAAGAAUAAGGAUUUAUUCUGUCAGAUAAGAUAACUUGGCUUCUGAAGCACAUAGAAAAACGGGAAACAUCUCAUUUUAACACAAAUUUCAUGAUUAGACAGAUUAGUACAUUGCUGAAUGCAUAAGAUGUCAUGAUCAGUCAUUUGUAUUCUUUCACCAAAGGAAUGCAGUCUUUAUCAGUGUAUGGUCGAGCAGGGUUUUACGACCGAGGUCUGGAGGUCAGUGUCCCCCCUUAUCCUGGGGUCCGUAUGUUCACACACUUUAAGACGCUAAAUCUCAAAUGGGAGAUCUGGGUUGAGACGUUAACGUUUAUUUAGAUGGUCAGCAAAUGGAGUCAGUUUGAAAGGUAAUAAAAACUCUGUCUCUGUUCGCCGAACUGACCAAUCCUGAAGAGUCAGAGGUUUAGUCAACCUCCAGUUGGGUCACUUAUUUAACCUGAAAGUGUAAACGAGUCUGGAAAGAUUUAUAUCCUGUUUCCUGGGACCAGAUAAGGAACUUUCCUGUGAGGAAUGUGUGGGUUUCACACCCAGGGUUGUCUUGAUUGCUACAUUUACAUCAUGUUUUUUUGUAGUGGCAUAAAUAAAAAGUGACAUUUGUGAGACUAUACAGUGUUUUGUAAAUAAUUUUACAAAGAACACCUGGGCCAUUGCCUGCAUUUUGAUGUAAAUAGAGGUAAAUUACUAUGUUCUUUGUUAAAAAUUUGCAUAUGUUUUGAAGUUUACAAUUUUUAUUUGAAGUUUAAGUUUUAAAAACAGUUCAUCACACAUAUUUGUGGUUUUCACAGUAAAAACGUAACUUUUUUCCACUCGGAUUUUAUGUUUUGUGUGUGAAUUUGGGUCCAAUGUGUAAAUAUAGUAUGUCAAAAUGAUAAAAUAACUGUAAAUUGACACAGGUGAGGUUGUGCUGAAAAAAAUGAUACCAGGCAAGGCAAGGUAAAAAUUUUGUAAGAGGAAAUAUAAAGGUAAAAUCUAAAGUAGUCAAAAACGGCCAAUAGUGACUCACAGACUCCACAGACAAGUCCCUUUGGCGCCACUCAGUGGGCAAAACUACUUUGUCUACUGUAAUGUAUAUUUGGGUUAUCUUUGGCGCCCCCUAAAACGUAAACCGUGGGGUGCAGCGUCAUGAUUUUUACAACUUUGAAUGGCCAUGGAGUGUAGAUUGGCCUGAGCAAAUUUGGUGUCAGUGGGACGAAAGCCUUAGGAGGAGUUAGCGAAAUUCCAAUGUGUGCGAAUCGGCAAAAAAUGCAAAAUAGCCCUUUUACCGUACAUUAUACAGAUACGCGCUCUUUGACUUUUUCGUAGAUCUAAUUGAGAUACACAUGAUUGUCAAUUUUUGUGUCAUUUUGCCAAAGCGUACAGGCGUGACAGUCAACAAUGUGUAUUUUCACCUUAGGGGACAAGAAAAAAUGGACUUUUUUCUCCUGCCAUGGGGGGCGCUCUUUUAGGGAGUAAAAAUUCCUUCACAAAUGUGUUGAUGGCUGGACAUUGCAUCAUCCUAGAAAACUUGGAGGCCAGUGAGGACAAAAAUAAAAAGUUAUAAGACUUUUAAAAAUGUGGAUUUUUGGGUUAUCUUUGGCGCCCCCUAGAACGUAAACCGUGGGGUGCAGCGUCAUGAUUUGAAUAACUUUUAAUGGCCAUGGGGUGUAGAUUGGCCUGAGCAUAUGUGGUGCCGGUGGAACGAAAGCCUUCGGAGGAGUUAGCGAAAUUCCAAUGUGUGCGAAUCGGCAAAAAAUGCGGAAUAACCCUUUAACCGUACAUUUGACAGAUACGCGCUUGGACUUUUUUGUAGAUCUUAUUGAGAUACAUGUGUGUGUCAAUUUUUGUGUCAUUUUGACAAAGCCUACAGGCGUGACACUCAACAAUGUGUAUUUUCACCUUAGGGGACAAGAAAAAAUGGACUUUUUUCUCCUGCCAUGGGGGGGCGCUCUUUUGAGGAGUAAAAAUUCCUUCACAAAUGUGUUGAUGGCUGGACACUGCAUCAUCCUAGAAAACUUGGAGGCCAGUGAGGGCAAAAAUAAAAAGUUAUAAGACUUUUAAAUAUGUGGAUUUUAGGGUUAUCUUUGGCGCCCCCUAGAACCUAAACCGUGGCGUGCAGCGUCAUGAUUUGAAUAACUUUUAAUGGCCAUGGGGUGUAGAUUGGCCUGAGCAAAUGUGGUGCCAGUGGAACGAAAGCCUUCGGAGGAGUUAGCGAAAUUCCAAUGUGUGCGGAUCGGCAAAAAAUGCGAAAUAACCCUUUAACCGUACAUUUGACAGAUACGCCCGCACUGACUUUUUUGUAGAUCUUAUUGAGAUACAUGUGUGUGUCAAUUUUUGUGUCAUUUUGACAAAGCGUACAGGCGUGACAGUCAAUAGUGUGAAUUUUCACCUUAGGGGGCGCUAUGGAGCCAUUUUGCAUUUUCUUGUUUGGGCGACUUCGGAAUAUCAAAUUUUUCACCAGGCCUGGUCGUCCUGCCAAAUUUCAUGAGUUUUCGCCAGUGGGAAGUGGGCCAUUUUCCAGUUCAAAGGGGAGGAAAAAUAAUAACUAGGGCCCCGUUGGGGCACUGGCGGGCCCGAGCCGUGUCGCACCCCCCCCCCCCCCCCAACGCGACCGCCUCCCCGUCCCAUUCGCGUCCUCUGGCCAUCGCCCUCUCUGGUAACGCCCAUCACUGCAAAGACCCUUUUCCUUCAUCGGCGUUUGCUGUUCUUCCUGCCAGUGCGUGUUGCUUUCACUUACACUUGCCACAGCCAGCCUCGUGAGUGCCUAGCCUAUUGGAUAUCACUGUCACCUACACAGGACAGUCAUACUUUGUUUUUUAAUUUCACAUUAAUUUCCUUAUUGUAUAAACGACUGGAAAAAACUUGAGCCCCUGCCCCUGUAUUAUCAUGUGCACGUCCCUGUUCUAGCUCCAAGGUGAAUCUUCACUGCUCAUGUUCUCCUCAGAAGCAGUCACCUCACUCCCCUCAGGUUACUGUACACAUGCACCAACUGCCUGCUUCAGGUUUGGAUGGAGCUUCAUGGUUGUCUUUUGGAGAAAUGAGCAGUCAAGUUGUGUUUGAAAUUUGAUUUUUUUCAGGGGCAAAAGGAAGCCUCUGCAUUCUUGUCAAAUAUGUAAAUAGCAUGUAUUUGCAGGUGCUAAAAAACAGACUCUGAGUGUGUGUGUGUGUGCGUGUGUGUGUGUGUCUGUGUGUGUGUGUGUGUGUGUAUCCUGCAGUACUCUGAGAAGAAUAAUAAGCAUAUUUCUGAGGUGAAUUUUGAAGAUUGAUCUGAGAGUUAGGUUUGAUUCGAUUCGAUUGACGCUCCCCAGCGUUCAAGUCACAUGACAUAUUUAACCGGAUGUAGCUGCAAGACGGAGCCUCGUUAACUCUCCGUUUCAACUUAUCUCAAAAGUGAGGACCUCAACCUAUAUACCAGUUUUUAAAUUGUGUUGAUAGGCCAAAUAAAACCAGAGUUAUGAUAAAUUAUGUCCGCGAUACUUUUUUUCUGCUUAUUUUGAUCACGUUCGGCGCUCGAUCUCGCUUUUAUGAGACAGGAAAACAUAGCAUGCACACAUUAGCGACAGGUCUUACAGGCGGAAAAGGCUUGCCUAAAGAAAAAAAAAACACACCACAACAUCUCUCCUAUUGGUGGAAAACUUCACCACAACAACCAAUCCAAAAUUAUAUGGUGACUGAUUGACAAGGGGCGGGCGCUUACGUUCUUCCUGCAACAUGAGAAGGGAGGGAGGGACUCUCAGCAGGGAUGCAGUCUGGGACACGUAGUUGCAAACCUAGCGACUUUGUUGUUAGAUUCAAUUACUUUUCAGACCCCCUAACGACUUUUUUUAGAAAGAAAGGGACUUUUAUCGACUUCUUCUGGAGUUUAGAGACUCUGACAUGAAGCAGGCUUUCCUUACUGAGGAGUUAGCAACGCUGCUAAGGGUGCAGAGCCACACAUGCGCUCCGAGCUCUGCAUGGGAGACUAAAGCUGACAGAGCUGCAGCAGUUAGCAGGUUUCACCCUCAGAGACCACCAGGGGUUCAUGUUGAGGCAUUUUCAGUUUUUGUUUUUUUUGCCAUAGACACUGUCAGCACAAUCUGCAGUUACACUAACAAAAAUUCUGCAAAAAACAAAGAAUUAUGGAAAAAUUACACAUGGACUGACAUAGAGGAGGAUCUACACAAGUUUUUUACAUCAUGUUUUACAUCAUGCAUCAUUUACAUCAUGUUUUUUUGUAGUGGCAUAAAUAAAAAGUGACAUUUGUGAGACUAUACAGUGUUUUGUAAAUAAUUUUACAAAGAACGCCUGGGCCAUUGCCUGCAUUUUGAUGUAAAUAGAGGUAAAUUACUAUGUUCUUUGUUAAAAAUUUGCAUAUGUUUUGAAGUUUACAAUUUUUAUUUGAAGUUUAAGUUUUAAAAACAGUUCAUCACACAUAUUUGUGGUUUAAUUUCACAUUAAUUUCCAUAUUGUAUAAAUGACUGGAAAAAACUUGAGCCCCUGCCCCUAUAUAAUCAUGUGCACGUCCCUGUUCUAGCUCCAAGGUGAAUCGUCACUGCUCAUGUUCUCCUCAGAAAUAGUCACCUCACUCCCCUCAGGUUACUGUACACAUGCACCAACUAUCUGCUUCAGGUUUGGAUGGAGCUUCAUGGUUGUCUUUUGGAGAAAUGAACAGUCAAGUUGUGUUUGAAAUCUGAUUUUUUUCAGGGGCAAAAGGAAGCCUCUGCAUUGUUGUCAAAUAUGUAAAUAGCAUGUUUUUGCAGGUGCUAAAAAACAGACUCUGAGUGUGUGUGUGUGUGUGUGUGUGUGUGUGUGUGUGUGUGUGUGUGUGUAUAUGUGUGUGUAUCCUGCAGUACUCUGUACUCCUGCAGUGGCCAAAAAGACUUUUAAGAAUGUGGAUUUUUGGGUCAUCUUUGGCGCCCCCUAGAACUGCAGUACUCUGUACUCCUGCAGUGGCCAAAAUGACUUUUAAGAAUGUGGAUUUUUGGGUCAUCUUUGGCGCCCCCUAGAACGUAAACCGUGGGACGCAGCGUCAUGAUUUUUACAUCUUUGAAUGGCCAUGGGGUGUAGAUUGCCCUGAGCAAAUUUGGUAUUGGUGGGACGAAAGCCUUAGGAGGGGAUAGCCACAUUCCAAUGUGUGCGAAUCGGCAAAAAAUGCGAAAUAGCCCUUUAACCGUACAUUAUACAGAUACGCGCUUUUUGACUUUUUCGUAGAUCUAAUUGAGAUACACAUGAUUGUCAAUUUUUGUGUCAAUAUGACAAAGCGUUCAGGCGUGACACUCAACAAUGUGUAUUUUCAUGUAAGGGGACAAGAAAAAAUUGACUUUUUUCUCCUGCCAUGGGGGGGCGCUCUUUUGGGGAGUAAAAAUUCCUUCACAAAUGUGUUGAUGGCUGGACAUUGCAUCAUCCUAGAAAACUUGGAGGGCAGUGAGGACAAAAAUAAAAAGUUAUAAGACUUUUAAGAAUGUGGAUUUUGGGUUAUCUUUGGCGCCCCCUAGAACCUAAACCGUGGGGUGCAGCGUCAUGAUUUGUACAACUUUUAAUGGCCAUGGGGGGUAGAUUGGCCUGCGCAAAUGUGGUGCCGGUCGAACGAAAGCCUUCGGAGGAGUUAGCGAAAUUCCAAUGUGUGCAGAUCUGCAAAAAAUGCAAAAUAACCCAUUAACCGUACAUUUGACAGAUACGCCCGCACUGACUUUUUUGUAGAUCUUAUUGAGAUACAUGUGUGUGUCAAUUUUUGUGUCAAUAUGACAAAGUGUACAGCCGUCAUGUGAAUUUUCACCUUAGGGGGCGCUAUGGAGCCAUUUUGCAUUUUAUUGUUUGGGCGACUUCAGAAUAUCGAAUUUUUCACCAGGCCCGGUCGUCCUGCCAAAUUUCCUGAGUUUUCGCCAGUGGGAAGUGGGCCAUUUUCCAGUUUAAAGCGGAGGAAAAAUAAUAACGAAAGAAGGAAACAUGCAGGAACAAGAGGGCUCUCGCAGCUGCUUAGCAGCUACGCUCGGGCCCUAAUGAAUUUCCAGGAAGUGGGUCUUUAAAUAAAGUAAACAAAAUAGGCGCCUUUUUUUAUAAAGUCUUCUGUUCCAUUACAGUAACUAUGGUUUUAUAUUAUUAUAUAAUGAUAAUGUAAUGAUGGUAAAUAUGACGUAUGCUGCGUUCCUGUUACCUUGAAAGUCGGAGCUGGGAAUGACGUUACACCAAAGUUGACGGCGUUCCUGUAAAUGAGUCAGAAAGUCAAAAUGGACACCUACUGUUAGCCGUUGUUAGCUAUUGUUAGCUGUUGUUAGCUAUACGAGUUGUAAACAACGCGUAACAUAGUAUUUUACUCUUACGAACACCAUAACACCGUGUUCACAGUUAGACGUUGGGCAGAACAACAUAAACUGCUUAUUUAAUGUCACAAAAACAAACACAAGUGCUAAUGAAUAAAACAUUCCGAGAGCUUUCACUGUUACUCUUUACUGUUGAAGCCCUGUGCGGCCAUCUUGGAUUAUGAUGUUGUCGUCAAGUCGGGGUGGGCGAGAAUCGUCUAACUUUCCAGGUCCAGGCGUUUCAGACGAAUUUGCGACUCAGAUCUCGGAAACCCCGACUUCCGAGAACAACUGGAACGCAGCAUUAAUUAAUCAGAAAUACUUGCGGCGUUCAAGUUACCUUGGAAGUCAGAUGUCGGAACGGAAACAAGAUGGCUACAUCUGCGAAAGUCAUUUUAGUGCUAGCCUUAUAUUUGGACAAGCACUAAAAUAACUUUGAUAGAUGUAGCCAUCUUGUACCCGCUUCCGGUUUUGCUUUUUUCUGAUUUGGUAACUGAAACGCCGGGAACUCGGGUGUGACGUCAAUCCCAGUUCAGACAUCUGACUUCUGAGGUAACUCGAACGCAGCAACAGUCAAUUAUAAUUAUUACGAUUAAGUUUUACAUCACAGAUGGAAAUUUGCAGUUUGCUUAAUCUGGUUCAUCCAUCCCUCCUGCUCUGUCAGUUCGCCUCGCUUCAUUGAACACCUCCAAUGCAGGCAAUGUGGUGGGACAACUUAGUCCAUCAUCAGGCCUCUUUGACCCUCAUGUUUAAGGCGAGACGUUCCAGGGCCGUAGACGUCACCUCUAUUCCUGGUAGCGGGAAAAAGGAACAAGAUUACUCAUAACGGACACCGAAGGCGUCUGUCAUCUUGACUUCUCUGCUGUUCAAACAAAAUACCAACAUCUCUAAGCCUUCAACGCUUUUGUUUGUAAAGCAGCUUUUGUUACUCAUUCAUGAUCUCAAAGCCUGCUGAGAUAACCCUGCCAACCCUGAACACACAAAUGUUAGUUAUUUCUCAGAGAGUGUUCACACCUGUUGACUUAACCUCGUCAAACACGUCUGCGAUGGCACCGGGUGGCCACAUUGUUCACUAAACUGUUGUUAACGCCUUAAGGAGUGGCCUGUACUUGUUUAUUUCUGUCACUAUCAUGUGACAUGAGCUGUUUGCACGCUUUAAUUAUCCAAAAAUCCAUGUACGGUAAGAACAAAGAACAGAAUAUUUUAAGGAGCUUUAGGUGAACAUGUGGAGGGUCCAUAGAAGGAAUGACAGAACGUAUUUUGAGGACCUGUGUGAUGUAAAACAUGGAUACAAGGUCCUUGUUGAGGAUGGUUUUCAGAGGCCCAACAAUCUCACACUGAAGUAUCUGAGGUAUUUGAGUGACACAGCUCCACCACUUUAAAGGCUGACAUGACUGGCUAAAGAAACUCUUCCUAACAAUUUCUUCAAGCUGCUCGACCCAGAGCUGACUGAGAAAGUGAGCCACUAAAGAAAGAAAAUGUUUCCACUCCGUAUGAGCCGACUUCUCUGCGUGUAUGUUGUUUCAAACUCCCUAAAUCGCUGACAGAUGAGGAGAGCAGACAGUUUCAGAGCUGAAUGAGCGAAAAGAGACGGGGGCUGGCAGGUCUAAACUCUUAGAUCACGAGCGGUCUAAGAAGUUCCAUGGUUUUUGUGAAACCAGCACUUAUUCCCCCUCCACUUGUAUCAUCGUGGUUUUGAACAAAGACGCCUCACAGCCCUCAUGUAAAAAAACGGUCCUGGAGUUAUUUCACUGGAGGUGGUCUCUUACACGUGUAUGUGAAACAUAAGCUUUGUUGUAGCAGGCUGCGCUCCAGCGUUAAGAGACAGAGAAGAUGCUUUGAGUCGGGGGAAUAAAUGGGAACAUGGCUGUUCCUCAAAGGUCCGUUUCAGACACUGAGUGGUAAAUUUGGGCAUGUGCUGCUCGCAGCUCUCUCAUUUUGGAGAUGCUGUUCUUUAAUCUGAACCCUCGGGUGGAAGUAACCAUCCUCCUCACUCCCCCGCUGUGGCUCCUGUUUGAUGUGGGAGACCUCAUUUAUUUUAAUAGGCCAUGGAGACGAUACGCUCAGAACAUGACAUUUUCCAAAUAAUCCAAGUGUUAUAUUUAAACCCGCUCCUUCUGCAAUGACCAUGAGGCGAAGUAUUGUCGGAGCAGCGUUUGAAUGUUGAAGUUAGAUUUAAAAAAUCUUAGUAAAGAGAGUUUAAUAGUUUGACAACCUGAUCUUAAAGGAAUAUUCCGUCUUAAAAUCAAAUUAGGGUCAAACACACCUUAACACCUAGUUAGACACCUCCUCCAGAGAUGAAUGUUGUCGACCGCUUGCUUCUCUAGUUAUACCAACUUUAGUAACGACCGCACAAUAGCAAUACAGAGAGCCACGCCCCCAACCAAAACGCCACUCUAUAGCCACAAAUAAUGCUCAGAACAGCACCUACACACGUGGACAAAAUUGUUGGUACCCCUCAGUUAAAGAAGGAAAAACCCACAAUUCUCACUGAAAUCACUUGAAACCUACAAAAGUAACAAUAAAUAAAAAUUUAUUGAAAAUUAAAUAAUCAAAAUCAGCCAUUACGUUUGAAAUGUUGAUUAACAUAAUUAUUUAAAAAAAACAAACUAAUGAAAUAGGGCUGGACAAAAAUGAUGGUACCUCUAUAAAAGAUUGAAAACUAUUUGACCAGAGUGACAUGAUUAACUCAGGUGUGUCCUUUAAUUGACAUCACAGGUGUUUCCAAACUCAUAACCAGUCAGUCUGCCUAUUUAAAGGGAGACAAGUAGUCACUCUGCUGUUUGGUGAAAAGGUGUGUACCACACUGAACAUGGACAACAGAAAGCGAAGGAGAGAAUUGUCCCAGGACAUCCGAAAAAAAAUUAUAGACAAACAUCUUAAAGGUGCAGGCUAUAAGACUAUCUCUAAACAGCUUGAAGUUCCUGUGACAACAGUGGCUCAUAUUAUUCAGAAGUUCAAGACCCACGGGACAGUAGCCAACCUCCCUGGACGUGGCCGCAAGAGGAAAAUUGAUGACAGAUUGAAGAGACAGAUCGUUCGAAUUGUAUCCAAAGAGCCCAGGACAACCUCCAAAGAAAUUAAAGGUGAACUCCAAGGCCAAGGUACAUCAGUGUCAGAUCGCACCAUUCGUCGUUGUUUGAGCCAAAGUGGACUUCAUGGGAGACGACCAAGGAGGACACCACUGCUGAAAAAAAAUCAUAAAAAAGCGAGACUGGAAUUUGCAAAAAUGCAUGUUGACAAGCCACAAAGCUUCUGGGAGAAUGUCCUUUGGACAGAUGAGACCAAACUGGAGCUUUUUGGUAAGGCACAUCAACUCUAUGUUCAUAGACUCAAAAACCAAGCAUACGAAGAAAAGAACACUGUCCCUACGGUGAAACAUGGAGGAGGCUCAGCAAUGUUUUGGGGCUGCUUUGCUGCAUCUGGCACAGGGUGUCUUGAAUGUGUGCAAGGUAAAAUGAAAUCUGACGACUAUCAAGGCAUUCUGGAGAGAAAUGUGCUGCCUAGUGUCAGAAAGCUUGGUCUCAGUCGCAGGUCAUGGGUCUUCCAACAGGACAACGAUCCAAAACACACAGCCAAAAACACCCAAGAAUGGCUGAGAGAAAAGCGUUGGACUAUUCUAAAGUGGCCUUCCAUGAGCCCAGAUCUGAAUCCCAUUGAACAUCUGUGGAAGGAGCUGAAACAUGCCAUUUGGAGAAGACACCCAUCAAACCUGAGACAACUGGAGCAGUUUGCUCAUGAGGAGUGGGCCAAAAUACCUGUUGACAGCUGCAGAACGCUCAUUGACAAAUACAGAAAUCGUUUAAUUGCAGUGAUUGCCUCAAAAGGUUGUGCAACAAAAUAUUAAGUUAUGGGUACCAUCAUUUUUGUCCAGCCCUAUUUCAUUAGUUUGUUUUUUUUAAAUAAUUAUGUUAAUCAACAAUUCAAAAGUAAUGGCUGAUUUUGAUUAUUUAAUUUUCAAUAAAUUUUUAUUUAUUGUUACUUUUGUAGGUUUCAAGUGAUUUCAGUGAGAAUUGUGGGUUUUUCCUUCUUUAACUGAGGGGUACCAACAAUUUUGUCCACGUGUGUAACUUCAUCAACAGGACAUAUAGGGUCACAAACAUAGUACUAGACACCAAACAUCUUUUUAACUUUGACUCAUUUCUUUAGCAAAGAGACUAAACACAACUCACCUACUCUCUUCCAGCAGCCGCUUGUUUGUAGCAAGACCUCAGGCCAGUCCAUUACGGACUACAGCGGGGUGCCGCAGCUCAAGGAAGAACAUAUAUGAUCAUUUCUUUAUCAUUUCCUUGAAGUAAUAAUCACCAUAAUAAUCAUUUGCACCGCAGACACAGUAGUUCUUAAUAAUAAUAUUAAUAACUUAAUUUUUUAGCAUUAGAACAGAAGUUUACAAAUUGCUUUGACAUAAAGUCCCAGAGCACAUGGAAAAAGACAGAUAAAAACAAAAAGCUCAGUUAAAACGGAGUUGAAGGAACAUCUUCAUAAGACAAUACAAGAACCGUGCAACAUAAAAUGAGACCACGAGGACCAAAAUGAAAACAUAAAACAGUUAAGAAAAAAGAAAAAGCAAUUAAAGGGGCUGGAAAGCAGAAACAGGAUAGUAAAUAUAAAAGGCAAUAUCAUCAAUGAUAAUAAAAUAAUAACAGUUAAUACUGAUAAUAAUAGUAAUGAUGGAAUGGAGCGACAGAAAUGAGCGAGAGAAAAAACCUGAUCAUAAAUGUUCUUCCUUGAGCUGCGUCACCCCGCUGUAGUCCAUAAUGGACUGGCCUGAGGUCUCACUACGAACAAGUGGCUGCUGGAAGAGAGUAGGUGAGUCGUGUUUAGUCUCUUUACUAAAGAAAUGAGUCAAAGUUAAAAAGAUGUUUGGUGUCUAGUACUAUGUCUGUGACCCUAUAUGUCCUGUUGAUGAAGUUAGGUGCUGUUCUGAGCAUUAUUUGUGGCUAUAGAGUGGCGUUUUGGUUGAGAUUCAGAUUCAGAUUCAGACAAAUAUCCCCUAAGGCCAAAUCCGUUCACGGUUACCCUGCCGUUUGAUCGGUCCAAACACACAAAUCAGCAGAAAAACAAACCAGACAAGUGCAAGACAUUAAUAACAACCAGUAGACAACCACAUCCUGUCAGUGCUGACAGAUAAAUAGCUAAAUAAGCAUAAUAAGCAGUCAAGUUCCGCAGAGCAAUGGUUGAAAUAUAAUAAGAUCCACAAGUAUGAGACACAAGAUCAGAAAUAAAACAAAUAAAACACUCCUGAAGCUCCAGUUCAGCACAGGCCACAUGUGACCAUCAGCCUACCUCCCGGCAUUUAAAUGCCUGAUGGCUGAGGGGAUAGAAGAGUUUGAGUAUCGCGCGUGGCUCUUUGUAUCUACUAGAUAAAGCAAGCGGUCAUCUCUCGACGAGUUAACUGACUCGGUGUUACGGUGUGUUUUACCCUAACUUAACUUCACGCCGGAAUAUCCCUUUACAUGGAGUAUAUAUUGCUCAGCAUUCAUGGAGCCAUCACAGACGUGUAAGAUACCCCCCAAAAAGAACAUUAAAUCUUGGUUCCAUUUAAUUUAGAGGAGUCACCGGCACCUCUGGGUCAUGUGGUUUCCUUUUUGCAUGGUGCCAUUUUAACUUGCACUUUGUCACUCUAAUGCAGAACCUUGUAUUUCCAAAACCACCACUUUCCAGGAAGUUAAAAAAAAAAAAAAGCAGCUGAGAGAAACUAAAGCUGUGGUUGCCAGUUUGUUGUUUGUUCUGCCUGCCUGCUUGGUUCUAGUCCUAUGUCAUAUCAAGCCUGGCCAGUAUCUUGUGUACUUCUUCCUGGUUGGACUGGUUUUGGGUUUUGGACUUUGGAAUGGACUGGUACUUCCCCUUUUUCCCUCUUUUGGUUUGCUUCCUCAAAGUCUGUGUUUUCGCUGUAAAUCUGUCUUGGUGUCAUUCUCUUCAGAAGUGUGACAGGUAGAGCAGGUUCAGUCAUCUCUGUUUACAGAUUCUACAUAAAAGGUGCCGAGUCUGCACUCAGGAGUCUGGCCUCUCGGUGUGGGAGGUGGUUUUUGUUGUCUUGAGUAGCACUGGCUGUCAUGUCACAACAGACUUUAGUGUCUGCAGAUAAUAAAUCCAACCUUCGCUCGAUAAAUAAACAGUUUAUUCACUCUCAGAUCUGACUGAACUCCAAGUUAAUGUCAUUUUACUAAAAUCUUCGUUGUAAAUCAUUGCUUAUCAUUUCUCUUGUCCGGGUUUCUGAGGAUUGAGGCUCACUUCCCUCUCUCUCUGCAGUUGAACCUUUGGUCUUGGUUCAACAUUAACAGCUUCCAGUUGCUCAUUAAGUCAGCAGUUUUCUUACAUUUUAUGCCUUGUUAGCGGACUUUACGAGGUCGAGGGUACAGCAUGCACCAUAGUUACCCGAGACUGCAGCUGGGGUUUCUCUCAGUUUUACAGUUGGCACCAUUUGUGUGUGCUUUAAGAUGAAUUUGCUGACAGUGGUGUGUUUAUGUCGACACUAAAAUAACCUAACAGCGACAUGACCCACUGUCAGUGGCCUGUUUUUGUUCCUUUGAACCCCCUCGGUCUUCCAAAAUCCUCCAUUAUCGCUCCUGUCAUGUGAUCUGUCACACCUGCAGUCGUGCAAAACCAAGACUCGAGUGAAACAUUCUUCAGUGACAUCUGUCUAAAAGCAGAAAAUACAAAAACCUCCUUAUCUUUAUGUUUUCAUCAGGUAAGUCCAACCUGUUUCCAGACAUGUCUGGAUAGGUCUGCUGUUGUGACACAACAGAUUAAUAAUCCUCAUCCUGAAGCCAACUGUUACUGUCCAAUAGAAGCGAUCUUUAUCAGCUCUCAUAUGUCAGUUUAUAAAAUGAAAGUAAACAGUUUGGGGUCUGUAGUGUGGUAACUAUUUGGAAGAUAAAUGUUUUUCCUCCACUGAGAUAAUCCGGAGGGUCAGAGUUUGAUCAAAUCUUCCAAUAAGAUGUUUUGUCGCUCUGUGCCAGGAGGCUCAAAGCGUGACUUGGCUCGACCUCUUUUCGCUUGUGGUUGAUGAAAAAGUUGCGCAUCGUCAGCGUCUCCAGAAUUGCACCCACCAUCUGCGGUUUUCAAAACUUCCCUCCUGAAACCAAGAAGUGACGCAGCCAUGUUUGUUUACAUGCUGCAAAGAGCCGAGGAAGCUCUGCAGGAGGUGGUUUGUUUAUUUGUGACCGACUGACACACUUGACAUAGAUAUUCUGGGAUCAACUAUCUAAUGCAUGUAAACUAAGAAAACAACAGAAAAUAAUGAAGAAAAGUCAAUAAAAAGUUGAUUUUCUUCUCAGACAGACUGGAGCCUCCACCCUCGUCUUCGUAACAACGAGAAGUCAACUCAUAAAUCAACUUGUUUUUCUGCGACAACACCCAACCCUCCCUCUGUUCUGAUUGGUUAAUGUGUUAUUGUUGUUGGAAACUUAAUUUAAGAGUCUGUGGAGUUGGUUAGCCAGAUUGGUUUUCAACCACGGAUAUUCUUGUUUGUAUAGAAGAAUUAAAUCAAUAUUGAUCUUAUAUAGAUUGAGAAACUUAAUGAGACCCUGCUGACAGGAUUAUUUACAGUCCCAGUUCAACAGAGGAAACAUUAAAGCUCUUUCACUGUCAUUAUGAAGCCGCUUCUAAAAAUACUGAACUGCUCCUUUAAAGCAGCACAUUUCUCCACAGGAGGUCAUGUCGGGUUUCUCUCUGAUGGUUUACUUCCAGCAGAGAAACCCCCGGGCUCAACGCCAUCUCUUGUUCUCUCUUUCACAGCGAAUCACGAGACUCCGAGGAGCCGCUGGACGGACAGACCGACAGUGACGGGUGGACCCAUCCGCCCUCCAACUCCUCCGUUAACUCCACAGUCCAAUUAAUCUCAGAGUCCGACUCCAGGUCCGCCGAUGGCCUGGAUAAAACCAAGACCAAAGCACCUUCAGUAAAGCCUCAGACAGCCAGACCAACAGAACCUUCCUACAUAGGAGACACUUACAUGACCGAAGACAUCCCUCCACAAACAGUGAGUGAAGACAACACUUAUUUAUAUUGGUCAGUCUGUGCAGAGCAGCCGUGACUAACAGCUCCAUGAGUACAAGUUAUUCACUCCGCCUCAAAUUUCAUACUACACACCACAAACUCAAAAUGGCUGCCAACAUCUGUGUAAAUAACAGAGGAAUAAAUCUCUGACUGUCUUAAAGCCUCCGAUGUCCUGCCUCCUAGAAACUUUUCUAACCUGAUCCCAAAAAAACAAAAUAUGACGACAUCGGCAUCCUCGGCCUGAAAAACUAGUUUGAAAUCCUGCUCAGUCCACCAUGAUCUUCACUUUGUAGAAUAAUGGCGAUUAAAACUGGUGUGCCUUAGGCCCCAACUACACGAAGGCGGAUAUAUUUCAAACCGCACAUAUUUAUGUCCGAUUAGGCCUCCCUACCACACCAAACCGGGAGUUUGGAGCACUCAAACCGGAUAAAUCUGAAUCCGGAAAAACAAGCGGAGAAAUAAAAAAAUAUCCGUAUCCCGUAUCCGCAGAGGAUUUGUGUGGUCGGACUUUUACGGAUCGAUGACGUCAAACCGCAGCUCGCGCAUGCAAAUUAAAAACAAAAACAAUAACAACAACGAUGGCGGACAUACAGGGUAUUCUUUACGUUUGUUUCGCCCUUUUGGGGCUAAUUUCAGCCUUGAAAGUGAACCUUAUUUUAUAUAAUUACAUCCACCAGUCAGCCAGCUCACAGAGGCGUCUGCUGCGCCCAAUAUUUUUUUGGAGAGCAAUCGUAACGUUAACGUUAGGCGUUUUAAAGUUCCCCAGAAGCGUAAGUUUUGGGUCAAGUGGUGGGACAACUUCGUUAGAGGGGCUGUGCCUGCAGAUGAAUGGAAGCUAAACUUCCGAUUCAUCGGCCAAUCAGGUAGCUUUGUUCCUGAAUUUUUUUUUAAGCGGCACCAGAUAGGAUUGAGUUUGAAGGCUACGUGUGGAUGCAGAUAUUUUUGAGAACUAACACGUGUGGACAGAUACAUUUAUUUAGACGGGAGUACAAAAAUAUCCCGAUAAAUAAAUAUCCGCCUUCGUGUAGUUUAGGCCUUAGAGUCAGCAAGAGCAGCGCGGUUGUCUGCGUACAGAGACGUGAACGAAUUAUGGUUAUUAAGGAAAAGUUAACAGGGACAUUUUCUUUUGACUCUGUUGUUGAAACAAUGGACGACGUUGUGAAGAAGCGUGGUUCUUGCAAACUCUCCAAAGUAAAUGUAAAAAGUCUUUAUUCUUCUGUACCUUGUAAUUAAGUAAUUGCAGUUUUGCAAAACCGUAGAUCCUGAGGACGUUUGUCUCAUGGCUCUGACUCUGUGCAUAACCAACCUCUGUUCCUCUCUGUUCCGUCUCAGACAGGGAGAGGCGGAGGACUUUACUUUCCAUGUCACUCAGUGUAUACAAUGGAUAUGACAGGAGUGUAAAUAACCUGCUUUAAGAUGGCAGUACGUAAGAGUCCAUCGUUUUUUUUUUACUUAACAAAUGUAAACAUCCACAAAGAACCCCACCUUUGUUUCUACUGCAUGACCGCAUGACCUCCAUCUGAUAUUUACAAAGAUUUCAGGCUGGCUGCUUGUUUUAGGGGAAGUAUCUACUCAGAAUAUAAUCACAAUAUAAUAAUAUAUCAUAAUAUUUAUUUAUUAAUUUGUUUAUUCAAUUAAAUUUCUGGGCUCAAAAACGGAUGUGGAACAGCGGUUAAAAAGAGGGUUGUGGCUCUAUCAUGCAAUGACCUACUCUGUCCAGCAGGGGCACAAAGAGGGUUGUCGAUCUGCUCGGCUGUCCGGCUCUGCAGACACGGCUUUAUUUCGCCUUUACACAGGUUUUCAGUUCAACUAUUGGAAAAGCGCGGUGCUGGUCAAUAACACUGAUCACCGACCAAUCAGAAUCAAGGAAGGGCGGGGUUUUGGUAACAACAAUGGCGGAGGUCCCUGGGGAGACGAUUUUUGCCGUAACGGCACCAUAAAUACGAUUUCAACCUUUUCUACCUUUAGUCUUUGUCGAUUUAAAACAAUUAAAAGCAUUUAGAACAUUUUUAAACGGACCCAACGGUUACUUCUGACGGAAGCUAAAGUCCUGCGGUACAACUGAUUGAUCCCACUGAGGAACUUUAUUUCCCCACACAAGUCCCACUAAGAUUAAAAUGAAGAAGAGAGACCCCAAGAAACAAAAACACAAAGUUAGACACAAACACACGGAGCAAAACUGAGGCGAGAGUCACCGUUCGCAGGAGAACUCCACCACGGACACGGACUUCUAGUUUUUAAGAAAGCUGCUGAUUUCUCAAAACAGCUGGUCAUUGUAGAGUUCAACAAACAAAGCAGAGAAAAAGAAUAUUAAUCCACAUUUGGUGCUUUAUCGAGCUUUUAGUUUAGCAGUAACAGUGUGUAUGGGAUUGAUUUAAACUAAAGUGUGUUUGUUCACAGUUACAAAGGAGCAUUACACACACACACACACACUCACUUAGUAGUAGAAAGAAGCCAUUGUUGGUUUACUGGGGAAAAUAAUGCCACUAAUCUAAUCCUUCAUUCGGCUGAUGACAAACAGUCUUUCAGAGAUUAAUACGGGGAAGUCUUCGUGAAUUGAUUUGAUUUAAACUUGUGACGUGUGUCACACUCGUGGAUUUCACCAGCCUGGAGGUGCCGUUUUGCAGCCUCACUGUAACUGGGCGGGUCUCUGUUCCCAGUAAGAGCUGCAUGGAAACAGUCUCCUACAGCUUGGCUCUGAUCCUCCCUCUCCCACCCAGUCCCAGUGCGUGUCAUCUACACAUAAGCUCUCAUAGUAUGUAGUCAGACGGAAAAACAGAGAAAACACCCCGGGAAAAGUAAGACAACUCCCAGAAUCUGCCGUUUAUUGCUCUCUCUUUUGCAUAAUAUAUAAAGGUUGUAAAUUCGUUUUAAAUGACUUCUAUGCACAAGUCAGAUAUGGUAAUAUAAACGUAUUGUAUAAUAGGUAUAAAGUUUUAUGGUUUAAUAUGUGUCUUGUCCGACCCAAAAUGUCAAUACUCCUAGACAUACACUCGUACACUCUUUCUUUUUUUUAUUUUUUUUUAUUUGUGCAGUGUGACAAUACAAGACAUACAGCAAACAAUGGCAUUUGUGGUGUGUGUGUGUGUGUGUGUGUGUGUGUGUGUGUGUGUGUGUGUGUGUGUGUGUGUGUGUGUGUGUAUUAUAUAUGUGAAUAAUAAUAAAAAAAAAUAAUAAUAAAUAAAUAUUACAAUUGUCAGACAAGCAAAAGAAAAUUAUAAUACACGAACAAUAUCAAUAAUAAAAAUAAUAAUAAUAAUAAUAAUAGUAAUAAUAAUAACAACAAUAAUAGUAAUAAUAAUAAUAAUAAUAAUAAUAAUACCCCCCCCAACCCCCGCAUGCCCCGGACUGAAUGCGGCACAACACCUUGCCCUAUGUCUAUAUAUGUAUUUAGUCUUUGUUAUUUACUUAAUAUACUUAAUAUUUAUUUAUUUAUUUAUUUUUAUUAUUAUUAUUAUUAUUAUUAUUAUUAUUAUUAUUAAUAAUAAUAAUAAUAAUAAUAAUAAUAAUAAUAAUAAUAAUAUUAUUAUUAUUAUUAUUAUUAUUAUUAUUAUUAUUAUUAUUAUUAUUAAUAAUAAUAAUAUUAUUAUUAUCAUUAUUAUUAUUAUUAUUAUUUUAUUUUAUUUUAUUUUUUUAUUUUUUUUCUUAAUUUCUCUCAUAUAUGUGCUUUCUAAUGUUGUGCAUUAAAACCGAGGAGAGGGGUUGUCCUGAACUAUAACUUGAUGUGACUGAGACCCCUUUCCUCUUCCUAAUCUAGUGUGAUGUGCAAUAAAAAAGGUGAUAUGCCAUCUGAAGACAGUCCAGGGCGGAGAACACUCGAACACUCUUUCUAUCUUAGUAUUAUCAUCACUCACUUUAAUCUCUGUAUUUGGUUGAAUUGGUCUCUUUCCAAACACUGUGAACUUUGUCUUGGUCAUGUUUGAAGCUGCAGUUUUGGCUCUGAGCUCUUACAUAAGAAGAGAGCACACACACACACACACACACACACACACACACACAGGCCGGAUCGAUCAUUGAUCCCACUGAGGACCGUCCAGGGGCAGAUCACACAAUUAGGGGAGAUAAGUUGCUAAUGGGCUCCGUGCCAUUGUUGUGUUUGCCUCCUCAUCUGCUUUUACAUUUCAUGCAUCAGCAAAGAGUGUCCCUGCUAAUUCCAUUAUGAAGGCUGAAUGGAAAAAAAACCUCAUCAUUAGCAUCGUUAGACGUGGAGAUAAUUGGUCCAGAGAGAGUUUGGGGGUUAAUACUGAAGCUGUGAAACCUUCCAGGUGGAACUAAUGGUUCUGCUUUUUCAAUGACACUGUAGACAGACUGUACUCUGUGCAUGUUCCUGUUUAGUCUUACAGGGUGGGGAUGAGGCUUUCUGUGAGGUUUGAUAACAACAUUGCUGUGUUAUCUGCUCCUCCCAGCACUGUCCUGAUGGUAUUCGGAGUCGGGUGACAAACUCUGAGUUUAAUGAGCGGUUUCUGAGGAACAUUCCAGUCCUGCAGUGGGCCAAACACAUCACACCCGAGCAGCACAAGCGCCUGAGCAUAUACCCUGGAACCCAUGGCUGGAGAGGCCUCGAAUAUGAAAGUGAGUUUGUGGAUUUAUUGUUGUCAUUUUCACCCUUAUUUUUCUCCUUUUGUUUGCCGCUCACUAUAAUACCAAACAACUGACCACAAAACGACCCAGUGAAAGUAACAGGCGCUAUCGGGUUUAUCGGUAACAGACAGGAAACCAAAUAUCAGCUCUGGCUUUUAAAAGCCCAAGACCAGGUGAGCCUUGUUGGCGGGCAGUAGCCUCACCUGGAUACAGGAGGGAAGGAAGACCCAACGACACAAACAGGCCCUGAAUGUGAACCGGACUCACCAUCUGACAGAGCAGUCAUAUACAGUGUUGGAAAAAAGUUUGGAAUAUUUUCUUCAGUGUUUCGUGUAACGUGAAUGAUCCUCCAACAAACGUGGCUGAACCGACUCAGGCUGUGAUCCAAUGCUGGCAAGAAAUCCCGGUUGAAACUCUUACCAACCUUGUGACCAGCAUGCCCAGACGUGUACGCGCAUUGUACAAUGCUAGAGGCGGUCACACAAAGUACUGACUGUAUUGUUAUUAUCGUCUUGUUAUGUUUGAUGUUGCGUUCAAAGAUGGUCCAUGUAUUUUGUGGCAAUUUAAAAUUACAGCCGUUUAUUUAUUAAAUACCGACUCAUGAUUUUAUGCGUUAUUUCUAUGGCUUUUUGUGAAUCAUGAGGUGUCCGCCCUACAGUUUUUUGAGAAACAAAAUAGUUUGAUAGUACUAGACACCAAACAUCUUUUUAACUUUGACUAAACACAACUCACCUACUCUCUUCCAGCAGCCACUUGUUUGUAGCGAGACCUCAGGCCAGUCCAUUACAGACUACAGCGGGGUGACGCAGCUCAAGGAAGAACAUUUAUGAUCAGUUCUUUAUCGUUUCCUUGAAGUAAUAAUCAUCAUAUUAAUCAUUUUACAGACGCGGUAGUUCUUCUGCCUUAGCGUCUCGGUCUGAUUGUAUUUCCAUGAAGAAAUGAUCAUAAAUGUUCUUCCUUGAGCUGCGAAACUCCGUUGUUGUCUGUAAUGGACUGGCCUGAGGUCUCACUACAAACAAGCGGCUGCUAGAAGAGAGUAGGUGAGUUGUGUUUAGUCAAAGUUAAAAAGAUGUUUGGUGGCUAGUACUAUGGCUGGGACAUAAUUCUGAGUUCUGAGCAUUAUUUGUGGCUAUAGAGUGGCGUUUUGGUUGAGCUCUCUGUAUUACUAUCCUGCGGUCGUUACUAAAGUUGGUAAAACUAGAGAACUAAGCGGUCGGCAACAUUCAUCCCUCGACGGGGUGUCUAACUCUGUGUUACGGUGGGUUUGACCCUAAAUUAAUUUUACGCCGGAAUAUCCCUUUAAAGUCGGAGAGUUCAUAUCCUUUCUGGUUUCUCUACUCAGGGAGACCAGAGAGAAAAGCACGACCGGUUAUAAAAUCGUUAACUAGUGUCUCUGCGUUGGUCUGAGGUAGAAACUGAUCCUCUGUCUGUGUCUGUCAGCUGAUAAAAGACUAACUUUGUAAUAUCAGUCUGAUCCUCCAUAGCAUGUUGCACAGUUCGACUGAGGACACAGGCGCCUCUUCGUUGUAAACAAGCUUAUCUGGUUAAAAUAAAGACAUCCCACACAUGAAGCUGCAGGCCGUCUCUUUCUUUCAGUCACAAAUAACUGACUCUGUGGGUGGAUCACAAAAUAAACAUUCAGGUCUCUUUUGAAACUGUCUAAAAAAAAAAGGUGAACUCGGCUUUUCUGUGUCGACAGUGCUGAAGGAAACUCUGUCAUUCCUCAACUCUUCGGUCAACCGGCUGAUGUUGGACGACUGGAUGGACCGCAGGAAUAACUCCGAGUGUUCCCGCUGUGCUGUGGUAGGAAACGGCGGCAUCCUGAAAGGCUCAAAGAAAGGGGAGGAGAUCGACGGUCACCAUUAUGUUUUCAGGUACCAACAGGUUCUAGACUGUCUUCUCUGAAAUACAACGAAAUAUUAAAGGGGAUGAAAAGUGAACAGUUCAUCAGUUUAUUCGACUCACAUCGCAAAAAAAAAAAAAAAAGAAAACAAAAAAAAAAAAAGACUUUCUUGAUUAAAAACCAGCUGUCUCAUCAUAAAGGGCAUUUUGUGUGUGAAAUGAUCUUGAUUAGAAACCAACCCAAUCAAAACAGACCAGAGGAAUGCAGAGAGGUGACUUCUGUCGUUUUAUUGUUCGGUGUCUCCUUGUUAUCUCCAGGACCAAUGGCGCCAUCACGCAGGGCUUCGAGCAGGACGUAGGGUCCCGGACCACCCACUACACCGUCUCCACCAACACGUUGAGAAACUCUCUUGUAAAUUACGGACGUGAUGGUUUUAGAGCAGUCCCUGUCUCUAAGGUGAGGAUGAAACGUGGAAUUAUUUUCUGUAAAAAAAGAAAAAAAAAAAAGCUGAAACAGAGACAAAAGAAGUCACGUGACAUUCGCUGCUCUCCAACAGGAAACCCGGUACGUUCUCCUGCCAGAUCACGAUCGUGAUUACCUGAUGGUGAAGGCCGCGGCGACACGCACUCUGGUGGAUAGAGGGCGUGAUCAGGGAAAAGAGUAGGUGACGUUUACUGUCCUUAUGCUGCACUCCAGUUACCUGGUUGAUCAUCUGGACGACUUAUUUUUCUCUUACUUCUUACCUGCUAUUUAUUACCUCCGCCAAGGAGGCUAUGUUUUCGGUAGCGUUGGUUUGUUUGUUUGUUUGUUUCCCUGUUAGCAACUUUACGGAGAAAGUAACGGAUAGAUUGACCUGAAAUUUUUACCAGAGGUGCGUCUCAGACCCAGGAGGAUCCCAUUACAUUUUGGUGGGGAUCCGAACAAAAUUCCGGAUACUGUGAUCCAGAACACACAAAAAUAAGGGUGUGGUUGGAAUUUUCAGUGCUGAAAGAAAACCAAUGGGCGGCACAGCGGUGUAGUGGUUUGCACUGUCGCCUCACAGCGAGAAGGUCGUGGGUUUGAGUCCCGGUCAGGGCAUUUCUUGUUUUAUGAACAGUGAACAUACCAGUUUAAACACAAAUAAACGUUAAUAAAAGACAUGUAACAGUAAAAGUUUUGGUGUGAAUCACAGUAUAAGGGGGACAUGAGCUGCUUGGCGGAGGUCUGCGCUCUCCGAGUGCUUUUCCAGUUUCCUUACUGUUUUUUUUUUUGUUUGUUUUUGUUGCUGGUGUUUGUUUUUUGUUUGUUUAGUGUAAUAAUGACAAUAAUAAUUUUUAAAAAGUAUAUUGGAAAAAAAAAAAAAAAAAAGUUACCUCAAAGGUCGGAUGUCAGAGCUGGGAAUGACAUGACACCCGAGUUGACGGCGUUCUAGUUAACAAGUCGGAAAACCAAGAUGGACACCCACUGUUAGCCGUUGUUAGCUGUUGUUUACAAUGGCUCGCUGUCGUUAGCCGUUGUCAGUUGUUGCAAGUCAUUGUUAGCUAUUGUUAGUUGUUGUUAGCUAUACCAGUCGUAAACACAGCGUAACACGGUAUUUUACUCUUACAAACACCGUAGCACCGUGUUCACAGUUAGACGUUGGGCAGAACAACAUAAACCACUUAUUUAAUUUCACAAAAACAAAACAGAAAUGCUAAUUAAUAAAACAUUACGAGAGCUUUACUGUUACUUUUUACUGUUAAUGCACUGUGCGGCCAUGUUGGAUUAUGACGUUGUCGUCAAGUCGGGGUUGGUGAGGAUUGUCCAACUUUCCGAGUGGGAAAUCCGACUUCAGGGGGGCAUUCCAGAUGAAUUUCCCGACUCGAAGCUCGGAAAUUCCAACUUCCGAGUACAACUGGGACAGCAUUAAUUCUGUAGUUAUCCUUCAGCAUCACAGACUGUAUCAGACAUCUGCUCAGUCUCAGUGACAUCUUCCAGUAGACCCUAAAAGAUGAAGAUCGCCAUGAUGGAAAUGCUAACCAACUUACAGCUGAUCUAAAAAAGCAAAAGAAGUCGACUUCAACACACCAAGUUUUCCACAAGAUCAUAUGUACUACAGGAUUUUGCGUGGAUUUUGCGUUGUCAUGUAAAUGCACUAAGCCUAUGUACAAUACGAUCUGUAAACAGCGAUACACAUUUUGGUGCCGACGCCAAGACAAUACAGGGCCGUCCUCCUGUGAGGAGGGCCUCAUAGUCAGGAAUUACGGCCGUUGGUAACACUGUGUUGUGUUGCCAAGUCUGCUUUUUUAACUGCAAAAAAUCUCUUGUUAGGGCCCGAGCGUAGCUGCUAAGCAGCUGCGAGAGCCCUCUUGUUCCUGAUGGAUUCUUCUUUUGUUAUUAGGGCCCGAGCCAGCUGCAGAGCAGCCGGGCGUAGAGCCCUAUUAUUCCUGUAUAGGUUUUUAGGGCCCGAGCGUAGCUGCUAAGCAGCUGCGAGAGCCCUCUUGUUCCUGCAUGUUUCCUUCUUUCGUUAUUAUUUUUCCUCCGCUUUAAACUGGAAAAUGGCCCACUUCCCACUGGCGAAAACUCAGGAAAUUUGGCAGGACGAAUGGGCCUGGUGAAAAAUUCGAUAUUCUGAAGUCGCCCAAACAAUAAAAUGCAAAAUGGCUCCAUAGCGCCCCCUAAGGUGAAAAUUCACAUGACGGCUGUACGCUUUGUCAUAUUGACACAAAAAUUGACACACACAUGUAUCUCAAUAAGAUCUACAAAAAAGUCAGUGCGGGUGUAUCUGUCAAAUGUACGGUUAAUUGGUUAUUUUGCAUUUUUUGCAGAUCUGCACACAUUGGAAUUUCGCUAACUCCUCCGAAGGCUUUCGUUCGACCGGCACCACAUUUGCGCAGGCCAAUCUACCCCCAUGGCCAUUAAAAGUUGUACAAAUCAUGACGCUGCACCCCACGGUUUACGUUCUAGGGGGCGCCAAAGAUAACCCAAAAUCCACAUUCUUAAAAGUCUUAUAACUUUUUAUUUUUGUCCUCACUGCCCUCCAAGUUUUCUAGGAUGAUGCAAUGUCCAGCCAUCAACACAUUUGUGAAGGAAUUUUUACUCCCCAAAAGAGCGCCCCCCAUGGCAGGAGAAAAAAGUCCUUUUUUUCUUGUCCCCUUACAUGAAAAUACACAUUGUUGAGUGUCACGCCUGAACGCUUUGUCAUAUUGACACAAAAAUUGACAAUCAUGUGUAUCUCAAUUAGAUCUACGAAAAAGUCAAAAAGCGCGUAUCUGUAUAAUGUACGGUUAAAGGGCUAUUUCGCAUUUUUUGCCGAUUCGCACACAUUGGAAUGUGGCUAUCUCCUCCUAAGACUUUCGUCCCACCGAUACCAAAUUUGCUCAGGGCAAUCUACACCCCAUGCCCAUUCAAAGUUGUAAAAAUCAUGACGCUGCACCCCACGGUUUACGUUCUAGGGGGCGCCAAAGAUGACCCAAAAAUCCACAUUCUUAAAAGUCAUUUUGGCCACUGCAGGAGUACAGAGUACUGCAGUUCUAGGGGGCGCCAAAGAUGACCCAAAAAUCCACAUUCUUAAAAGUCUUUUUGGCCACUGCAGGAGUACAGAGUACUGCAGGAUACACACACAUAUACACACACACACACACACACACACACACACACACACACACACACACACACACACACACACACACUCAGAGUCUGUUUUUUAGCACCUGCAAAAACAUGCUGUUUACAUAUUUGACAAGAAUGCAGAGGCUUCCUUUUGCCCCUGAAAAAAAUCAGAUUUCAAACACAACUUGACUGUUCAUUUCUCCAAAAGACAACCAUGAAGCUCCAUCCAAACCUGAAGCAGAUGGUUGGUGCAUGUGUACAGUAACCUGAGGGGAGUGAGGUGACUAUUUCUGAGGAGAACAUGAGCAGUGAAGAUUCACCUUGGAGCUAGAACAGGGACGUGCACAUGAUUAUACAGGGGCAGGGGCUCAAGUUUUUUCCAGUCAUUUAUACAAUAUGGAAAUUAAUGUGAAAUUAAACCACAAAUAUGUGUGAUGAACUGUUUUUAAAACUUAAACUUCAAAUAAAAAUUGUAAACUUCAAAACAUAUGCAAAUUUUUAACAAAGAACAUAGUAAUUUACCUCUAUUUACAUCAAAAUGCAGGCAAUGGCCCAGGCGUUCUUUGUAAAAUUAUUUACAAAACACUGUAUAGUCUCACAAAUGUCACUUUUUAUUUAUGCCACUACAAAAAAACAUGAUGUAAAUGAUGCAUGAUGUAAAACAUGAUGUAAAAAACUUGUGUAGAUCCUCCUCUAUGUCAGUCCAUGUGUAAUUUUUCCAUAAUUCUUUGUUUUUUGCAGCAUUUUUGUUAGUGUAAGUGCAGAUUGUGCUGACAGUCUAUGGCAAAAAAAACAAAAACUGAAAAUGCCUCAACAUGAACCCCUGGUGGUCUCUGAGGGUGAAACCUGCUAACUGCUGCAGCUCUGUCAGCUUCAGUCUCCCAUGCAGAGCUCGGAGCGCAUGUGUGGCUCUGCACCCUUAGCAGCGUUGCUAACUCCUCAGUAAGGAAAGCCUGCUUCAUGUCAGAGUCUCUAAACUCCAGAAGAAGUCGAUAAAAGUCCCUUUCUUUCAAAAAAAAAGUCGUUAGGGGGUCUGAAAAGUAAUUGAAUCUAACAACAAAGUCGCUAGGUUUGCAACUACGUGUCCCAGACUGCAUCCCUGCUGAGAGUCCCUCCCUCCCUUCUCAUGUUGCAGGAAGAACGUAAGCGCCCGCCCCUUGUCAAUCAGUCACCAUAUAAUUUUGGAUUGGUUGUUGUGGUGAAGUUUUCCACCAAUAGGAGAGAUGUUGUGGUGUGUUUUUUUUUUCUUUUGGCAAGCCUUUUCCGCCUGUAAGACCUGUCGCUAAUGUGUGCAUGCUAUGUUUUCCUGUCUCAUACAGCGUGAUCGAGCGCCGAACGUGAUCAAAAUAAGCAGAAAAAAAGUAUCGCGGACAUAAUUUAUCAUAACUCUGGUUUUAUUUGGCCUAUCAACACAAUUUAAAAACUGGUAUAUAGGUUGAGGUCCUCACUUUUGAGAUAAGUUGAAACGGAGAGUUAACGAGGCUCCGUAUUGCAGCUACAUCCGGUUAAAUAUGUCAUGUGACUUGAACGCUGGGGAUUGCAAUCGAAUCGAAUCAAACCUAACUCUCAGAUGAAUCUUCAAAAUUCACCUCAGAAAUAUGCUUAUUAUUCUUCUCAGAGUACUGCAGGAUACACACACACACACACACAGACACACACACGCACACACACACACACACACACACACACACACACACACACACACACACUCAGAGUCUGUUUUUUAGCACCUGCAAAAACAUGCUAUUUACAUAUUUGACAAGAAUGCAGAGGCUUCCUUUUGCCCCUGAAAAAAAUCAAAUUUCAAACACAACUUGACUGCUCAUUUCUCCAAAAGACAACCAUGAAGCUCCAUCCAAACCUGAAGCAGGCAGUUGGUGCAUGUGUACAGUAACCUGAGGGGAGUGAGGUGACUGCUUCUGAGGAGAACAUGAGCAGUGAAGAUUCACCUUGGAGCUAGAACAGGGACGUGCACAUGAUAAUACAGGGGCAGGGGCUCAAGUUUUUUCCAGUUGUUUAUACAAUAUGGAAAUUAAUGUGAAAUUAAAAACAAAGUAUUAAUAGAAAGGUAAUGACUGUCCUGUGUAGGUGACAGUGAUAUCCAAUAGGCUAGGCACUCACGAGGCUGGCUGUGGCAAGUGUAAGUGAAAGCAACACGCACUGGCAGGAAGAACAGCAAACGCCGAUGAAGGAAAAGGGUCUUUGCAGUGAUGGGCGUUACCAGAGAGGGCGAUGGCCAGAGGACACGAAUGGGACGGGGAGGCAGCGCGUUGGGGGGGGGGGGGGGGCUAAGCAGCUGCGAGAGCCCUCUUGUUCCUGCAUGUUUCCUUCUUUCGUUAUUAUUUUUCCUCCGCUUUAAACUGGAAAAUGGCCCACUUCCCACUGGCGAAAACUCAGGAAAUUUGGCAGGACGAAUGGGCCUGGUGAAAAAUUCGAUAUUCUGAAGUCGCCCAAACAAUAAAAUGCAAAAUGGCUCCAUAGCGCCCCCUAAGGUGAAAAUUCACAUGACGGCUGUACGCUUUGUCAUAUUGACACAAAAAUUGACACACACAUGUAUCUCAAUAAGAUCUACAAAAAAGUCAGUGCGGGUGUAUCUGUCAAAUGUACGGUUAAUUGGUUAUUUUGCAUUUUUUGCAGAUCUGCACACAUUGGAAUUUCGCUAACUCCUCCGAAGGCUUUCGUUCGACCGGCACCACAUUUGCGCAGGCCAAUCUACCCCCCAUGGCCAUUAAAAGUUGUACAAAUCAUGACGCUGCACCCCACGGUUUACGUUCUAGGGGGCGCCAAAGAUAACCCAAAAUCCACAUUCUUAAAAGUCUUAUAACUUUUUAUUUUUGUCCUCACUGCCCUCCAAGUUUUCUAGGAUGAUGCAAUGUCCAGCCAUCAACACAUUUGUGAAGGAAUUUUUACUCCCCAAAAGAGCGCCCCCCAUGGCAGGAGAAAAAAGUCCUUUUUUCUUGUCCCCUUACAUGAAAAUACACAUUGUUGAGUGUCACGCCUGAACGCUUUGUCAUAUUGACACAAAAAUUGACAAUCAUGUGUAUCUCAAUUAGAUCUACGAAAAAGUCAAAAAGCGCGUAUCUGUAUAAUGUACGGUUAAAGGGCUAUUUCGCAUUUUUUGCCGAUUCGCACACAUUGGAAUGUGGCUAUCUCCUCCUAAGACUUUCGUCCCACCGAUACCAAAUUUGCUCAGGGCAAUCUACACCCCAUGCCCAUUCAAAGUUGUAAAAAUCAUGACGCUGCACCCCACGGUUUACGUUCUAGGGGGCGCCAAAGAUGACCCAAAAAUCCACAUUCUUAAAAGUCAUUUUGGCCACUGCAGGAGUACAGAGUACUGCAGUUCUAGGGGGCGCCAAAGAUGACCCAAAAAUCCACAUUCUUAAAAGUCUUUUUGGCCACUGCAGGAGUACAGAGUACUGCAGGAUACACACACAUAUACACACACACACACACACACACACACACACACACACACACACACACACACACACACACACACACUCAGAGUCUGUUUUUUAGCACCUGCAAAAACAUGCUGUUUACAUAUUUGACAAGAAUGCAGAGGCUUCCUUUUGCCCCUGAAAAAAAUCAGAUUUCAAACACAACUUGACUGUUCAUUUCUCCAAAAGACAACCAUGAAGCUCCAUCCAAACCUGAAGCAGAUGGUUGGUGCAUGUGUACAGUAACCUGAGGGGAGUGAGGUGACUAUUUCUGAGGAGAACAUGAGCAGUGAAGAUUCACCUUGGAGCUAGAACAGGGACGUGCACAUGAUUAUACAGGGGCAGGGGCUCAAGUUUUUUCCAGUCAUUUAUACAAUAUGGAAAUUAAUGUGAAAUUAAACCACAAAUAUGUGUGAUGAACUGUUUUUAAAACUUAAACUUCAAAUAAAAAUUGUAAACUUCAAAACAUAUGCAAAUUUUUAACAAAGAACAUAGUAAUUUACCUCUAUUUACAUCAAAAUGCAGGCAAUGGCCCAGGCGUUCUUUGUAAAAUUAUUUACAAAACACUGUAUAGUCUCACAAAUGUCACUUUUUAUUUAUGCCACUACAAAAAAACAUGAUGUAAAUGAUGCAUGAUGUAAAACAUGAUGUAAAAAACUUGUGUAGAUCCUCCUCUAUGUCAGUCCAUGUGUAAUUUUUCCAUAAUUCUUUGUUUUUUGCAGCAUUUUUGUUAGUGUAAGUGCAGAUUGUGCUGACAGUCUAUGGCAAAAAAAACAAAAACUGAAAAUGCCUCAACAUGAACCCCUGGUGGUCUCUGAGGGUGAAACCUGCUAACUGCUGCAGCUCUGUCAGCUUCAGUCUCCCAUGCAGAGCUCGGAGCGCAUGUGUGGCUCUGCACCCUUAGCAGCGUUGCUAACUCCUCAGUAAGGAAAGCCUGCUUCAUGUCAGAGUCUCUAAACUCCAGAAGAAGUCGAUAAAAGUCCCUUUCUUUCAAAAAAAAAGUCGUUAGGGGGUCUGAAAAGUAAUUGAAUCUAACAACAAAGUCGCUAGGUUUGCAACUACGUGUCCCAGACUGCAUCCCUGCUGAGAGUCCCUCCCUCCCUUCUCAUGUUGCAGGAAGAACGUAAGCGCCCGCCCCUUGUCAAUCAGUCACCAUAUAAUUUUGGAUUGGUUGUUGUGGUGAAGUUUUCCACCAAUAGGAGAGAUGUUGUGGUGUGUUUUUUUUUUCUUUUGGCAAGCCUUUUCCGCCUGUAAGACCUGUCGCUAAUGUGUGCAUGCUAUGUUUUCCUGUCUCAUACAGCGUGAUCGAGCGCCGAACGUGAUCAAAAUAAGCAGAAAAAAAGUAUCGCGGACAUAAUUUAUCAUAACUCUGGUUUUAUUUGGCCUAUCAACACAAUUUAAAAACUGGUAUAUAGGUUGAGGUCCUCACUUUUGAGAUAAGUUGAAACGGAGAGUUAACGAGGCUCCGUAUUGCAGCUACAUCCGGUUAAAUAUGUCAUGUGACUUGAACGCUGGGGAUUGCAAUCGAAUCGAAUCAAACCUAACUCUCAGAUGAAUCUUCAAAAUUCACCUCAGAAAUAUGCUUAUUAUUCUUCUCAGAGUACUGCAGGAUACACACACACACACACACAGACACACACACGCACACACACACACACACACACACACACACACACACACACACACUCAGAGUCUGUUUUUUAGCACCUGCAAAAACAUGCUAUUUACAUAUUUGACAAGAAUGCAGAGGCUUCCUUUUGCCCCUGAAAAAAAUCAAAUUUCAAACACAACUUGACUGCUCAUUUCUCCAAAAGACAACCAUGAAGCUCCAUCCAAACCUGAAGCAGGCAGUUGGUGCAUGUGUACAGUAACCUGAGGGGAGUGAGGUGACUGCUUCUGAGGAGAACAUGAGCAGUGAAGAUUCACCUUGGAGCUAGAACAGGGACGUGCACAUGAUAAUACAGGGGCAGGGGCUCAAGUUUUUUCCAGUUGUUUAUACAAUAUGGAAAUUAAUGUGAAAUUAAAAACAAAGUAUUAAUAGAAAGGUAAUGACUGUCCUGUGUAGGUGACAGUGAUAUCCAAUAGGCUAGGCACUCACGAGGCUGGCUGUGGCAAGUGUAAGUGAAAGCAACACGCACUGGCAGGAAGAACAGCAAACGCCGAUGAAGGAAAAGGGUCUUUGCAGUGAUGGGCGUUACCAGAGAGGGCGAUGGCCAGAGGACACGAAUGGGACGGGGAGGCAGCGCGUUGGGGGGGGGGGGGGGGGCUGCGACACGGCUCGGGCCCGCCAGUGCCCCAACGGGGCCCUAGUCUUUCUUCUUUCUUUCUUUCUUUCUUCUUAUUUUUCCUCCCCUUUGAAGGGGAAAAUGGCCCACUUCCCACUGGCGAAAACUCAUGAAAUUUGGCAGGACGACCGGGCCUGGUGAAAAAUUCGAUAUUCUGAAGUCGCCCAAACAAUAAAAUGCAAAAUGGCUCCAUAGCGCCCCCUAAGGCGAAAAUUCACACUAUUGACUGUCACGCCUGUACGCUUUGUCAUAUUGACACAAAAAUUGACACACACGUGUAUCUCAAUACGGUCUACGAAAAAGUCAGCGCGGGCGCAUCUGUGAAAUGUAUGGUUAGAGGGUUAUUUCGCAUUUUUGCCGAUCUGCACACAUUGGAAUUUCGCUAACUCCUCCGAAGGCAUUCGUUCCACCGGCACCACAUUUGCUCAGGCCAAUCUACACCCCAUGGCCAUUAAAAGUUGUACAAAUCAUGACGCUGCACCCCACGGUUUACGUUCUAGGGGGCGCCAAAGAUAACCCUAAAAUCCACAGUCUUAAAAGUCUUAUAACUUUUUAUUUUUGUCCUCACUGGCCUCCAAGUUCUCUAGGAUGAUGCAAUGUCCAGCCAUCACCACAUUUGUGAAGGAAUUUUUACUCCCCAAAAGAGCGCCCCCACAUGGCAGGAGAAAAAAGUCCAUUUUUUCUUGUCCCCUAAGGUGAAAAUACACAUUGUUGAGUGUCACGCCUAUACGCUUUGUCAUAUUGACCCAAAAUUUGACAAUCACGUGUAUCUCAAUACGGUCUACGAAAAAGUCAAUUGGCACGUAUCUGUAAAAUGUACGGUUAAAGGGUUAUUUCGCAUUUUUUCCCGAUCCGCACACAUUGGAAUUUCGCUAACUCCUCCGAAGGCUUUAGUUCCACCGCCACCAAAUUUGCUCAGGCCAAUCUACACCCCAUGGCCAUUAAAAGUUGUACAAAUCAUGACGCUGCACUCCACGGUUUAGGUUCUAGGGGGCGCCAAAGAUAACCCAAAAAUCCACAUUAUUUAAAGUCUUAUAACUUUUUAUUUUUGUCCUCACUGGCCUCCAAGUUUUCUAGGAUGAUGCAAUGUCCAGCCAUCAACACAUUUGUAAAGGAAUUUUUACUCCCGAAAAGAGCGCCCCCCCAUGGCAGGAGAAAAAAGUCAAUUUUUUCUUGUCCCCUAAGGGGAAAAAACACAUUGUUGAGUGUCACGCCUAUACGCUUUGUCAAAAUGACACAAAAUUUGAUACACACGUGUAUCUCAAUAAGAUCUACGAAAAAGUCAAUGGGCACGUAUCUGUAAAAUGUACGGUUAAAGGGCUAUUUCGCAUUUUUUGCCGAUUCGCACACAUUGGAAUGUGGCUAACUCCUCCUAAGGCUUUCUUUCCACCGACACCAAAUUUGCUCAAGCCGAUCUACAUCCCAUGGCCAUUCAAAGUUGUAAAAAUCAUGCCGCUGCACCCCAUGGUUUACGUUCUAGGGGGCGCCAAAGAUGACCCAAAUAUCCACAUUCUUAAAAGAAUCCACAUCCCCCCCCCCCCCCCAAGGCAGGAGAAAAAGUCCAGUUAACCCUGCCCAUCGCUCAAUGGCUCAAUCGCAUCGCUCUCCUGGCAACACCGUAAGGAGGAGCAACUUGCCAUUUGGAUAUAUCCUAGCUGUGUUUGUGCCCUCACUCAUGGUCCAGACUUUUUUCAAAUAGGACAUGUAGUUUGUCUGCAGCGACCGUUUUGGUAGAAACUGCGCCUCCCAUUCAUUAUAAUGGGAAAUGACCACAGACAAGUGCGCACACCAUCUUUGGACCUUGAGUGUGAUGCGAUCGGGAGGGGGAGGCGGUCGCGCUGGGGGCGGCGCGACGCGGCUCGGGCCCGACAGUGCCCCACCGGGGCCCUAGUUCUUUCUUCUUUCUUUCUUUCUUUCUUUCUUCUUAUUUUUCCUCCCCUUUGAAGGGGAAAAUGGCCCACUUCCCACUGGCGAAAACUCAUGAAAUUUGGCAGGACGACCGGGCCUGGUGAAAAAUUUGAUAUUCUGAAGUCGCCCAAACAAUAAAAUGCAAAAUGGCUCCAAAGCGCCCCCUAAGGUGAAAAUUCACACUAUUGACUGUCACGCCUUUACGCUUUGUCAUAUUGACACAAAAAUUGACACACACAUGUAUCUCAAUAAGAUGUACGAAAAAGUCAGUGCGGACGUAUCUGUCAAAUGUACGGUUAAAGGGUUAUUUCGCAUUUUUUGCCGAUCCGCACACAUUGGAAUUUCGCUAACUCCUCCGAAGGCUUUCGUUCCACCGGCACCACAUUUGCUCAGGCCAAUCUACACCCCAUGGCCAAUAAAAGUUGUACAAAUCAUGACGCUGCACCCCACGGUUUACGUUCUAGGGGGCGCCAAAGAUAACCCAAAAAUCCACAGUCUUAAAAGUCUUAUAACUUUUUAUUUUUGUCCUCACUGGCCUCCAAGUUCUCUAGGAUGAUGCAAUGUCCAGCCAUCAACACAUUUGUGAAGGAAUUUUUACUCGCCAAAAGAGCGCCCCCCCAUGGCAGGAGAAAAAAGUCCAUUUUUUCUUGUCUCCUAAGGCGAAAAUACACAUUGUUGACUGUCACGCCUUUACGCUUUGUCAAAAUGACACAAAAUUUGACACACACAUGUAUCUCAAUAAGAUCUACAAAAAAGUCAGUGCGGGCGUAUCUGUCAAAUGUACGGUUAAAGGGUUAUUUCGCAUUUUUUGCCGAUCCGCACACAUUGGAAUUUCGCUAACUCCUCCGAAGGCUUUCGUUCCAACGGCACCCCAUUUGCUCAGGCCAAUCUACACCCCAUGGCCAUUAAAAGUUGUACAAAUCAUGACGCUGCACCCCACGGUUUACGUUCUAGGGGGCGCCAAAUAUAACCCAAAAAUCCACAGUCUUAAAAGUCUUAUAACUUUUUAAGUGGAAAUGCUGAUUAAUUAUUUUUGUCCUCACUGGCCUCCAAGUUCUCUAGGAUGAUGCAAUGUCCAGCCAUCAACACAUUUGUGAAGGAAUUUUUACUCGCCAAAAGAGCGCCCCCCAUGGCAGGAGAAAAAAGUCCAUUUUUUCUUGUCUCCUAAGGCGAAAAUACACAUUGUUGUCUGUCACGCCUUUACGCUUUGUCAAAAUGACACAAAAUUUGACACACACAUGUAUCUCAAUAAGAUCUACGAAAAAGUCAAUGCGAGCGUAUCUGUUCAAUAUACGGUUAAAGGGCUAUUUCGCAUUUUUUGCCGAUUCGCACACAUUGGAAUGUGGCUAACUCCUCCCAAGGCUUUCGUCCCACUGACACCAAAUUUGCUCAGGCCAAUCUACACCCCAUGGCCAUUCAAAGUUGUAAAAAUCAUGACGCUGCACCCCACGGUUUACGUUCUAGGGGGCGCCAAAGAUGACCCAAAUAUCCACAUUCUUAAAAGAAUCCACAUCCCCCCCCCCCCCCCCCCAUCCCCCAUCCCCCAUCCCCCAUGGCAGGAGAAACAGUCAAGUUUUUCCUGCCCAUCACUCAAUGGCUCAAUCGCAUCGCUCUCCCGGCAACACCGUAACGAGGAGCAACUUGCCGUUUGGAUAUAUCCUAGCUGUGUUUGUGCCCUCACUCAUGGUCCAGACUUUUUUCAAAUAGGACAUGUAGUUUGUCUGCAGCGAGUGUUUUGGUAGAAACUGCGCCUCCCAUUCAUUUUAAUGGGAAAUGACCACAGACAAGUGCGCACACCAUCUUUGGACCUUGAGUGUGACGCGAUCGGGAGGGGGAGGCGGUCGCGCUGGGGGUGGCGCAACGCGGCUCGGGCCCGACAGUGCCCCACCGGGGCCCUAGUUAUUAGGGCCCGAGCGUAGCUGCUAAGCAGCUGCGAGAGCCCUCUUGUUCCUGAUGGAUUCUUCUUUUGUUAUUAUUAGGGCCCCAGCCAGCUGCAGAGCAGCCGGGCGUAGAGCCCUAUUAUUCCUGUAUAGGUUUUUAGGGCCCGAGCGUAGCUGCUAAGCAGCUGCGAGAGCCCUCUUGUUCCUGUAGUUUCCUUCUUUUGUUAUUAUUAUUAUUUUUCCUCCCCUUUGAACUGGAAAAUGGCCCACUUCCCACUGGCGAAAACUCAUGAUAUUUGGCAGGACGACCGGGCCUGGUGAAAAAUUUGAUUUUCUGAAGUCGCCCAAACAAGAAAAUGCAAAAUGGCUCCAUAGCGCCCCCUAAGGUGAAAAUUCACACUAUUGACUGUCACGCCUGUACGCUUUGUCAAAAUGACACAAAAAUUGACACACACAUGUAUCUCAAUAAGAUCUACAAAAAAGUCAGUGCGGGCGUAUCUGUCAAAUGUACGGUUAAAGGGUUAUUUCGCAUUUUUUGCCGAUCCGCACACAUUGGAAUUUCGCUAACUCCUCCGAAGGCUUUCGUUCCACCGGCACCACAUUUGCUCAGGCCAAUCUACACCCCAUGGCCAUUAAAAGUUAUUCAAAUUGAGACGCUGCACCCCACGGUUUAGGUUCUAGGGGGCGCCAAAGAUAACCCUAAAAUCCACAUAUUUCAAAGUCUUAUAACUUUUUAUUUUUGUCCUCACUGGCCUCCAAGUUUUCUAGGAUGAUGCAAUGUCCAGCCAUCAACACAUCUGUGAAGGAAUUUUUACUCCCCAAAAGAGCGCCCCCCCAUGGCAGGAGAAAAAAGUCCAUUUUUUCUUGACCCCUAAGGUGAAAAUACACAUUGAUGAGUGUCAUGCCUGUACGCUUUGGCAAAAUGACACAAAAAUUGACACACACGUGUAUCUCAAUAAGAUCUACGAAAAAGUCAAUACGCGCGUACCUGUCAAAUGUACGGUUAAAGGGUUAUUCCGCAUUUUUUGCCGAUCCGCACACAUUGGAAUUUCGCUAACUCCUCCGAAGGCUUUCGUUCCACCGGCACCACAUUUGCUCAGGCCAAUCUACACCCCAUGGCCAUUAAAAGUUAUUCAAAUCAUGACGCUGCACCCCACGGUUUAGGUUCUAGGGGGCGCCAAAGAUAACCCUAAAAUCCACAUAUUUCAAAGUCAUAUAACUUUUUAUUUUUGUCCUCACUGGCCUCCAAGUUUUCUAGGAUGAUGCAAUGUCCAGCCAUCAACACAUUUGUGAAGGAAUUUUUACUCCCCAAAAGAGCGCCCCCCCCAUGGCAGGAGAAAAAAGUCCAUUUUUUCUUGUCCCGUAAGGUGAAAAUUCACAUUGUUGAGUGUGACACCUGUACGCUUUGUCAUAUUGACACAAAAUUUGACAAUCACGUGUAUCUCAAUAAGAUCUACGAAAAAGUCAAUGCACGCGUAUCUGUCAAAUAUAUGGUUAGAGGGCUAUUUUGCAUUUUUUGCCGAUUCGCACACAUUGGAAUGUGGCUAACUCCUCCUAAGGCUUUCGUCCCACUGAAACCAAAUUUGCUCAGGCCAAUCUACACCCCAUGGCCAUUCAAAGUUGUAAAAAUCAUGACGCUGCACCCCACGGUUUACGUUCUAGGGGGCGCCAAAGAUGACCCAAAAAUCCACAUUAUUAAAAGAAUCCACAUCCCCCCCCCCCCCCCCAUGGCACGAGAAAAAGUCAAGUUUUUCCUGCCCAUCGCUCAAUGGCUCAAUCGCAUCGCUCUCCAGGCAAAACCGUAAGGAGGAGCAACCUGCCAUUUGGAUAUAUAUCCCAGCUGUGUUUGUGCCCUCACUCAUGGUCCAGACUUUUUUCAAAUAGGACAAGAAGUUUGUCUGCAGCGAGUGUUUUGGUAGAAACUGCGCCUCCCAUUCAUUAUAAUGGGAAAUGACUACAGACAAGUGCGCACACCAUCUUUGGACCUUGAGUGUGACGCGAUUGGGAGGGGGAGGCGGUCGCGCUGGGGGCGGCGCGACGCGGCUCGGGCCCGACAGUGCCCCACCGGGGCCCUAGUUCUUUCUUCUUUCUUUCUUUCUUUCUUUCUUCUUAUUUUUCCUCCCCUUUGAAGGGGAAAAUGGCCCACUUCCCACUGGCGAAAACUCAUGAAAUUUGGCAGGACGACCGGGCCUGGUGAAAAAUUUGAUAUUCUGAAGUCGCCCAAACAAUAAAAUGCAAAAUGGCUCCAAAGCGCCCCCUAAGGUGAAAAUUCACACUAUUGACUGUCACGCCUUUACGCUUUGUCAUAUUGACACAAAAAUUGACACACACAUGUAUCUCAAUAAGAUGUACGAAAAAGUCAGUGCGGACGUAUCUGUCAAAUGUACGGUUAAAGGGUUAUUUCGCAUUUUUUGCCGAUCCGCACACAUUGGAAUUUCGCUAACUCCUCCGAAGGCUUUCGUUCCACCGGCACCACAUUUGCUCAGGCCAAUCUACACCCCAUGGCCAAUAAAAGUUGUACAAAUCAUGACGCUGCACCCCACGGUUUACGUUCUAGGGGGCGCCAAAGAUAACCCAAAAAUCCACAGUCUUAAAAGUCUUAUAACUUUUUAUUUUUGUCCUCACUGGCCUCCAAGUUCUCUAGGAUGAUGCAAUGUCCAGCCAUCAACACAUUUGUGAAGGAAUUUUUACUCGCCAAAAGAGCGCCCCCCAUGGCAGGAGAAAAAAGUCCAUUUUUUCUUGUCUCCUAAGGCGAAAAUACACAUUGUUGACUGUCACGCCUUUACGCUUUGUCAAAAUGACACAAAAUUUGACACACACAUGUAUCUCAAUAAGAUCUACAAAAAAGUCAGUGCGGGCGUAUCUGUCAAAUGUACGGUUAAAGGGUUAUUUCGCAUUUUUUGCCGAUCCGCACACAUUGGAAUUUCGCUAACUCCUCCGAAGGCUUUCGUUCCAACGGCACCCCAUUUGCUCAGGCCAAUCUACACCCCAUGGCCAUUAAAAGUUGUACAAAUCAUGACGCUGCACCCCACGGUUUACGUUCUAGGGGGCGCCAAAUAUAACCCAAAAAUCCACAGUCUUAAAAGUCUUAUAACUUUUUAAGUGGAAAUGCUGAUUAAUUAUUUUUGUCCUCACUGGCCUCCAAGUUCUCUAGGAUGAUGCAAUGUCCAGCCAUCAACACAUUUGUGAAGGAAUUUUUACUCGCCAAAAGAGCGCCCCCCAUGGCAGGAGAAAAAAGUCCAUUUUUUCUUGUCUCCUAAGGCGAAAAUACACAUUGUUGUCUGUCACGCCUUUACGCUUUGUCAAAAUGACACAAAAUUUGACACACACAUGUAUCUCAAUAAGAUCUACGAAAAAGUCAAUGCGAGCGUAUCUGUUCAAUAUACGGUUAAAGGGCUAUUUCGCAUUUUUUGCCGAUUCGCACACAUUGGAAUGUGGCUAACUCCUCCCAAGGCUUUCGUCCCACUGACACCAAAUUUGCUCAGGCCAAUCUACACCCCAUGGCCAUUCAAAGUUGUAAAAAUCAUGACGCUGCACCCCACGGUUUACGUUCUAGGGGGCGCCAAAGAUGACCCAAAUAUCCACAUUCUUAAAAGAAUCCACAUCCCCCCCCCCCCCCCAUCCCCCAUCCCCCAUCCCCCAUGGCAGGAGAAACAGUCAAGUUUUUCCUGCCCAUCACUCAAUGGCUCAACGCAUCGCUCUCCCGGCAACACCGUAACGAGGAGCAACUUGCCGUUUGGAUAUAUCCUAGCUGUGUUUGUGCCCUCACUCAUGGUCCAGACUUUUUUCAAAUAGGACAUGUAGUUUGUCUGCAGCGAGUGUUUUGGUAGAAACUGCGCCUCCCAUUCAUUUUAAUGGGAAAUGACCACAGACAAGUGCGCACACCAUCUUUGGACCUUGAGUGUGACGCGAUCGGGAGGGGGAGGCGGUCGCGCUGGGGGUGGCGCAACGCGGCUCGGGCCCGACAGUGCCCCACCGGGGCCCUAGUUAUUAGGGCCCGAGCGUAGCUGCUAAGCAGCUGCGAGAGCCCUCUUGUUCCUGAUGGAUUCUUCUUUUGUUAUUAGGGCCCGAGCCAGCUGCAGAGCAGCCGGGCGUAGAGCCCUAUUAUUCCUGAUGAGUUUUUCUUUCUUCUUUCUUUCUUUCUUUCUUUCUUUCUUCUUAUUUUUCCUCCCCUUUGAAGGGGAAAAUGGCCCACUUCCCACUGGCGAAAACUCAUGAAAUUUGGCAGGAUGACCGGGCCUGGUGAAAAAUUCGAUAUUCUGAAGUCGCCCAAACAAUAAAAUGCAAAAUGGCUCCAUAGCGCCCCCUAAGGUGGAAAUUCACACUAUUGACUGUCACGCCUGUACGCUUUGUCAUAUUGACACAAAAAUUGACACACACAUGUAUCUCAAUACGAUCUACAAAAAAGUCAGUGUGGGCGUAUCUGUCAAAUGUACGGUUAAAGGGUUAUUUCGCAUUUUUUGCCGAUCCGCACACAUUGGAAUUUCGCUAACUCCUCCGAAGGCUUUCGUUCCACCGGCACCAAAUUUGCUCAGGCCAAUCUACACCCCAUGGCCAUUAAAAGUUGUACAAAUCAUGACGCUGCACCCCACGGUUUAGGUUCUAGGGGGCGCCAAAGAUAACCCAAAAAUCCACAUUCUUAAAAGUCUUAUAACUUUUUAUUUUUGUCCUCACUGGCCUCCAAGUUCUCUAGGAUGAUGCAAUGUCCAGCAAUUAACACAUUUGUGAAGGAAUUUUUACUCGCCAAAUAGCGCCCCCCCAUGGCAGGGGAAAAAAGUCCAUUUUUUUCUUGUCCCCUAAGGCGAAAAUUCACAUUGUUGAGUGUCACGCCUGUACGCUUUGUCAUAUUGACACAAAAUUUGACAAUCACGUGUAUCUCAAUAAGAUCUACGAAAAAGUCAAUGUGCACGUAUCUGUAAAAUGUACGGUUAAAGGGCUAUUUCGCAUUUUUUGCCGAUUCGCACACAUUGCAAUGUGGCUAACUCCUCCUAAGGCUUUCGUUCCACUGACACCAAAUUUGCUCAGGCCAAUCUACACCCCAUGGCCAUUCAAAGUUGUAAAAAUCAUGACGCUGCACCCCACUGUUUACGUUCUAGGGGGCGCCAAAGAGGACCCAAAUAUCCACAUUUUUAAAAGUCUUAUAACUUUAUUUUUGUCCUCACUGGCCUCCAAGUUUUCUAGGAUGAUGCAAUGUUCAGUCAUCAACACAUUUGUGAAGGAAUUUUUUCUCCCCAAAAGAGCGCCCCCCCAUGGCAGGAGAAAAAGUCAAGUUUUUCCUGCCCAUCGCUCAAUGGCUCAAACGCAUCGCUCUCUCGGCAAAACCGAAAGGAGGAGCACCUUGCCAUUUGGAUAUAUACUAGCUGUGUUUGUGCCCUCACUCAUGGUCCAGACUUUUUUCAAAAAGGACAUGGAGUUUUUUCUGCAGCGAGCGUUUUGGUAGAAACUGCGCCUCCCAUUCAUUAUAAUGGUAAAUGACCACAGACAAGUGCGCACACCAUCUUUGGACCUUGAGUGUGACGCCAUCGGGAGGGGUAGGCGGUCGCGCUGGGGGCGGCGCGACACGGCUCGGGCCCGCCAGUGCCCCAACGGGGCCCUAGUUAUUAUUUUUCCUCCGCUUUAAACUGGAAAAUGGCCCACUUCCCACUGGCGAAAACUCAUGAAAUUUGGCAGGACGACCGGGCCUGGUGAAAAAUUCGAUAUUCUGAAGUCGCCCAAACAAUAAAAUGCAAAAUGGCUCCAUAGCGCCCCCUAAGGCGAAAAUUCACACUAUUGACUGUCACGCCUUUACGCUUUGUCAUAUUGACACAAAAAUUGACACACACGUGUAUCUCAAUACGGUCUACGAAAAAGUCAGCGCGGGCGCAUCUGUGAAAUGUACGGUUAGAGGGUUAUUUCGCAUUUUUUGCCGAUCUGCACACAUUGGAAUUUGGCUAACUCCUCCGAAGGCAUUCGUUCCACCGGCACCACAUUUGCUCAAGCCAAUCUACACCCCAUGGCCAUUAAAAGUUGUACAAAUCAUGACGCUGCACCCCACAGUUUACGUUCUAGGGGGCGCCAAAGAUAACCCAAAAAUCCACAGUCUUAAAAGUCUUAUAACUUUUUAUUUUUGUCCUCACUGGCCUCCAAGUUCUCUAGGAUGAUGCAAUGUCCAGCCAUCAACACAUUUGUGAAGGAAUUUUUACUCCCCAAAAGAGCGCCCCCCCAUGGCAGGAGAAAAAAGUCCAUUUUUUCUUGUCCCCUAAGGUGAAAAUACACAUUGUUGAGUGUCACGCCUGUACGCUUUGUCAAAAUGACACAAAAAUUGACACACACAUGUAUCUCAAUAAGAUCUACAAAAAAGUCCAUGCGCGCGUAUCUGUCAAAUGUACGGUUAAAGGGUUAUUCCGCAUUUUUUGCCGAUUCGCACACAUUGGAAUUUCGCUAACUCCUCCGAAGGCUUUCGUUCCACCGGCACCACAUUUGCUCAGGCCAAUCUGCACCCCAUGGCCAUUAAAAGUUAUUCAAAUCAUGACGCUGCACCCCACGGUUUACGUUCUAGGGGGCGCCAAAAAUAACCCAAAAAUCCACAUAUUUAAAAGUCUUAUAACUUUUUAUUUUUGUCCUCACUGGCCUCCAAGUUUUCUAGGAUGAUGCAAUGUCCAGCCAUCAACACAUUUGUGAAGGAAUUUUUACUCCCCAAAAGAGCGCCCCCCCAUGGCAGGAGAAAAAAGUCCAUUUUUUCUUGUCCCCUAAGGUGAAAAUACACAUUGUUGACUGUCACGCCUGUACGCUUUGGCAAAAUGACACAAAAAUUGACAAUCAUGUGUAUCUCAAUUAGAUCUACGAAAAAGUCAAAGAGCGCGUAUCUGUAUAAUGUACGGUAAAAGGGCUAUUUUGCAUUUUUUGCCGAUUCGCACACAUUGGAAUUUCGCUAACUCCUCCUAAGGCUUUCGUCCCACUGACACCAAAUUUGCUCAGGCCAAUCUACACUCCAUGGCCAUUCAAAGUUGUAAAAAUCAUGACGCUGCACCCCACAGUUUACGUUUUAGGGGGCGCCAAAGAUGACCCAAAUAUACAUUACAGUAGACAAAGUAGUUUUGCCCACUGAGUGGCGCCAAAGGGACUUGUCUGUGGAGUCUGUGAGUCACUAUUGGCCGUUUUUGACUACUUUAGAUUUUACCUUUAUAUUUCCUCUUACAAAAUUUUUACCUUGCCUUGCCUGGUAUCAUUUUUUUCAGCACAACCUCACCUGUGUCAAUUUACAGUUAUUUUAUCAUUUUGACAUACUAUAUUUACACAUUGGACCCAAAUUCACACACAAAACAUAAAAUCCGAGUGGAAAAAAGUAACGUUUUUACUGUGAAAACCACAAAUAUGUGUGAUGAACUGUUUUUAAAACUUAAACUUCAAAUAAAAAUUGUAAACUUCAAAACAUAUGCAAAUUUUUAACAAAGAACAUAGUAAUUUAUCUCUAUUUACAUCAAAAUGCAGGCAAUGGCCCAGGUGUUCUUUGUAAAAUUAUUUACAAAACACUGUAUAGUCUCACAAAUGUCACUUUUUAUUUAUGCCACUACAAAAAAACAUGAUGUAAAUGAUGCAUGAUGUAAAACAUGAUGUAAAAAACUUGUGUAGAUCCUCCUCUAUGUUAGUCCAUGUGUAAUUUUUCCAUAAUUCUUUGUUUUUUGCAGCAUUUUUGUUAGUGUAACUGCAGAUUGUGCUGACAGUGUCUAUGGCAAAAAAAAAAAAAAAAACUGAAAAUGCCUCAACAUGAACCCCUGGUGGUCUCUGAGGGUGAAACCUGCUAACUGCUGCAGCUCUGUCAGCUUCAGUCUCCCAUGCAGAGCUCGGAGCGCAUGUGUGGCUCUGCACCCUUAGCAGCGUUGCUAACUCCUCAGUAAGGAAAGCCUGCUUCAUGUCAGAGUCUCUAAACUCCAGAAGAAGUCGAUAAAAGUCACUUUCUUUCUAAAAAAAAAGUCGUUAGGGGGUCUGAAAAGUCAUUGAAUCUAACAACAAAGUCGCUAGGUUUGCAACUACGUGUCCCAGACUGCAUCCCUGCUGAGAGUCCCUCCCUCCCUUCUCAUAUUGCAGGAAGAACGUAAGCGCCCGCCCCUUGUCAAUCAGUCACCAUAUAAUUUUGGAUUGGUUGUUGUGGUGAAGUUUUCCACCAAUAGGAGAGAUGUUGUGGUGUGUUUUUUUUUUCCUUUGGCAAGCCUUUUCCGCCUGUAAGACCUGUCGCUAAUGUCUGCAUGCUAUGUUUUCCUGUCUCAUACAGCGCGAUCGAGCGCCGAACGUGAUCAAAAUAAGCAGAAAAAAAGUAUCGCGGACAUAAUUUAUCAUAACUCUGGUUUUAUUUGGCCUAUCAACACAAUUUAAAAACUGGUAUAUAGGUUGAGGUCCUCACUUUUGAGAUAAGUUGAAACGGAGUCAACGAGGCUCCGUCUUGCAGCUACAUCCGGUUAAAUAUGUCAUGUGACUUGAACGCACACACACACACACACACACACACAGACACACACACACACGCACACACACACACUCAGAGUCUGGUUUUUAGCACCUGCAAAAACAUGCUAUUUACAUAUUUGACAAGAAUGCAGAGGCUCCUUUUGCCCCUGAAAAAAAACAAAUUUCAAACACAACUUGACUGGUCAUUUCUCCAAAAGACAACCAUGAAGCUCCAUCCAAACCUGAAGCAGGCAGUUGGUGCAUGUGUACAGUAACCUGAGGGGAGUGAGGUGACUGCUUCUGAGGAGAACAUGAGCAGUAAAGAUUCACCUUACAGCUAGAACAGAGACGUGCACAUGAUUAUACAGGGGCAGGGGCUCAAGUUUUUUCCAGUUGUUUAUACAAUAUGGAAAUUAAUGUGAAAUUAAAAAACAAAGUAUUAAUAGAAAGGUAAUGACUGUCCUGAGUAGGUGACAGUGAUAUCCAAUAGGCUAGGCACUCAAGAGGCUGGCUGUGGCAAGUGUAAGUGAAAGCAACACGCACUGGCAGGAAGAACAGCAAACGCCGAUGAAGGAAAAGGGUCUUUGCAGUGAUGGGCGUUACCAGAGAGGGCUAUGGCCAGAGGACACAAAUGGGACGGGGAGGCAGCGCGUUGGGGGGGGGACGCGACACAGCUCGGGCCCGCCAGUGCCCCAACGGGGUCCUAGUUAUUUAGGGCCCGAGCGUAGCUGCUAAGCAGCUGCGAGAGCCCUCUUGUUCCUGCAUGUUUCCUUCUUUCGUUAUUAUUUUUCCUCCGCUUUAAACUGGAAAAUGGCCCACUUCCCACUGGCGAAAACUCAGGAAAUUUGGCAGGACGACUGGGCCUGGUGAAAAAUUCGAUAUUCUGAAGUCGCCCAAACAAUAAAAUGCAAAAUGGCUCCAUAGCGCCCCCUAAGGUGAAAAUUCACAUGACGGCUGUACGCUUUGCCAUAUUGACACAAAAAUUGACACACACAUGUAUCUCAAUAAGAUCUACAAAAAAGUCAGUGCGGGCGUAUCUGUCAAAUGUACGGUUAAUGGGUUAUUUUGCAUUUUUUGCAGAUCUGCACACAUUGGAAUUUCGCUAACUCCUCCGAAGGCUUUCGUUCGACCGGCACCACAUUUGCGCAGGCCAAUCUACCCCCCAUGGCCAUUAAAAGUUGUACAAAUCAUGACGCUGCACCCCACGGUUUACGUUCUAGGGGGCGCCAAAGAUAACCCAAAAUCCACAUUCUUAAAAGUCUUAUAACUUUUUAUUUUUGUCCUCACUGCCCUCCAAGUUUUCUAGGAUGAUGCAAUGUCCAGCCAUCAACACAUUUGUGAAGGAAUUUUUACUCCCCAAAAGAGCGCCCCCCCAUGGCAGGAGAAAAAAGUCCUUUUUUUCUUGUCCCCUUACAUGAAAAUACACAUUGUUGAGUGUCACGCCUGAACGCUUUGUCAUAUUGACACAAAAAUUGACAAUCAUGUGUAUCUCAAUUAGAUCUACGAAAAAGUCAAAAAGCGCGUAUCUGUAUAAUGUACGGUUAAAGGGCUAUUUCGCAUUUUUUGCCGAUUCGCACACAUUGGAAUGUGGCUAUCUCCUCCUAAGACUUUCGUCCCACCGAUACCAAAUUUGCUCAGGGCAAUCUACACCCCAUGCCCAUUCAAAGUUGUAAAAAUCAUGACGCUGCACCCCACGGUUUACGUUCUAGGGGGCGCCAAAGAUGACCCAAAAAUCCACAUUCUUAAAAGUCAUUUUGGCCACUGCAGGAGUACAGAGUACUGCAGUUCUAGGGGGCGCCAAAGAUGACCCAAAAUUCCACAUUCUUAAAAGUCUUUUUGGCCACUGCAGGAGUACAGAGUACUGCAGGAUACACACACAUACACACACACACACACACACACACACACACACACACUCAGAGUCUGUUUUUUAGCACCUGCAAAAACAUGCUGUUUACAUAUUUGACAAGAAUGCAGAGGCUUCCUUUUGCCCCUGAAAAAAAUUAGAUUUCAAACACAACUUGACUGUUAAUUUCUCCAAAAGACAACCAGGAAGCUCCAUCCAAACCUGAAGCAGAUAGUUGGUGCAUGUGUACAGUAACCUGAGGGGAGUGAGGUGACUAUUUCUGAGGAGAACAUGAGCAGUGAAGAUUCACCUUGGAGCUAGAACAGGGACGUGCACAUGAUUAUACAGGGGCAGGGGCUCAAGUUUUUUCCAGUCAUUUAUACAAUAUGGAAAUUAAUGUGAAAUUAAACCACAAAUAUGUGUGAUGAACUGUUUUUAAAACUUAAACUUCAAAUAAAAAUUGUAAACUUCAAAACAUAUGCAAAUUUUUAACAAAGAACAUAGUAAUUUACCUCUAUUUACAUCAAAAUGCAGGCAACGGCCCAGGCGUUCUUUGUAAAAUUAUUUACAAAACACUGUAUAGUCUCACAAAUGUCACUUUUUAUUUAUGCCACUACAAAAAAACAUGAUGUAAAUGAUGCAUGAUGUAAAACAUGAUGUAAAAAACUUGUGUAGAUCCUCCUCUAUGUCAGUCCAUGUGUAAUUUUUCCAUAAUUCUUUGUUUUUUGCAGCAUUUUUGUUAGUGUAACUGCAGAUUGUGCUGACAGUCUAUGGCAAAAAAAACAAAAACUGAAAAUGCCUCAACAUGAACCCCUGGUGGUCUCUGAGGGUGAAACCUGCUAACUGCUGCAGCUCUGUCAGCUUCAGUCUCCCAUGCAGAGCUCGGAGCGCAUGUGUGGCUCUGCACCCUUAGCAGCGUUGCUAACUCCUCAGUAAGGAAAGCCUGCUUCAUGUCAGAGUCUCUAAACUCCAGAAGAAGUCGAUAAAAGUCCCUUUCUUUCAAAAAAAGUCGUUAGGGGGUCUGAAAAGUAAUUGAAUCUAACAACAAAGUCGCUAGGUUUGCAACUACGUGUCCCAGACUGCAUCCCUGCUGAGAGUCCCUCCCUCCCUUCUCAUGUUGCAGGAAGAACGUAAGCGCCCGCCCCUUGUCAAUCAGUCACCAUAUAAUUUUGGAUUGGUUGUUGUGGUGAAGUUUUCCACCAAUAGGAGAGAUGUUGUGGUGUGUUUUUUUUUCUUUUGGCAAGCCUUUUCCGCCUGUAAGACCUGUCGCUAAUGUGUGCAUGCUAUGUUUUCCUGUCUCAUACAGCGCGAUCGAGCGCCGAACGUGAUCAAAAUAAGCAGAAAAAAAGUAUCGCGGACAUAAUUUAUCAUAACUCUGGUUUUAUUUGGCCUAUCAACACAAUUUAAAAACUGGUAUAUAGGUUGAGGUCCUCACUUUUGAGAUAAGUUGAAACGGAGAGUUAACGAGGCUCCGUAUUGCAGCUACAUCCGGUUAAAUAUGUCAUGUGACUUGAACGCUGGGGAGCGUCAAUCGAAUCGAAUCAAACCUAACUCUCAGAUGAAUCUUCAAAAUUCACCUCAGAAAUAUGCUUAUUAUUCUUCUCAGAGUACUGCAGGAUACACACACACACACACACACACACACAGACACACACACACACACGCACACACACACACACACACACACACACACACACACACUCAGAGUCUGUUUUUUAGCACCUGCAAAAACAUGCUAUUUACAUAUUUGACAAGAAUGCAGAGGCUUCCUUUUGCCCCUGAAAAAAAUCAAAUUUCAAACACAACUUGACUGCUCAUUUCUCCAAAAGACAACCAUGAAGCUCCAUCCAAACCUGAAGCAGGCAGUUGGUGCAUGUGUACAGUAACCUGAGGGGAGUGAGGUGACUGCUUCUGAGGAGAACAUGAGCCGUGAAGAUUCACCUUGGAGCUAGAACAGGGACGUGCACAUGAUAAUACAGGGGCAGGGGCUCAAGUUUUUUCCAGUUGUUUAUACAAUAUGGAAAUUAAUGUGAAAUUAAAAACAAAGUAUUAAUAGAAAGGUAAUGACUGUCCUGUGUAGGUGACAGUGAUAUCCAAUAGGCUAGGCACUCACGAGGCUGGCUGUGGCAAGUGUAAGUGAAAGCAACACGCACUGGCAGGAAGAACAGCAAACGCCGAUGAAGGAAAAGGGUCUUUGCAGUGAUGGGCGUUACCAGAGAGGGCGAUGGCCAGAGGACACGAAUGGGACGGGGAGGCAGCGCGUUGGGGGGGGGGGGGGGGGGGUGCGACACGGCUCGGGCCCGCCAGUGCCCCAACGGGGCCCUAGUAUUAUUAUUUUUCCUCCGCUUUAAACUGGAAAAUGGCCCACUUCCCACUGGCGAAAACUCAUGAAAUUUGGCAGGACGACCGGGCCUGGUGAAAAAUUCGAUAUUCUGAAGUCGCCCAAACAAUAAAAUGCAAAAUGGCUCCAUAGCGCCCCCUAAGGUGGAAAUUCACACUGUUGACUGUCACGCCUGUACGCUUUGCCAUAUUGACACAAAAAUGGACACACACAUGUAUCUCAAUAAGAUCUACAAAAAAGUCAGUGCGGGCGUAUCUGUCAAAUUUACGGUUAAAGGGUUAUUUCGCAUUUUUUGCCGAUCCGCACACAUUGAAAUUUCGCUAACUCCUCCGAAGGCUUUCGUUCCACCGGCACCACAUUUGCUCAGGCCAAUCUACACCCCAUGGCCAUCGAAAGUUGUACAAAUCAUGACGCUGCACCCCACGGUUUAGGUUCUAGGGGGCGCCAAAGAUAACCAAAAAAUCCACAUUCUUAAAAGUCUUAUAACUUUUUAUUUUUUUCCUCACUGGCCUCCAAGUUCUCUAGGAUGAUGCAAUGUCCAGCCAUCAACACAUUUGUGAAGGAAUUUUUACUCGCCAAAAGAGCGCCCCCCCAUGGCAGGAGAAAAAAGUCCAUUUUUUCUUGUCUCCUAAGGCGAAAAUACACAUUGUUGACUGUCACGCCUUUACGCUUUGUCAAAAUGACACAAAAUUUGACACACACAUGUAUCUCAAUAAGAUCUACAAAAAAGUCAGUGCGGGCGUAUCUGUAAAAUGUACGGUUAAAGGGCUAUUUUGCAUUUUUUGCUGAUUCGCACACAUUGGAAUGUGGCUAACUCGUCCUACAGCUUUCGUCCCACUGACACCAAAUUUGCUCAGGCCAAUCUACACCCCAUGGCCAUUCAAAGUUGUAGAAAUCAUGACGCUGCUCCCCACGGUUUACGUUCUAGGGGGCGCCAAAGAUGACCCAAAUAUCCACAUUCUUAAAAGAAUCCACAUCCCCCCCCCAAAAGAGCGCCCCCACAUGGCAGGAGAAAAAAGUCCAUUUUUUCUUGUCCCCUAAGGUGAAAAUACACAUUGUUGACUGUCACGCCUGUACGCUUUGUCAUAUUGACACAAAAAUUGACACACACAUGUAUCUCAAUAAGAUCUACGAAAAAGUCAAUGGGCACGUAUCUGUAAAAUGUACGGUUAAAGGGCUAUUUUGCAUUUUUUGCUGAUUCGCACACAUUGGAAUGUGGCUAACUCGUCCUACAGCUUUCGUCCCACUGACACCAAAUUUGCUCAGGCCAAUCUACACCCCAUGGCCAUUCAAAGUUGUAAAAAUCAUGACGCUGCACCCCACGGUUUACGUUCUAGGGGGCGCCAAAGAUGACCCAAAUAUCCAUAUUCUUAAAAGUGUUAUAACUUUUUAUUUUUGUCCUCACUGGCCUCCAAGUUUUCUAGGAUGAUGCAAUGUCCAGCCAUCAACACAUUUGUAAAGGAAUUUUUACUCCCGAAAAAGAGCGCCCCCCAUGGCAGGAGAAAAGAGUCCAUUUUUUCUUGUCCCCUAAGGUGAAAAAACACAUUGUUGACUGUCACGCCUAUACGCUUUGUCAAAAUGACACAAAAUUUGACACACACGUGUAUCUCAAUAAGAUCUACGAAAAAGUCAAUGGGCACGUAUCUGUAAAAUGUACGGUUAAAGGGCUAUUUCGCAUUUUUUGCCGAUUCGCACACAUUGGAAUGUGGCUAAGUCCUCCUAAGGCUUUCGUCCCACCAACACCAAAUUUGCUCAAGCCGAUCUACAUCCCAUGGCCAUUCAAAGUUGUAGAAAUCAUGACGCUGCUCCCCACGGUUUACGUUCUAGGGGGCGCCAAAGAUGACCCAAAUAUCCACAUUCUUAAAAGAAUCCACAUCCCCCCCCCAAAAGAGCGCCCCCACAUGGCAGGAGAAAAAAGUCCAUUUUUUCUUGUCCCCUAAGGUGAAAAUACACAUUGUUGACUGUCACGCCUGUACGCUUUGUCAUAUUGACACAAAAAUUGACACACACAUGUAUCUCAAUAAGAUCUACGAAAAAGUCAAUGGGCACGUAUCUGUAAAAUGUACGGUUAAAGGGCUAUUUUGCAUUUUUUGCUGAUUCGCACACAUUGGAAUGUGGCUAACUCGUCCUACAGCUUUCGUCCCACUGACACCAAAUUUGCUCAGGCCAAUCUACACCCCAUGGCCAUUCAAAGUUGUAAAAAUCAUGACGCUGCACCCCACGGUUUACGUUCUAGGGGGCGCCAAAGAUGACCCAAAUAUCCAUAUUCUUAAAAGUGUUAUAACUUUUUAUUUUUGUCCUCACUGGCCUCCAAGUUUUCUAGGAUGAUGCAAUGUCCAGCCAUCAACACAUUUGUAAAGGAAUUUUUACUCCCGAAAAAGAGCGCCCCCCCAUGGCAGGAGAAAAGAGUCCAUUUUUUCUUGUCCCCUAAGGUGAAAAAACACAUUGUUGACUGUCACGCCUAUACGCUUUGUCAAAAUGACACAAAAUUUGACACACACGUGUAUCUCAAUAAGAUCUACGAAAAAGUCAAUGGGCACGUAUCUGUAAAAUGUACGGUUAAAGGGCUAUUUCGCAUUUUUUGCCGAUUCGCACACAUUGGAAUGUGGCUAAGUCCUCCUAAGGCUUUCGUCCCACCAACACCAAAUUUGCUCAAGCCGAUCUACAUCCCAUGGCCAUUCAAAGUUGUAGAAAUCAUGACGCUGCUCCCCACGGUUUACGUUCUAGGGGGCGCCAAAGAUGACCCAAAUAUCCACAUUCUUAAAAGAAUCCACAUCCCCCCCCCAAAAGAGCGCCCCCACAUGGCAGGAGAAAAAAGUCCAUUUUUUCUUGUCCCCUAAGGUGAAAAUACACAUUGUUGACUGUCACGCCUGUACGCUUUGUCAUAUUGACACAAAAAUUGACACACACAUGUAUCUCAAUAAGAUCUACGAAAAAGUCAAUGGGCACGUAUCUGUAAAAUGUACGGUUAAAGGGCUAUUUUGCAUUUUUUGCUGAUUCGCACACAUUGGAAUGUGGCUAACUCGUCCUACAGCUUUCGUCCCACUGACACCAAAUUUGCUCAGGCCAAUCUACACCCCAUGGCCAUUCAAAGUUGUAAAAAUCAUGACGCUGCACCCCACGGUUUACGUUCUAGGGGGCGCCAAAGAUGACCCAAAUAUCCAUAUUCUUAAAAGUGUUAUAACUUUUUAUUUUUGUCCUCACUGGCCUCCAAGUUUUCUAGGAUGAUGCAAUGUCCAGCCAUCAACACAUUUGUAAAGGAAUUUUUACUCCCCAAAAGAGCGCCCCCCCAUGGCAGGAGAAAAGAGUCCAUUUUUUCUUGUCCCCUAAGGUGAAAAAACACAUUGUUGACUGUCACGCCUAUACGCUUUGUCAAAAUGACACAAAAUUUGACACACACGUGUAUCUCAAUAAGAUCUACGAAAAAGUCAAUGGGCACGUAUCUGUAAAAUGUACGGUUAAAGGGCUAUUUCGCAUUUUUUGCCGAUUCGCACACAUUGGAAUGUGGCUAAGUCCUCCUAAGGCUUUCGUCCCACCAACACCAAAUUUGCUCAAGCCGAUCUACAUCCCAUGGCCAUUCAAAGUUGUAGAAAUCAUGACGCUGCUCCCCACGGUUUACGUUCUAGGGGGCGCCAAAGAUGACCCAAAUAUCCACAUUCUUAAAAGAAUCCACAUCCCCCCCCCCCCCCAUCCCCCAUCCCCCAUCCCCCAUGGCAGGAGAAACAGUCAAGUUUUUCCUGCCCAUCACUCAAUGGCUCAAUCGCAUCGCUCUCCCGGCAACACCGUAACGAGGAGCAACUUGCUGUUUGGAUAUAUCCUAGCUGUGUUUGUGCCCUCACUCAUGGUCCAGACUUUUUUCAAAUAGGACAUGUAGUUUGUCUGCAGCGAGUGUUUUGGUAGAAACUGCGCCUCCCAUUCAUUUUAAUGGGAAAUGACCACAGACAAGUGCGCACACCAUCUUUGGACCUUGAGUGUGACGCGAUCGGGAGGGGGAGGCGGUCGCGCUGGGGGUGGCGCAACGCGGCUCGGGCCCGACAGUGCCCCACCGGGGCCCUAGUCUUCUUCUUCUUCUUCUUAUUAGGGCCCGAGCGUAGCUGCUAAGCAGCUGCGAGAGCCCUAUUAUUCCUGAUGGAUUCUUCUUUAGGGCCCGAGCGUAGCUGCUAAGCAGCUGCGAGAGCCCUCUUGUUCCUGCAUGUUUCCUUCUUAGGGCCCGAGCCAGCUGCAGAGCAGCCGGGCGUAGGCCCUAUUAUUCCCCAAGAGGUUUUUCUUUGUUUCUUUCUUUAGGGCCCGAGCGUAGCUGCUAAGCAGCUGCGAGAGCCCUCUUGUUCCUGUAGUUUCCUUCUUUUGUUAUUAUUAUUAUUAGGGCCCGAGCGUAGCUGCUAAGCAGCUGCGAGAGCCCUCUUGUUCCUGCAUGUUUCCUUCUUUUUAGGGCCCGAGCCAGCUGCAGAGCAGCCGGGCGUAGGCCCUAUUAUUCCCCAAGUGGUUUUUCUUUGUUUCUUUCUUUCUUUCUUUCUUUCUUAGGGCCCGAGCGUAGCUGCUAAGCAGCUGCGAGAGCCCUCUUGUUCCUGAUGGAUUCUUCUUUUGUUAUUAUUAUUAUUUUUCCUCCGCUUUAAACUGGAAAAUGGCCCACUUCCCACUGGCGAAAACUCAUGAAAUUUGGCAGGACGACCGGGCCUGGUGAAAAAUUCGAUAUUCUGAAGUCGCCCAAACAAGAAAAUGCAAAAUGGCUCAAUAGCGCCCCCAAAGGUGAAAAUUCACACUAUUGACUGUCACGCCUGUACGCUUUGUCAUAUUGACACAAAAAUUGACACACACAUGUAUCUCAAUAAGAUCUACAAAAAAGUCAGUGCGGGCGUAUCUGUCAAAUGUACGGUUAAAGGGUUAUUUCGCAUUUUUUGCCGUUCCGCACACAUUGGAAUUUUGCUAACUCCUCCGAAGGCUUUCGUUCCACCAGCACUACAUUUGCUCAGGCCAAUCUACACCCCAUGGCCAUUGAAAGUUGUACAAAUCAUGACGCUGCACCCCACGGUUUAUGUUCUAGGGGGCGCCAAAGAUAACCCACAAAUCCACAUUCUUAAAAAUCUUAUAACUUUUUAUUUUUGUCCUCAUUGGCCUCCAAGAUGAUGCAAUGUCCAGCCAUCAACACAUUUGUGAAGGAAUUUUUACUCCCCAAAACAGCGCCCCCCCCCAUGGCAGGACAAAAAAGGCCAUUUUUUCUUGUCCCCUAAGGUGAAAAUACACAUUGUUCAGUGUCACGCCUAUACGCUUUGUCAUUUUGACACAAAAUUUGACACACACGUGUAUCUCAAUAAGAUCUACGAAAAAGUCAAUGGGCACAUAUCUGUAAAAUGUACGGUUAAAGGGCUAUCUUGCAUUUUUUGCCGAUUCGCACACAUUGGAAUGUGGCUAACUCCUCCUAAGGCUUUCGUUCUACUGACACCAAAUUUGCUCAGGCCAAUCUACACCCCAUGGCCAUUCAAAGUUGUAAAAAUCAUGACGCUGCACCCCACGGUUUAGGUUCGAGGGGGCGCCAAAGAUGACCCAAAUAUCCACAUUUUUAAAAGUCUUAUAACUUUUUAUUUUUGUCCUCACUGGCCUCCAAGUUUUCUAGGAUGAUGCAAUGUGCAGCCAUCAACACAUCUGUGAAGGAAUUUUUCUCCCCAAAAGAGCGCCCCCCCCCCCAUGGCAGGAGAAAAAGUCAAGUUUUUCCAGCCCAUCGCUUAAUGGCUCAAACGCAUUGCUCUCCCGCUAAAACCAAAAGGAGGAGCAACUUGCCAUUUGGAUAUGUCCUAGCUGUGUUUGUGCCCUCACUCAUGGUCCAGAGUUUUUUCAAAUAGGACAUGUAGUUUGUCUGCAGCGAGCGUUUUGGUAGAAACUGUGCCUCCCAUUCAUUAUAAUGGGAAAUGACCAAAGACAGGUGCGCACACCAUCUUUGGACCUUGACUUUGACGUCACAGUUUAAGAUACAAAUGUUAUUUGACCUCUGACCUUUGGUGGACACCCUAACCUUUCAACCCGCGAAAACGGCGUUUCAAUAGCUCUUACGGCUUUCCUACAAAUACACUUUGUUCAGCUACUCCUACUGUCCUUUAAGCUCUGCUUCUCAGAUCAAAGAGUGUGCACGUGUGUAAUGAGCGCAUACUGAAUGUUAAUUAUGUUAAAUAUGUUAAUUAUUAGAAGAAAAAACAACAACAGUCCUUUUGGACAAAAUUUCUUUUUAUUACAGAAUUAGAAUAAUGGAAGCAUAGUCCAAGGAAACCAUUCAAGUGAUGUCAUACCUCAUAAUUUAUUGAGAUGUUGGCUAGUCUGGGCAUUUCUUCAUUCAUCAGGUUUCCUGCAUGCAUACUAACAGAGCACAUCAGUAGCAGUGAGUGAUAAGUAUGAGUGUGUCAUUGUGUAAGAAAGAAAGUGGUUUACUUACACAUCCAUAGAAAAUAGGUGGUUGAGCACAGCACGCAAACAAAGCUUUGCCACAACGGUUGAACUUCCCAAGUAGCUGACACCAUGGUCACACAAUCAUGGUGAGCAAAGGUCAAACCAGGCCAGGCACUCACGAGGCUGGCUGUGGCAAGUGUAAGUGAAAGCAACACGCAAUGGCAGGAAGAACAGCAAACACCGAUGAAGGAAAAGGGUCUUUGCAGUGAUGGGCGUCACCAGAGAGGGCGAUGGCCAGAGGGCACUAAUGGGACGGGGAGGCGGUCGCGCUGGGGGCGGCGCGACGCGGCUCGGGCCCGCCAGUGCCCCAACGGGGCCCUAGUUUCUUCUUUUUCCUCCCCUUUGAACUGGAAAAUGGCCCACUUCCUACUGGCGAAAACUCAUGAAAUUUGGCAGGACGACCGGGCCUGGUGAAAAAUUCGAUAUUCUGAAGUCGCCCAAACAAUAAAAUGCAAAAUGGCUCCAUAGCGCCCCCUAAGGUGGAAAUUCACACUAUUGACUGUCACGCCUGUACGCUUUGUCAUAUUGACACAAAAAUUGACACACAUAUGUAUCUCAAUAAGAUCUACAAAAAAGUCAGUGCGGCCGUAUCUGUCAAAAUUACGGUUAAAGGGUUAUUUCGCAUUUUUUGCCGAUCCGCACACAUUGGAAUUUCGCUAACUCCUCCGAAGGCUUUCGUUCCACCGGCACCACAUUUGCUCAGGCCAAUCUACACCCCGUGGCCAUUAAAAGUUAUCAAAAUCAUGACGCUGCACCCCACGGUUUAGGUUCUAGGGGGCGCCAAAGAUAACACUAAAAUCCACAUAUUUAAAAGUCUUAUAACUUUUUAUUUUUGUCCUCACUGGCCUCCAAGUUUUCUAGGAUGAUGCAAUGUCCAGCCAUCAACACAUUUGUGAAGGAAUUUUUACUCCCCAAAAGAGCGCCCCCCCAUGGCAGGAGAAAAAAGUCCAUUUUUCUUGUCCCCUAAGGUGAAAAUACACAUUGUUGAGUGUCACGCCUAUACGCUUUGUCAAAAUGACACAAAAAUUGACACACACAUGUAACUCAAUAAGAUCUACAAAAAAGUCCAUGCGCGCGUAUCUGUCAAAUGUACAGUUAAAGGGUUAUUCCGCAUUUUUUGCCGAUACGCACACAUUGGAAUUUCGCUAACUCCUCCGAAGGCUUUCGUUCCACCGGCACCACAUUUGCUCAGGCCAAUCUACACCCCAUGGCCAUUAAAAGUUAUUCAAAUCAUGAUGCUGCACCCCAUGGUUUAGGUUCUAGGGGGCGCCAAAAAUAACCCAAAAAUCCACAUUCUUAAAUGUUUUAUAACUUUUUAUUUUUGUCCUCACUGGCCUCCAAGUUUUCUAGGAUGAUGCAAUGUCCAGCCAUCAACACAUUUGUGAAGGAAUUUUUACUCCCCAAAAGAGCGCCCCCCAUGGUAGGAGAAAAAAGUCAAUUUUUUCUUGUCCCCUUACAUAAAAAUACACAUUGUUGAGUGUCACGCCUGAACGCUUUGUCAUAUUGACACAAAAAUUGACAAUCAUGUGUAUCUCAAUUAGUUCUACGAAAAAGUCAAAGAGCGCGUAUCUGUAUAAUGUACGGUUAAAGGGCUAUUUUGCAUUUUUUGCCGAUUCGCACACAUUGGAAUGUGGCUAUCUCCUCCUAAGGCUUUCGUCCCACCGAUACCAAAUUUGCUCAGGGCAAUCUACACCCCAUGCCCAUUCAAAGUUGUAAAAAUCAUGACGCUGCACCCCACGGUUUACGUUCUAGGGGGCGCCAAAGAUGACCCAAAAAUCCACAUUCUUAAAAGUCAUUUUGGCCACUGCAGGAGUACAGAGUACUGCAGUUCUAGGGGGCGCCAAAGAUGACCCAAAAAUCCACAUUCUUAAAAGUCUUUUUGGCCACUGCAGGAGUACAGAGUACUGCAGGAUACACACACAUAUACACACACGCCAACAUACACACACACACACACACACACACACACACACACACACACACACACAGACACACACACACACUCAGAGUCUGUUUUUUAGCACCUGCAAAAACAUGCUGUUUACAUAUUUGACAAGAAUGCAGAGGCUUCCUUUUGCCCCUGAAAAAAAUCAAAUUUCAAACACAACUUGACUGUUCAUUUCUCCAAAAGACAACCAUGAAGCUCCAUUUCAAACCUGAAGCAGAUAGUUGGUGCAUGUGUACAGUAACCUGAGGGGAGUGAGGUGACUAUUUCUGAGGAGAACAUGAGCAGUGAAGAUUCACCUUGGAGCUAGAACAGGGACGUGCACAUGAUUAUACAGGGGCAGGGGCUCAAGUUUUUUCCAGUCAUUUAUACAAUAUGGAAAAAUUAAACAGCUGCGAGAGCCCUCUUGUUCCUGAUGGAUUCUUCUUUUGUUAUUAUUAUUAUUAGGGCCCGAGCCAGCUGCAGAGCAGCCGGGCGUAGGCCCUAUUAUUCCCCAAGUGGUUUUUUAGGGCCCGAGCCAGCUGCAGAGCAGCCGGGCGUAGAGCCCUAUUAUUCCUGUAUAGGUUUUUCUUUCUUCUUUCUUUCUUUCUUUCUUUCUUUCUUUCUUCUUAUUUUUCCUCCCCUUUGAAGGGGAAAAUGGCCCACUUCCCACUGGCGAAAACUCAUGAAAUUUGGCAGGACGAAUGGGCCUGGUGAAAAAUUCGAUAUUCUGAAGUCGCCCAAACAAUAAAAUGCAAAAUGGCUCCAUAGCGCCCCCUAAGGUGAAAAUUCACACUAUUGACUGUCACGCCUUUACGCUUUGUCAUAUUGACACAAAAAUUGACACACACAUGUAUCUCAAUAAGAUCUACAAAAAAGUCAGUGCGGGCGUAUCUGUCAAAUGUACGGUUAAAGGGCUAUUUCGCAUUUUUUGCCGAUCCGCACACAUUGGAAUUUCGCUAACUCCUCCGAAGGCUUUCGUUCCAAAGGCACCACAUUUGCUCAGGCCAAUCUACACCCCAUGGCCAUUAAAAGUUGUACAAAUCAUGACGCUGCACCCCACGGUUUACGUUCUAGGGGGCGCCAAAGAUAACCCAAAAAUCCACAGUCUUAAAAGUCUUAUAACUUUUUAUUUUUGUCCUCACUGGCCUCCAAGUUUUCUAGGAUGAUGCAAUGUCCAGCCAUCAACACAUUUGUGAAGGAAUUUUUACUCGCCAAAAGAGCGCCCCCCCAUGGCAGGAGAAAAAAGUCCAUUUUUUCUUGUCUCCUAAGGCGAAAAUACACAUUGUUGACUGUCACGCCUUUACGCUUUGUCAAAAUGACACAAAAUUUGACACACACAUGUAUCUCAAUAAGAUCUACGAAAAAGUCAUUGCGAGCGUAUCUGUUCAAUGUACGGUUAAAGGGCUAUUUCGCAUUUUUUGCCGAUUUUCACACAGUGGAAUGUGGCUAACUCCUCCUAAAGCUUUUGUCCCAUCGGCUUCAAAUUUGCUCAGGUCAAUCUACCCCCCAUGGCCAUUCAAAGUUGUGCAAAUCAUGACGCUGCACCCCACGGUUUACGUUCUAGGGGGCGCCAAAGAGGACCCAAAUAUCCACAUUUUUAAAAGUCUUAUAACUUUUUAUUUUUGUCCUCACUGGCCUCCAAGUUUUCUAGGAUGAUGCAAUGUCCAGCCAUCAACACAUUUGUGAAGGAAUUUUUCUCCCCAAAAGAGCGCCCCCCCAUGGCAGGAGAAAAAGUCAAGUUUUUCCUGCCCAUCGCUCAAUGGCUCAAACGCAUCGCUCUCUCGGCAAAACCGAAAGGAGGAGCAACUUGCCAUUUGGAUAUAUACUAGUUGUGUUUAUGCCCUCACUCAUGGUCCAGACUUUUUUCAAAAAGGACAUGGAGUUUGUCUGCAGCGAGCAUUUUGGUAGAAACUGCGCCUCCCAUUCAUUAUAAUGGUAAAUGACCACAGACAAGUGCGCACACCAUCUUUGGACCUUGAGUGUGACGCGAUCGGGAGGGGUAGGCGGUCGCGCUGGGGGCGGCGCAACACGGCUCGGGCCCGCCAGUGCCCCAACGGGGCCCUAGUUAGGGCCCGAGCGUAGCUGCUAAGCAGCUGCGAGAGCCCUAUUAUUCCCCAAGUGGUUUUUCUUUGUUUCUUUCUUUCUUUCUUUAGGGCCCGAGCGUAGCUGCUAAGCAGCUGCGAGAGCCCUAUUAUUCCCCAAGGGGUUUUUCUUUGUUUCUUUCUUUCUUCUUUUUCCUCCCCUUUGAACUGGAAAAUGGCCCACUUCCCACUGGCGAAAACUCAUGAAAUUUGGCAGGAUGACCGGGCCUGGUGAAAAAUUUGAUAUUCCGAAGUCGCCCAAACAAGAAAAUGCAAAAUGGCUCCAUAGCGCCCCCUAAGGUGAAAAUUCACACUAUUGACUGUCACGCCUUUACGCUUUGUCAUAUUGACACAAAAAUUGACACACACAUGUAUCUCAAUAAGAUCUACAAAAAAGUCAGUGCGGGCGUAUCUGUCAAAUGUACGGUUAAAGGGUUAUUGCGCAUUUUUUGCCGACCCGCACACAUUGGAAUUUCGCUAACUCCUCCGAAGGCUUUCGUUCCACCGGCACCACAUUUGCUCAGGCCAAUCUACACCCCAUGGCCAUUAAAAGUUAUUCAAAUCAUGAUGCUGCACCCCACGGUUUAGGUUCUAGGGGGCGCCAAAGAUAACCCUAAAAUCCACAUAUUUAAAAGUCUUAUAACUUUUUAUUUUUGACCUCACUGGCCUCCAAGUUUUCUAGGAUGAUGCAAUGUCCAGCCAUCAACACAUUUGUGAAGGAAUUUUUAAUCCCCAAAAGAGCGCCCCCCCAUGGCAGGAGAAAAAAGUCCAUUUUUUCUUGUCCCCUAAGGUGAAAAUACACAUUGUUGAGUGUCACGCCUGUACGCUUUGUCAUAUUGACACAAAAUUUGACACACACAUGUAUCUCAAUAAGAUCUACGAAAAAGGCAAAGCGCGCGUAUCUGUCAAAUGUACGGUUAAAGGGUUAUUCCGCAUUUUUUGCUGAUCCGCACACAUUGGAAUUUCGCUAACUCCUCCUAAGGCUGGCGUUCCACCGGCACCACAUUUGCUCAGGCCAAUCUACACCCCAUGGCCAUUAAAAGUUAUUCAAAUCAUGACGCUGCACCCCACGGUUUAGGUUCUAGGGGGCGCCAAAGAUAACCCUAAAAUCCACAUAUUUAAAAGUCUUAUAACUUUUUAUUUUUGUCCUCACUGGCCUCCAAGUUUUCUAGGAUGAUGCAAUGUCCAGCCAUCAACACAUUUGUGAAGGAAUUUUUACUCCCCAAAAGAGCGCCCCCCCAUGGCAGGAGAAAAAAGUCCAUUUUUUCUUGUCCCAUAAGGUGAAAAAACACAUUGUUGACUGUCAUACCUGUACGCUUUGUCAUAUUGACACAAAAUUUGACAAUCACAUGUAUCUCAAUAAGAUCUACGAAAAAGUCAAUGCGCGCGUAUCUGUAAAAUGUACGGUUAAAGGGCUAUUUUGCAUUUUUUGCCGAUUCGCACACAUUGGAAUGUGGCUAACUCCUCCUAAGGCUUUCGUCCCACUGACACCAAAUUUGCUCAGGCCAAUCUACACCCCAUGGCCAUUCAAAGUUGUAAAAAUCAUGACGCUGCACCCCCCGGUUUACGUUCUAGGGGGCGCCAAAGAUGACCCAAAUAUCCACAUUCUUAAAAGAAUCCACCCCCCCCCCCCCAUCCCCCAACCCCCAUGGCAGGAGAAACAGUCAAGUUUUUCCUGCCCAUCACUCAAUGGCUCAAUCGCAUCACUCUCCCGGCAACACCGUAACAAGGAGCAACUUGCCGUUUGGAUAUAUCCUAGCUGUGUUUGUGCCCUCACUCAUGGUCCAGACUUUUUUCAAAUAGGACAUGUAGUAUGUCUGCAGCGAGUGUUUUGGUAGAAACUGCGCCUCCCAUUCAUUAUAAUGGGAAAUGACCACAGACAAGUGCGCACACCAUCUUUGGACCUUGAGUGUGACGCGAUCGGGAGGGGGAGGCGGUCGCGCUGGGGGCGGCGCAACGCGGCUCGGGCCCGACAGUGCCCCACCGGGGCCCUAGUCUUUGUUUCUUUCUUUCUUUAGGGCCCGAGCGUAGCUGCUAAGCAGCUGCGAGAGCCCUCUUGUUCCUGUAGUUUCCUUCUUUUGUUAUUAUUAUUUUUCCUCCCCUUUGAACUGGAAAAUGGCCCACUUCCCACUGGCGAAAACUCAUGAAAUUUGGCAGGACGACCGGGCCUGGUGAAAAAUUUGAUAUUCCGAAGUCGCCCAAACAAGAAAAUGCAAAAUGGCUCCAUAGCGCCCCCUAAGGUGAAAAUUCACACUAUUGACUGUCACGCCUGUACGCUUUGUCAAAAUGACACAAAAAUUGACACACACAUGUAUCUCAAUAAGAUCUACAAAAAAGUCAGUGCGGGCGUAUCUGUCAAAUGUACGGUUAAAGGGUUAUUUCGCAUUUUUUGCCGAUCCGCACACAUUGGAAUUUCGCUAACUCCUCCGAAGGCUUUCGUUCCACCGGCACCACAUUUGCUCAGGCCAAUCUACACCCCAUGGCCAUUAAAAGUUAUUCAAAUCAUGACGCUGCACCCCACGGUUUAGGUUCUAGGGGGCGCCAAAGAUAACCCUAAGAUCCACAUAUUUAAAAGUCUUAUAACUUUUUAUUUUUGCCCUCACUGGCCUCCAAGUUUUCUAGGAUGAUGCAAUGUCCAGCCAUCAACACAUUUGUGAAGGAAUUUUUACUCCCCAAAAGAGCGCCCCCCCAUGGCAGGAGAAAAAAGUCCAUUUUUUCUUGUCCCCUAAGGUGAAAAUACACAUUGUUGAGUGUAACACCUGUACGCUUUGGCAAAAUGACACAAAAAUUGACACACACAUGUAUCUCAAUAAGAUCUACGAAAAAGUCAAUGCGCGCGUAUCUGUCAAAUGUACGGUUAAAGGGUUAUUCCGCAUUUUUUGCCGAUCCGCACACAUUGGAAUUUCGCUAACUCCUCCGAAGGCUUUCAUUCCACCGGUACCACAUUUGCUCAGGCCAAUCUACACCCCAUGGCCAUUAAAAGUUAUUCAAAUCAUGACGCUGCAUCCCACGGUUUAGGUUCUAGGGGGCGCCAAAGAUAACCCUAAAAUCCACAUAUUUAAAAGUCUUAUAACUUUUUAUUUUUGUCCUCACUGGCCUCCAAGUUUUCUAGGAUGAUGCAAUGUCCAGCCAUCAACACAUUUGUGAAGGAAUUUUUACUCCCCAAAAGAGCGCCCCCCCAUGGCAGGAAAAAAAAGCCAAUUUUUUCUUGUCCCCUAAGGUGGAAAUUCACACUAUUGACUGUCACGCCUGUACGCUUCAUCAUAUUGACACAAAAAUUGACACACAUAUGUAUCUCAAUAAGAUCUACAAAAGAGUCUAUUAGCGCGUAUCUGUCAAAUGUACGGUUAAAGGGCUAUUUUGCAUUUUUUGCUGAUUCGCACACAUUGGAAUGUGGCUAACUCCUCCUAAGGCUUUCGUCCCACUGACACCAAAUUUGCUCAGGCCAAUCUACACCCCAUGGCCAUUCAAAGUUGUAAAAAUCAUGACGCUGCACCCCACGGUUUACGUUCUAGGGGGCGCCAAAGAUGACCCAAAAAUCCACAUUCUUCAAAGAAUCCACAUCCCCCCCCCCCCCCAUAUGGCAGGAGAAAAAGUCAAGUUUUUCCUGCCCAUCGCUCAAUGGCUCAAUCGCAUCGCUCUCCAGGCAACACCGUAAGGAGGAGCAACCUGCCAUUUCGAUAUAUCAUAGCUGUGUUUGUGCCCUCACUCAUGGUCCAGACUUUUUUCAAAUAGGACAUGAAGUUUGUCUGCAGCGAGUGUUUUGGUAGAAACUGCGCCUCCCAUUCAUUAUAAUAGGAAAUGACCACAGACAAGUGCGCACACCAUCUUUGGAUCUUGAGUGUGACGCGAUCGGGAGGGGGAGGCGGUCGCACUGGGGGCGGCGCGACACGGCUCGGGCCCGACAGUGCCCCAACGGGGUCCUAGUUAGGGCCCGAGCGUAGCUGCUAAGCAGCUGCGAGAGCCCUCUUGUUCCUGAUGGAUUCUUCUUUCGUUAUUUUUCCUCCGCUUUAAACUGGAAAAUGGCCCACUUCCCACUGGCGAAAACUCAGGAAAUUUGGCAGGACGACCGGGUCUGGUGAAAAAUUUGAUAUUCUGAAGUCGCCCAAACAAAAAAAUGAAAAAUGGCUCCAUAGCGCCCCCUAUGGUGAAAACUCACCUGACGCCUGUACGCUUUGUCAAAAUGACACAAAAUUUGACACACAUGUGUAUCUCAAUAAGAUCUACAAAAAAGUCAGUGCGGGCGUAUCUGUCAAAUGUACGGUUAAAGGGCUAUUUCGCAUUUUUUGCCGAUCCGCACACAUUGGAAUUUCGCUAACUCCUCCGAAGGCUUUCGUUCCACCGGCACCAAAUUUGCUCAGGCCAAUCUACACCCCAUGGCCAUUAAAAGUUGUACAAAUCAUGAUGCUGCACCCCACGGUUUACGUUCUAGGGGGCGCCAAAAAUAACCCAAAAAUCCACAUUCUUAAAAGUCUUAUUACUUUUUAUUUUUGUCCUCACUGGCCUCCAAGUUUUCUAGGAUGAUGCCAUCUCCAGCCAUCAACACAUUUGUGAAGGAGUUUUUACUCCCCAAAAGAGCGCCCCCCCAUGGCAGGAGAAAAAAGUCAAGUUUUUCUUGUCCCCUAACGUGAAAAUACACAUUGUUGAGUGUCACGCCUAAACGCUUUGUCAUAUUGACACAAAAUUUGACAAUCACGUGUAUCUCAAUAAGAUCUACGAAAAAGUCAAAGAGCGCGUAUCUGUAUAAUGUACGGUUAAAGGGCUAUUUUGCAUUUUUUGCCGAUCCGCACACAUUGGAAUUUCGCUAACUCCUCCGAAGGCUUUCGUUCCACCGGCACCAAAUUUGCUCAGGCCAAUCUACACCCCAUGGCUAUUAAAAGUUGUACAAAUCAUAACGCUGCACCCCACGGUUUAGGUUCUAGGGGGCGCCAAAGAUAACCCUAAAAUCCACAUAUUUAAAAGUCUUAUAACUUUUUAUUUUUCUCCUCACUGGCCUCCAAGUUUUCUAGGAUGAUGCAAUGUCCAGCCAUCAACACAUUUGUGAAGGAAUUUUUACUCGCCAAAAGAGCGCCCCCCCAUGGCAGGAGAAAAAAGUCCAUUUUUUCUAGUCCCCUAAGGCGAAAAUACACAUUGUUGAAUGUCACGCCUGUACGCUUCGUCAUAUUGACACAAAAUUUGACAAUCACGUGUAUCUCAAUAAGAUCUACGAAAGAGUCAAUGCGCGCGUAUCAGUAAAAUGUACGGUUAAAGGGCUAUUUCGCAUUUUUUGCCGUUUCGCACACAUUGGAAUGUGGCUAACUCCUCCUAAGGCUUUCGUCCCACUGACACCAAAUUUGCUCAGGCCAAUCUACACUCCAUGGCCAUUCAAAGUUGUAAAAAUCAUGACGCUGCACCCCACGGUCUAUGUUCUAGGGGGCGCCAAAGAGGACCCAAAUAUCCACAUUUUUAAAAGUCUUAUAACUUUUUAUUUUUGUCCUCACUGGCCUCCAAGUUUUAUAGGAUGAUGCAAUGUCCAGCCAUCAACACAUUUGUGAAGGAAUGUUUACUCCCCAAAAGAGCGCCCCCCCAUGGCAGGAGAAAAAAGUCCAUUUUUUCUUGUCCCCUAAGGUGAAAAUACACAUUGUUGAGUGUCAUGCCUGUACGCUUUGUCAAAAUGACACAAAAUUCAACACACACGUGUAUCUCAAUAAGAUCUACGAAAAAGUAAAUGCAGGCGUAUCUGUCAAAUGUACGGUUAAAGGGCUAUUUCGCAUUUUUUGCCGAUUCGCACACAUUGGAAUGUAGCUAACUCCUCCGAAGGCUUUCGCUCCACCGGCACCAAAUUUGCUCAGGCCAAUCUACACCCCAUGGCCAUUCAAAGUUGUAAAAAUCAUGACGCUGCACCCCACGGUUUAAGUUCUAGGGGGCGCCAAAGAUGACCCAAAUAUCCAUAUUCUUAAAAGUGUUAUAACAUUUUAUUUUUGUCCUCACUGGCCUCCAUGUUUUCUAGGAUGAUGCAAUGUCCAGCCAUCAACACAUUUGUGAAGGAGUUUUUUCUCGUUAAAAGAGCGCCCCCCCAUGGCAGGAGAAUAAAGUCAAGUUUUUCCUGUUCAUCGUUCAAUGGCUCAAACGCAUCGCUCUCUCGGCAAAAGCGAAAGGAGGAGCAACUUGCCAUUUGGAUAUAUCUUAGCUGUGUUUGUGCCCUCACUCAUGGUCCAGACUUUUUUCAAAUAGGACAUGGAGUUUUUCUGCUGCGAGCGUUUUGGUAGAAACUGCGCCUCCCAUUCAUUAUAAUGGUAAAUGACCACAGACAAGUGCGCACACCAUCUUUGGACCUUGAGUGUGACGCGAUUGGGUGGGGGAGGCGGUCGCGCUGGGGGCGGCGCGACACGGCUCGGGCCCGCCAGUGCCCCACCGGGGCCCUAGUUAUUAGGGCCCGAGCGUAGCUGCUAAGCAGCUGCGAGAGCCCUCUUGUUCCUGCAUGUUUCCUUCUUUCGUUAUUAUUUUUCCUCCGCUUUAAACUGGAAAAUGGCCCACUUCCCACCGGCGAAAACUCAGGAAAUUUGGCAGGACGACCGGGCCUGGUGAAAAAUUCGAUAUUCUGAAGUCGCCCAAACAAUAAAAUGCAAAAUGGCUCCAUAGCGCCCCCUAAGGUGAAAAUUCACAUGACGGCUGUACGCUUUGUCAUAUUGACACAAAAAUUGACACACACAUGUAUCUCAAUAAGAUCUACAAAAAAGUCAGUGCGGGCGUAUCUGUCAAAUGUACGGUUAAUGGGUUAUUUUGCAUUUUUUGCAGAUCUGCACACAUUGGAAUUUCGCUAACUCCUCCGAAGGCUUUCGUUCGACCGGCACCACAUUUGCUCAGGCCAAUCUACACCCCAUGGCCAUUAAAAGUUGUACAAAUCAUGACGCUGCACCCCACGGUUUACGUUCUAGGGGGCGCCAAAGAUAACCCAAAAUCCACAUUCUUAAAAGUCUUAUAACUUUUUAUUUUUGUCCUCACUGCCCUCCAAGUUUUCUAGGAUGAUGCAAUGUCCAGCCAUCAACACAUUUGUGAAGGAAUUUUUACUCCCCAAAAGAGCGCCCCCCCAUGGCAGGAGAAAAAAGUCAAGUUUUUCUUGUCCCCUAACGUGAAAAUACACAUUGUUGAGUGUCACGCCUAAACGCUUUGUCAUAUUGACACAAAAAUUGACAAUCACGUGUAUCUCAAUAAGAUCUACGAAAAAGUCAAAGAGCGCGUAUCUGUAUAAUGUACGGUUAAAGGGCUAUUUUGCAUUUUUUGCCGAUCCGCACACAUUGGAAUUUCGCUAACUCCUCCGAAGGCUUUCGUUCCACCGGCACCAAAUUUGCUCAGGCCAAUCUACACCCCAUGGCUAUUAAAAGUUGUACAAAUCAUAACGCUGCACCCCACGGUUUAGGUUCUAGGGGGCGCCAAAGAUAACCCUAAAAUCCACAUAUUUAAAAGUCUUAUAACUUUUUAUUUUUCUCCUCACUGGCCUCCAAGUUUUCUAGGAUGAUGCAAUGUCCAGCCAUCAACACAUUUGUGAAGGAAUUUUUACUCGCCAAAAGAGCGCCCCCCAUGGCAGGAGAAAAAAGUCCAUUUUUUCUAGUCCCCUAAGGCGAAAAUACACAUUGUUGAAUGUCACGCCUGUACGCUUCGUCAUAUUGACACAAAAUUUGACAAUCACGUGUAUCUCAAUAAGAUCUACGAAAGAGUCAAUGCGCGCGUAUCAGUAAAAUGUACGGUUAAAGGGCUAUUUCGCAUUUUUUGCCGUUUCGCACACAUUGGAAUGUGGCUAACUCCUCCUAAGGCUUUCGUCCCACUGACACCAAAUUUGCUCAGGCCAAUCUACACUCCAUGGCCAUUCAAAGUUGUAAAAAUCAUGACGCUGCACCCCACGGUCUAUGUUCUAGGGGGCGCCAAAGAGGACCCAAAUAUCCACAUUUUUAAAAGUCUUAUAACUUUUUAUUUUUGUCCUCACUGGCCUCCAAGUUUUAUAGGAUGAUGCAAUGUCCAGCCAUCAACACAUUUGUGAAGGAAUGUUUACUCCCCAAAAGAGCGCCCCCCCAUGGCAGGAGAAAAAAGUCCAUUUUUUCUUGUCCCCUAAGGUGAAAAUACACAUUGUUGAGUGUCACGCCUGUACGCUUUGUCAAAAUGACACAAAAUUCACACACACGUGUAUCUCAAUAAGAUCUACGAAAAAGUCAAUGCAGGCGUAUCUGUCAAAUGUACGGUUAAAGGGCUAUUUCGCAUUUUUUGCCGAUUCGCACACAUUGGAAUGUGGCUAACUCCUCCGAAGGCUUUCGCUCCACCGGCACCAAAUUUGCUCAGGCCAAUCUACACCCCAUGGCCAUUCAAAGUUGUAAAAAUCAUGACGCUGCACCCCACGGUUUACGUUCUAGGGGGCGCCAAAGAUGACCCAAAUAUCCACAUUUUAAAAGUCUUAUAACUUUUUAUUUUUGUCCUCACUGGCCUCCAAGUUUUCUAGGAUGAUGCAAUGUCCAGCCAUCAACACAUUUGUGAAGGAAUUUUUCUCGUUAAAAGAGCGCCCCCCCAUGGCAGGAGAAUAAAGUCAAGUUUUUCCUGUUCAUCGUUCAAUGGCUCAAACGCAUCGCUCUCUCGGCAAAAGCGAAAGGAGGAGCAACUUGCCAUUUGGAUAUAUCUUAGCUGUGUUUGUGCCCUCACUCAUGGUCCAGACUUUUUUCAAAUAGGACAUGGAGUUUUUCUGCUGCGAGCGUUUUGGUAGAAACUGCGCCUCCCAUUCAUUAUAAUGGUAAAUGACCACAGACAAGUGCGCACACCAUCUUUGGACCUUGAGUGUGACGCGAUUGGGUGGGGGAGGCGGUCGCGCUGGGGGCGGCGCGACACGGCUCGGGCCCGCCAGUGCCCCACCGGGGCCCUAGUUAGGGCCCGAGCGUAGCUGCUAAGCAGCUGCGAGAGCCCUCUUGUUCCUGAUGGAUUCUUCUUUUGUUAUUAUUAUUAUUUUUCCUCCGCUUUAAACUGGAAAAUGGCCCACUUCCCACUGGUGAAAACUCAUGAAAUUUGGCAGGACGACCGGGCCUGGUGAAAAAUUCGAUAUUCUGAAGUCGCCCAAACAAGAAAAUGCAAAAUGGCUCAAUAGCGCCCCCAAAGGUGAAAAUUCACACUAUUGACUGUCACGCCUGUACGCUUUGUCAUAUUGACACAAAAAUUGACACACACAUGUAUCUCAAUAAGAUCUACAAAAAAGUCAGUGCGGGCGUAUCUGUCAAAUGUACGAUUAAAGGGUUAUUUCGCAUUUUUUGCCGUUCCGCACACAUUGGAAUUUCGCUAACUCCUCCGAAGGCUUUCGUUCCACCAGCACUACAUUUGCUCAGGCCAAUCUACACCCCAUGGCCAUUGAAAGUUGUACAAAUCAUGACGCUGCACCCCACGGUUUAGGUUCUAGGGGGCGCCAAAGAUAACCCACAAAUCCACAUUCUUAAAAAUCUUAUAACUUUUUAUUUUUGUCCUCAUUGGCCUCCAAGUUUUCUAGGAUGAUGCAAUGUCCAGCCAUCAACACAUUUGUGAAGGAAUUUUUACUCCCCAAAAGAGCGCCACCCCAUGGCAGGAGAAAAAAGUCCAUUUUUUCUUGUCCCCUAAGGUGAAAAUACACAUUGUUGAGUGUCACGCCUGUACGCUUUGUCAAAAUGACACAAAAAUUGACACACACAUGUAUCUCAAUAAGAUGUACGAAAAAGUCAAUGCGCGCGUAUCUGUAAAAUGUACGGUUAAAGGGCUAUUUUGCAUUUUUUGCCGAUUCGCACACAUUGGAAUGUGGCUAACUCCUCCUAAGGCUUUCGUCCCACUGACACCAAAUUUGCUCAGGCCAAUCUACACCCCAUGGCCAUUCAAAGUUGUAAAAAUCAUGACGCUGCACCCCACGGUUUACGUUCAAGGGGGCGCCAAAGAUGACCCAAAUAUCCACAUUCUUAAAAGAAUCCACAUCCCCCCCCCCCCCUCCCCCAUCCCACAUCCCCCAUGGCAGGAGAAAAAGUCAAGUUUUUCCUUCCCAUCACUCAAUGGCUCAAUCGCAUCGCUCUCCCGGCAACACCGUAACGAGGAGCAACUUGCCGUUUGGAUAUAUCCUAGCUGUGUUUGUGCCCUCACUCAUGGUCCAGACUUUUUUCAAAUAGGACAUGUAGUUUGUCUGCAGCGAGUGUUUUGGUAGAAACUGCGCCUCCCAUUCACUAUAAUGGGAAAUGACCACAGACAAGUGCGCACACCAUCUUUGGACCUUGAGUGUGACGCGAUCGGGAGGGGGAGGCGGUCGCGCUGGGGGCGGCGCAACGCGGCUCGGGCCCGACAGUGCCCCACCGGGGCCCUAGUUUUUCUUUUUCCUCCCCUUUGAACUGGAAAAUGGCCCACUUCCCACUGGCGAAAACUCAUGAAAUUUGGCAGGACGACCGGGCCUGGUGAAAAAUUCGAUAUUCUGAAGUCGCCCAAAAAAUCAAAUGCAAAAUGGCUCCAUAGCGCCCCCUAAGGUGAAAAAUUCACAUGAUUGAGUGUCACGCCUGUACGCUUUGUCAAAAUGACACAAAAUUUGACACACACGUGUAUCUCAAUAAGAUCUACAAAAAAGUCAGUGCGGGCGUAUCUGUCAAAUGUACGGUUAAAGGGCUAUUUCGCAUUUUUUGCCGAUCCGCACACAUUGGAAUGUCGCUAACUUCUCCGAAGGCUUUCGUUCCACCGGCACCACAUUUGCUCAGGCCAAUCUACACCCCAUGGCCAUUAAAAGUUGUACAAAUCAUGACGCUGCAUCCCACGGUUUACGUUUUAGGGGGCGCCAAAGAUAACCCAGAAAUCCACAUUCUUAAAAGUCGUAUAACUUUUUAUUUUUGUCCUCACUGGCCUCCAAGUUUUCUAGGAUGAUGCAAUGUCUAGCCAUCAACACAUUUGUGAAGGAAUUUUUACUCCCCAAAAGAGCGCCCCCCCAUGGCAGGAGAAAAAAGUCCAGUUUUUCUUCCCCCCUAAGGUGAAAAUUCACAUUAUUGAGUGUCACGCCUGUACGCUUUGUCAUAUUGAAACAAACUUUAACAAUCACGUGUUUCUCAAUAAGAUCUGCGAAAUAGUCAAUGGGCGCGUAUCUGUAAAAUAUACGGUUAAAGGGCUAUUUCGCAUUUUUUGCCGAUUCGCACACAUUGGAAUGUGGCUAACUCCUCCUAAAGCUUUCGUUCCACUGACACCAAAUUUACUCAGGCCAAUCUACACCCCAUGGCCAUUCAAAGUUGUAAAAAUCAUGACGCUGCACCCCACGGUUUAUGUUCUAGGGGGCGCCAAAGAUAACCCAAAAAUCCACAUUCUUAAAUGUCUUAUAACUUUUUAUUUUUGUCCUCACUGGCCUCCAAGUUUUCUAGGAUGAUGCAAUGUCUAGCCAUCAACACAUUUGUGAAGGAAUUUUUACUCCCUAAAAGAGCGCCCCCCCAUGGCAGGAGAAAAAGUCAAGUUUUUCCUGCCCAUCGCUCAAUGACUCAAACACAUCGCUCUCUCGGCAAAACCGAAAGGAGGAGCAACUUGCCAUUUGGAUAUAUCCUAGCUGUGUUUGUGCCCUCACUCAUGGUCCAGUCCUUUUCAAAUAGGACAUGUAGUUUGUCUGCGGCGAGCGUUUUGGUAGAAACUGCGCCUCCCAUUCAUUAUAAUUGUAAAUGACCACAGACAAGUGCGCACACCAUCUUUGGACCUUGAGUGUGACGCGAUCGGUAGGGAGAGGCGGUCGUGUUGGGGGCGGCGCGACACAGCUCGGGCCCGCCAGUGCCCCAACGGGGCCCUAGUUUUUGGCUUGUUUCUGGAGGUCUGUUUCCUUAUUUCUCUCAUGAAACUGUCUCAAACUCUAGCCUCCCUCAUAACGACAACACCGGGAGGACUGAACAUAAAUCGCUCGCUGGUAUUGCCCGCCUGUUUCCACGUGUUGCCUCAUGUCUCUCUCUUUUGUUUUGUUUUGGAACAGUGAAUUAGAGGAUCAGUUUAAUGUUUAAUUGUAUUUGAGUCUUCUUUAUCUUUGUGCACAUUGUCUAAGUUUCCAAUUCUUGAAGUUUAUCUGAUUAUUUUUUGAUUGACAUGUAAAAUAGUUUGGUUAAAGCUGCACUAUGUAACUUUACACAAACAAGAACCCUUGUUUAAAAAUAAAUACAGAUAGUGAAAAAUGCUCAUGAUUGAUGUAAAUCUCUACAUUUAACAAAUGGUUUAUGACUUUCAUAUGACUUGUUUUUGACUUGAAAGAAACGGUAAGGACUUGGUUGGGACUCGAAGCAAAAAGUUCAGGACUUGGACUUGACUUGGACUUGAGAGCAGAGACUUGAGACUCAACUUGGACUUGCAACAUAGGGACUUUCCCCCACCUCUGCCUUUCAGUUAUGCACCGUACCAUAAAACAUUUCAAACAAAAGCUUUUAAAAGGCUCCUUAUUUUCACAGUUCAGUCUUUGCAAACUUCACCCUCAUUGUACUCAAAAUGCACCAGCUUGUUUUGCACACCUCCCUCACUGUAUGUAAGAGAAGACUGGAUAACUUAUUUGCCUUUUAACUGAGCUGAAGCAAUAUGAGCACACGUAGUUGUAACCACUUUUUUACGACACUACAGAUAAAAGUUUGAACAUUUACAUUCACCCUGACACACUGCACUCUACAAACGACCUCUUAUCAGACUCUGCGGUUCUCACAGUCUAUUAUGUUUCCUCCACAGUCCGCUCAAGUACUUUGGAGAGGACGUGUCAGCGGCGAAGAUGAAGAUAUAUCACCCUGAUUUCGUCCGCUACACCAGAAACAGGUGAGUGAAUGAUUCACAGAGAAGCAGCUGGUAUUUCAAACAGUUGGAAAUAAGAUAAAGAGGAAAAGAAAAAGAAGAAGCUGAAAGCAGAGUGUGCUGCGGUGGGAAAUUCCCAUCGUACACGUGUGUCAUAACCCAACAGAAAAGAUCGUUUACUGCUUUUUUCCUGCUUCGACAUCCUGCAUGUCCUAACAAGCGUCACUGUCACACAGGUUCAUCCGUGAUAAAUGAUCUAUAUUUCAGAUUCCUGCACUCCAGAAUUCUGUCAAAAAAACAUGAGAACCUUUACCGUCCGUCCACGGGAGCUGUGAUGCUGCUGGCUGCUCUGCACACCUGUGACGAGGUGAGAGUCUCUCAUUACUGCUCAGUCCUGUCGGCCAGCUGCUUAUUUACUGAAGGACAAGGCCACACUCGUCUAAAAGCAUGAUGAUGUUUUGACUCCCUGCCGCUGACCUGUUCAAAUCUGGAUCUCAGGUAUGAGAGGCGAGGCAGGGAGUGACUGCCUUAACCUAUGUCUUAUUAGACUGCAAUUAGAUCUGACUAACAGAUCUUUGUAGUACCACGGGUUAUUACCAGAAUCCUUUAAGCUUACUGCAAAUCAGAACCUGCUGCGGCGGUAACAAGACGAGUUUUAAUAGAUUUAGUAUUUUCUUUAACCCUUUAGAGCUAUCUUUCCCGUCUUUGAGGAUUUAUUUUUGUUGACUUUCACUUUUGUGUCUGCUCUCUGCUUUUUCACAGCAGACCUGUCACAUUAGCUGCAGUGUAAUAUUUUAUUUAACACGCAUCUCCCAGUAACAAGAUCAGAAUCUAAUAGGAUGUAAAAAAAAAAAAAAAAAAAAGAUCAGUGAGUCGUGACCGCUGCCAAAAAAAUGUACCCGGACUAUUGAGGAAAAACUCAACAGCAGGUAAGAGGCGUCAGACAGACAGCUCGUUCUUACAUACUUUAAAAUCAGGUUCUCCCACACGAGAAAAUAAUUGGUCCCCUUUGCCGUCUUUAAGAUGGGGCAUCGGCUGAAAACAAUGUUACUGAAACAAUGGAGUGUGCCAUGAAUCAUGGGUGUAGUCUCCAUGCUGUCACACCAUCACAGUUUUGAACCUAACACGAAGCUGAGAGCCGGGGUUAAGACGGAUCUUAUUAACAGGCUGCAAACAUCUUCCUGUGUGUCUGCAGCCGGCCUCUGGUGGACACUCAGAGAACUGCAGUUAUCAGCACCUCGACUUUGGCUUCAAUUUCAUGACCCGGUGUCACCACUAGUUAUUGGUCAAAAUAAUCUUCAAGUGUGCGGCGUGACCGUUGAUAACUCAGAGGGUUUGUUAGCAUGGAAACAGACGUAAGUGAAUGAAAGUGUCCCGAUAUGAUCCGCUGGCCUGCGUUUAAAAUCUCCGAUAUCAGCACUCCGAUACAAACAGUCCAUUUCAGACUCCAUUCCAGCACCUCUAACCUGGAUCCAGCAUGCAGAGCCCAAGUAAUCCCGACAACAGUGUGAACUAAGAUACGAACACAGUAGCAAGGAGUAGGAGUGAUGUCGGUUGUGUGGCAGUAUUUUUCGUUAAAGGUGGGGUCUGCAGGAAUCCGUUAAAGAACUAUUAAAAAAGAGAGCUAUUAGUUAUUGAUGACAUUUGCUCCCCCGUGUCGUUCAGGAGUCCAAACAAAGUUAGCGUGCUACAAUAUCGGACAGUAGAAACCAACCAGAAAGUUCGGAAAAUUGUCUGAAUCCUCCUUUGGCCACGACUGCCGACACAAACAAGAAAACAAAGUAAAUACCGGAGACUCUGGAGGAAUAACGGGCGCUUAAAACGGAGGUAGACCGGACAAGAGCUAAAAAGCCGGGUCAACAUAAACCAUGGGGGACGCUUGGGGAUCUUGAUGACCCUGUAACCUUUCUGCUGGACAGGUAAACCGCUUUAACAAAGUAAGACAAGUGUCUGUAACAGAAGUGUUUCUUGUCAAACGGACCUGCUGUAGCGUGUUGUAGCGCCAUCGCUAAACUGUCCUCCCUCGGGUCCUGGACUAUGUCACUUUAUCCUAGUUGUAGAAGUCCUGCAAACAUAGUGUUUGCUGGUAGUCUGUUGGCAUCUACAGUAGCACCAAUGCUUUUGACUUUCACCUUGACUGGGCCCCAUUUGUAAUGAUCUGAAGUAUUUAUCUGCAUUAUAUCUGAAUUUAAUUGGAACGAUACGAGCGAGCAGGAGCGUCUGUUUGUGGGCGGGGCUUGAGGGGAGAGGAGGAGCUGAGGGGAAAACUGGUUGGGAGGGGUAGAGUUUACAUUCAAGAUUUCUCCAAAAAACUGGAACUUCCUCAGAUCCUGACUACCCCACCUUUAAACUUGCAAAUCUUGUUAUGAACAAGUUUUAUGCCAAUAUGGGAUCAAUAUCAGUAUCAGCCGAUACUGAAGGCUAUGACAUUGGUAUUGUAUCAGAGAAGAAGAAGUUGUCUUGGACACCCUAAAUGAAAGAAAUAAAAUUUUUAAGUAAGGACAUUUAACUAUUUUUUUAAUGCAUUAAUCACAGUGAGUGAUACAUCUCAGUGAUAAAUUAAGAUUAGGAAUGACUACUUUGUCCACAGGGGGCGCCAUAAUCCACACAAACUGAAAGAUCCUUACAGGAGCUUUAAAUCAGAGUAAUUGAUCAUCUGUAAAGUAAAGGUUGAGGCUGCAUUUAUUCUGUUUCAGCACUUUGAAUCAUGAGAGUCUACUAAUUCACCAUCAUUUGACUUUUACUGUCUCUCACAGAAAUAGACUUCUGCUUGAGUAAAGGAUGUGCUCACUUUAAGUCUCACUGUUUUCUGUUUUUUGAAGGUGAACGCAUACGGCUUCAUGACUCCAGACUAUGCAAAAUACUCUGACCACUACUUCGACAAAGUCAAGAAACAGGUGCACUUUUAUGCGAACCAUGACUUCAGGCUGGAGAUGGUCCUCUGGCAGCUGCUGCACCGGGAGGGACUCAUUCGACUCUACAUGCGAUACUGAGCGCAGGUCGACCAGAACAUCCUUUCUGUAAAGGUGUCGCCAGCAUGCCUCUUUAGUUACAGGAAACCAAAACUGGGACACUGGGACACUCUGUUUUGCCUUUUCUCCGAAUGAUUGUUUACGACAAAAAAGGAAGCACACGGUUUCCUUUUCAUGAAGGAAACAGGGAUUAUUUUUCUUUGAAAUGACAGCUGCUCUGAUUGUUCGGGAUGAAGGUGUAGUUAUAUUGAUCGGAUACGGUGUAAGCUUUUCAGAAAUCAUUCUUUAAUUCUCGAGACUUCUGUUUUGGUGAUUUGGUUAAGACCGACUACGGUUGGAGAGUUGAGUGUAUUUAAAGAAAGUGUGAGCGGAUUGGCUGAAAUUUGGUGAAAACAUUCGAUCUCCUCAAUGGAUUGAUACAGAUCUAUUUGAUCCCCUUUAAGUCAUUUUUUAAGGCCUUAUUCAGUCCAAUAUCCAUCUCCUGUCACUUUGUUUACGACUGGUCAGAUGUUUACUCUGAUACUGGACCGACAUGACAACAUUUUAGAGAAUUCGUAGCCUGUUCCUAGAGAAGAGGUGAAAUAUUGUCCCGUAGAGAUCUAUUUUUCUAUUCUAAGCCUUUUAAGUGGCCUAACAGGGGGCGACUUUGAACAUAAUUUUUAUUUAUUUGGUAUUUUUUUACACAAUUUAUUUUUUUUAUAACUGCAGAAAAUCAAAAAUCACCCUGGACUUGACCUCCAAACCUUAAACCUCCAGUUUCUAUGCAGUCGGCAUUUUUAAAGACACUGUAAGGAGUUUUGUGUCGCUCUCACACUGGUGCCUGUUCAUGACUUUCAGUUAAACCAGAUCAUUAGAAACAAGACUGGUUAUAUCUUCAUCAUGAAUUUUAGUGCCUUCGCUGUCUUACGUCGUAAAAAGUCCAGUCGAUAUUCGCCGCUCAUGAUUUUACCAGAGUUAUAUGGACGCUCACUGAUUCUAGUUGAUUCUAGUUGAUUCUAGUUGGCUCUUGUCUUUCACAUUUGCACAGUGAAAGGAAGGCAGUUUUCAAAACAGACUUUAGUCCUGAGCGAUAAUAUGGCGUAGCUACAAAUCAAUGCAUUACCUCGUCCGCAAAGGAACGGAAAGAAGCUGGCUGAAUUUAUCCGGCAUGCUCCGACGUCCAGAAAAACUAGAACUCUUACGAUCAGCUGUGGAGUGGGAGAAAAAUGUACUGCAGCCCGCCACCAGAGGGUGCUGUUCUCGCAGUGGCUUCACCCAGCGAGGAGGCAGACGGCGUCCGUUCUGUAUACAGUCUAUGUCAGAAACUUGUUAUUAAGAAACUCCUCACAGUGUCUUUUUUAAAAAAAGUUGCUCCGAGCUAAAAUAGUUCCCCGUCACCAGAUUUUACUCUGGUUGACGGAGCUCCAAAUCACCAUAACUGCUGUUUACUGGGAAGUCUUUAGAGCGGAUCACUCCAUCAGUGAGGGUGGAGGGGCUUGUUGGUGUGUGGAAAAGGGACGAAACUUCAACUGUCACUUGCUCAAAAUACCCCCACCCUAAAAAUAGACCGCCUUAGCACUGCUGGCAGUGGCCGAAGUCUAUUCUGACAUUUACUCACACCAUGUCCUCUGUGUGUGUUCGUGUGUGUGUGUGUGUGUGUGUGUGUGUGUGUGUGUGUGUGUGUGGGGGUUUGUUUUACCGUGGAAGGCGACAAAAACUCCACUGUGUGUGAUGAUGAUGAAGCUCAUUACAGGGUGUUCGACUGUAAGGGACCUAACUUAUUCUUCUUUUUCCUGUUAUUUGAAGCACACAAGUGUACUUUACUCUGGCAGGCGCCACGCUGUGAUGAUCACAACACUGUGGCUCUCAGUGCCUUUUGAAAUGUGAAUCUGUGGUUUGGACAAAGUCCGUGGGUGGUCCAGGAAGUUUAUUGUUUAUCAUUCGCUGAGGACUCAGAUUGAUGUAAUCAGACACACUCGGAUUCCUCUGAGUAUCAAGAUUCACUGUCACCAACAUCCGCUGGAGCGAGAUAAACGCUCUGUGCGAUGACGGAUACGUUUGGAAACAGAGGGAGGAGACGCUAAACCAAAGACACACUACAAAUCAGGGAUCAUUUGUAUUUAAAAUGUUUUUUUGUGGCAUAGCAAAUCUGACAAAUCUGAAAUACUGUCUCAUAUUUUUACACGGUGGGAACGGGGAGGGGGGGGAACUUUCUUAGUGCAAGUUCUGACUCUGAUUUUUGUCUUUUUUAAAAAUCUGUAUAAAAAUACCUGAUUUUA